GGCGCGGGAGAAGCAGAUUGUGUUGACGUUCUGGAAUACUGCGGGGUGACAGUAUUUAUACUGUGGAGGUAAAUAGAACGGUGUGGGGUUUGGCGGUUAUGCAGUAACUAUAGUACAAGGAUUAGUGUUUAUCACUCUAGCUGGUUUGGACACAUCCCGAGCAUCCUGGGAUCGUAGUAAAGCAGCUAGAGUGAUAAAGUUGUUAAUAACCGAGAACUAUAUGAUUGAAGCACAGUGUUAUAUAUUUAAAGAUACAGACAUUGGUUUAGUAACACAUUUCUACUACGGCAGAAUCUAUAGAUAUUUGUAACUCUGUUAUAUGUAGAGGAUGUGGCUCUGGUAUGGCAGUGAUUAACUUGAUGCCAUAUCCCAAGACCUUCUUUCUCUAAACAACAACCGGCUUUUAUUACCAGAAUCAAUCCGAGCUUCUCCCAUUUCCCGGCUUUGUAGCUCCAAGUAUAUGACUAUGUCUGCUAUUACAGACCUGCAUAACUUAGCAGUAGGUAGGGGCUAAAAUUAAAACAGGCUAAAUUUCUUCAGGCAGCAUAGAGGGUUUUAGCACCUCACUUUCCAAGUAUAGGUAUAACAUUACAUAGAAAAAUACAGAUACACAUUGACAGACAUACAUACACACACACACACACACACACACACACACACACACUCUCUCUCACCGUGACAGACAUCUAGAUAGGCAAUCACCGUGACAGACAGCUAGAUAGGCAAUCACCGUGACAGACAGCUAGAUAGGCAAUCACCGUGACAGACAGCUAGAUAGGCAAUCACCGUGACAGACAGCUAGAUAGGCAAUCACCGUGACAGACAGCUAGAUAGGCAAUCACCGUGACAGACAGCUAGAUAGGCAAUCACCGUGACAGACAGGCAAUCACCGUGACAGACAGCUAGAUAGGCAAUCACCGUGACAGACAGCUAGAUAGGCAAUCACCGUGACAGACAGCUAGAUAGGCAAUCACCGUGACAGACAGCUAGAUAGGCAAUCACCGUGACAGACAGCUAGAUUGGCAAUCACACUGACAGACAGCUAGAUUGGCAAUCACACUGACAGACAUACAGAUUGGCAAUCACACUGACAACAUAUAGCUAUGCAAACACUCUGACAGACAUACAAAUACACACACACACACACACUGACAGACAUACAUAUGCAGGUCAAAAUAAACACUUUUUUAGUCACCCUCCAGUUUCCUACAUGUUGGGUGCUGUAGGGUGGAUUCCCAUAUGUCCAGGAUGACAUUGUAAGGAGUUACAAUCUCCUCUGCUCUGUGCUACUGUCUCUCCCCCGAUCUGCAGCACCCUCCUCUCUGGCAGACUCCAGUCUCUCUGGGGAGGAAGUGAUUGGGCAUCACUUCUUUCCAUGCUGCCGAUAAGCAAGAGACUCGAUCCGCUGUUAAAGGUUCUCAGUGCCUGACUGGGCCUCUGCUGACACAUGCCCCCGGGUGGCCCUAAGUUCAUGGAAGAUGCGAUGGGCCCACUUAGUGUGCGGCCCAUACUUUGCGGGCCUUCCUAAAUAGUGGGCCGCAUGAAUGCAGGUCUGUGCCAUUAGGUACCUAGAUGAGGAAACCUGAGACACUGCCUAAUGUUGAACUGAAAGAACCAGAUCCACCUUACAACCUUGUUGAAAACCAAAUGUCAGUUCACAUUUUACUUCCUGUUCCUCCCAUUUUCAUUUGAGCUCUCUCUUUUCCUUUUACCCAUUUUCUAUUUGUUUUGCUAUACAUGUUCCCCAUUCACCUCUUUCUGCGGAGUAACAUAUAGGAGUAACAUAUCAACUUUGUUACUCCUAUAUUCCUCCUCUUAAGUGUAUUCAUUUCAGUGCACCUCCCCAGCACCCUUCUUGUCUUCUCCACUCAAUAACAGCACUCCCACUCCCAUUCAAAUAGCAUUUUUUUUUUUUUUUCCAGUUUUACACUUCACAACAUGGUUUACCCUAAUGUCUGCAGUAGACCAAUUGACCCAAUACACAAAUGUAUUUAUUUAACAAUUCUUAUAUAGCAUCCUAAUCCAGAACACUUAACAUUGAUUAAAAAAUGUAACAAUAAGUGAAAAUAGCAUUGAUUUGUAAUAUACUUGGGUAUAAUACUUUAAAGGAAAAUUCAAGUUACAUUAAAAAACAAUUUCAGUAUUGAACCUACAAGGACAAAAGGGUUUCAUAGAAUAAAUUAUAGAACAAUAAAAGUUCCACUGAGCUGUAGUAUAUAUUUUCUUAGCAAAACUGAUUUGGUUAUGGCUAAGGGAGGAUCAGGAUGAAAGAUGCAUAGGAUGGGAGAAAGGGAUACUUGGAAGGAAUCCGAUAAGGUGAACUGGCAGGACCAAGUGGUCUCUUCCAAAUUGUGUUGCAGAAAAGGGAACAUGGGCUGCAGAAAUGUUAGAUCUAAAGAGAUUAAUCGUCCAAUAAGGCUUUUCUUGAAGGAAGGAAAUUUUAAGACAACUGUCACAGGGGCAGUGAAGUGAUCAGUCUGCUGUUUUAAAUACAAGCCACAACAGUCUCCAAGCAUUGAUGUAGCAUUGUCUAGUGCCCGGGCCCCGAAAUAGUGGGAUUUUGCCAUAUCUGAUAAGCCUAACACAUCCCAGAAAUCCCGUAAAUUGACCUGCAAAAUUGGAAGUUAUCCAGGGACCCAAAGGAGAGAGAGAGAGAGAAAGGGUGGAAGAAAAAUCGGAUCAGCUGCAGGCAAAUCCAGAAGUAUGGCAAGCCAAGGUUGCAACCUUCAAAAGCGAGCAACUACAAGGUGGGUUCUUUCAGUGAGACUCCAUGUCUUGGGGCUUCCAUAGGACAAAGGAUAAAACAAAAUCCUUAGCAAGCUACAAAAUUUAAAAGAACACUAUAGGCAAAAAUGUAGGUUAAUGAAACCGUUUUAGUAUAUAGAUUAUGCCCCUGCAGUCUCACUGCUGAAUUCUGUGCCAUUUAGGACUUAAAUCACUAUGUUUAUAAAGCCCUAGUCAUGCGUCCCUGCAUGUAACUUGCACUUUGUGUAAAAAUCUUGGUCCAGGUGAAAAUGGGCAGGAAAUAGACUGGACGUAUGGAAGAAAUUUUUUUUUAUUUGUAUUCAUUGUAGUGGUGCAAUUGAUAUAGAGAAGCAUAUAUAUUUACGUUUAAAAAACAGAUUGUUUCAUAAAAGACUAUAAAGAAGACAGGAGCAAUCCUGUUUUGAGAUAUUAUGAACUAAACAAAUUGCUUUGUUUUUAAGGAAUGGAUAUGAAGCCGCCAGAUUCCGAUGCCAUAACGUUCCCUUUCCCCUACCAGCCGUAUCCCAUCCAAGAGCAGUUCAUGACCAAGCUAUAUCGUGUUUUAGAGGCUGGUAAAGUUGGCAUUUUCGAGAGCCCAACAGGAACGGUGAGGAUAUUUAAAAAAAAAAAAAAAAAAAAUUAUGCUUUGGGUAAUAAAGAUUGGAAUCUUGCCACAUGUGCCUGUAGGCAAGGCUGUCUGUUUUAAAUCUAAUAACACGUCCUCUAGACUAAAGCAAUGCUAGAUUCUCUGAGUAGGAAAGGGUGGCUUUAGUUCUGCCUAUUCCUUGCCUGACAGAGCAAGCAUAAUAUCAGUUACUUCCCAUGUUUGCUGCAUUCCCUCUCUUCUUUGUCCAAACCCAACACUGGAAUACAUCAUACAGGAGGUGCAGGUUUGGGAAGUAUAUAGUAGCAAGACCCAGUGAAACUUCUGGUUUGUAAUGCUAUUUUUUGGAAACAUUAAAAAGCACUGAGAAAAUUAAGUACAAAUAUUACUUUUACGAUAUAAAAUAUGCAGUUCACGGGGCGGGGCCUGCACGCUGAGCCGGAUGGACGUGGGGCGCCUCGGCUCCACGAUGAAAGCCCAUUAAUCAGCCCAAAACUACUAUAUCUCCCCCUAAAAAACAACUGGCAACUAUGAGAAGGCACUGGGGACCUGAGCCACAACACUUGGGGCAGCUGUUGGCCCAUACCCUACCGGCAAGGCUGACUGCUGGGCGGAUGGUAUUGCAGCCCGUCGUGAGGCUCUGGCGGGAGAAACGGCCGAUCUCCCGCGCUUAGUCCGGCGGGUCCUCCCGCACGCCGGCAAAGGGCCUCGUUCUCCCCCCCCUGUGGGCCGGGGGGGUUAUCCCGGACCCCACCGGGAAGGCGGAGAUCCCUUUGGGCAAACAGUGAGGUGAACAGACCACUCAGUGACCGCGUGCAACAACCCAAGAUGGCCGCCGCACCCAGUAUAAGCCGAAGCAUGGAGGCAGCGACAGUCAAGCAACGGCUGAGUACUGUCUGGAAACGGAGGCUGACCUGAAAGUUAUGCAUCGACAGCGGCUAGUGGAGAACCCUCUCCGCCCAUCAGACAACCCUGAAGGGUGCACAUUCGUUAAGUAACCAUGGCUAACAAUCGUUUUACCUGAGGCAACAUUUCCUUUGCGGCGGAUGGAUCUGUGGGGACCAUACUGAGACUCUGACCCUGCAUUAACAUGGAGGAAUAAAGGACACUGGACACAAGACUCAUUUCCUAGCUGUGACUGAUACUCAUAUAUUAUUAGGAUCCCAGCAGAGCACUAGAUACCUUUUUAUGUUAACAUGCCACUCUGUGUCAUUCUCUGUAUUAUUAUGAGUCUAUUAAGAUUGAUCUGGUUCCUGCAGAUCCACACAGCACAAAUUUGGAAAUCAUUUAAUAAUGAAUGAGCACACAUGUAUAUGUUAGCCGACUGACCCAACGACUCACUGCCCCCUGGUGGUUAACUUUAAUUAACUAGAGAAACCUGUAUCUGAUGUUAUUUUGCAUAAGCCUGUAACUAAAUAGUUAUACAACCACUGUUUAAUUAAGCAUGCAUAGAAUAGCUAUAAAAGUCUUACUUAACAGCACUAUGCUUGUUAUAUUGUUUUAUUCUGCAUGAUCUAUAAUUUAAAAAUGUGCAACGCAUGCGACUGCCAUAACCCUGUACAUCUUGUUAUCUCUCUGUUUGCUGCAGCUGUUGUGGCGCACCAAGCAAUGUUACCUCUUUGCACGCAAUAAAUAAAGAAUUAAAAAAAAAAAAAAAAAAAAAUAUGCAGUUCACCAGUUCUUUAGUUAAUGAUAAUCGGGGGCAUUAUAUGUAUGUUAGGUGCCUUCCACGGUGGAACGUCCAGCUAUUUUUGAUGUGCAUUAACUAAUAAAAUUAUGUUAUAUAUUAUUUGAUCUAUCACAGGACUGCCAAAUUCCAGGACAGAUUACGCAGAAUGUUAAAUGAAACGCAGGGAUAGCUUGCAACUUCCUUGUAGUCAGCAUAUGGUCUGAGCUGGAAGCACUUUAUUUUUUAAAAUGUAUUUAAACUACAUAUAUUACCUGUUUGGCUUGCACAGUUUGUUGAGAAAAUGAUUUGCAGUGUGAAUCGACUAAACUUUUGCAUGUCUUUUAAAACAAGGCUUGAAAACCCAUGGUUCUAUGUUGCUAUGAUGACUAGAAACCACUCUUGGUAUACCGGUAAUAUUGUGUACGCAAGAAAAGAACCCCAGACAUUCUGCUUUUUCUUACAGCACAUAGAUGCGGAUAGUGGAAGUUCCAAUGGGUUUCAAAGUUUUCUUUAAUCAGCAGAGGUGGCUUUUAGGAUCUCCCUGUAUGACAGAGGUUACUUAUUGAGUGACUCGGUGUAUCUGAACACUUGCUCGCUUGAGAUCUGCUCUGUGGAACUGAUGAAAAUACUGAAAAAAUUUAAUUUUGUUUGCUGUAAGGCACCAUAUGAAUUAAAGAGUACCUAAGCACUAUAGCAAAUUUGUAUCUCAGCCUCUGCCUAUUCUGCCCCUUUACUAACAAAGUUUUACUGUUUCAUGCCUAGGAAUUCAAAAGCAUCAUGUUUAGAUUGUGUUAUUUUAAUCUUUUCUCUUUCAACCUUGGUCUGAUAUUUUAUAAAACCGUCUAUAGGCAACAUCCCAUUUGUGAAGAAAGACAAUUUUAUUGGCACACCACUGGCAGUAAACUUCUUUUUUAUUUUUUAUUCCUACAAUACUUUGAGAGUAACUUGGAAGGGUUAUUACUACAUGUCAUUUAGCUUGGCGUCUUUCUCGUAGAACAGUACCUACCCUAUGAUGUUAUUCAAAUCUAGAGGCAAAGGCCACUUGAACUUUAAACUAAAGAACUAAAAGGGCCAUCGCAUGCAAUGACAGCAGUCUGAGAUGAAUAUGGAUACAUUACUAUAGAAGCCGCUACCGUUCUACCAUACGUUUGCUGUUAUGACUUAAAAACCUGUGUAUUGUAGUCCAAAUGCAGGCUUGACAUUAGGUAGAGGAGCACUGAGGCUCAAAGCAAUGUCUGGAGCUUGAAGCGCAAUUUAUGGUUCAGAGACUGUGUGGUGGAUGACUGCAAAAGUAUGUGCAACAACAAAAACCACAAGCAGGCAAUUGGUUCCUAUAUGCAGUGCGUCUCUGAAAAUUGUGCCUAUUUUACAACUGUGUUAUUUUUUAAGGGCAAGUCUCUGAGUCUGAUCUGUGGCUCCCUGGCUUGGCUCAGAGACUUUGAUGAAAAGAAACGACAACAGGAGGCCGAAGUACUGUGUGCUGCUAAUGCUGAACAGAAUGGGAAGCUGGGAACAAACACACAAUCCUCUUCUACAGAGCCUGAUUGGAUUAGCCAGUUUGUACAAAAGAAAGAGGAGAUGGACAUGAAAAACAGGAUAAAGGUUGGUAUUCUUAAUGUAAAGGUUUGUUUUAUUGAGAUAUUAGAGACAUCUAAAGUGUUUUACAUUACUUAAUAAUCUUUGCGAUACUGAAAUAAAAUUUGCAUACCAAGUGCCCAAACCGCAAUGCAAACCAACUUUUUUUCCCCCUCAAAGUGCCAACAUGGCAAUUAAACCUGAAUACUGAAGUUUAAGUUUAGAAAAAAAACAACUCCUAUAGUUGUCCAAACUAAUUAACAUCUUUUGUUUUUAAAGAAGAACACAACAGCAGAGUUCAAGGAUACAAACUGUUUUUUGUUUUUUUUUUUAUUGAAAAAAACAUAAAUUCUAGUAAAUGAAAACACACUGGUGUUCUAUGGUGCUUCACCUAACUAAGGACCUAUUCCUACCUAUCCACCUGCAGCUUGCACGCGUCUUACAUCUUGUUUUGGUGCAACGUCAAGCUGCACCAUAACUGCAUGUAAACUGUACCAAGGAUGCGUACAAGGGGAUGUUCAACUUGUAAUAUGAUUACAUGCCAGACUGAAAUUGGAUGAGGAAAGCCGUACUUUGGGUCCUUUCUCUGCUUCUACAGGUACAGUAAAUGUCAACCUGAAUUAGGAUGAGCAAGAUGAACAAGGAAACUAAACUUGCUUAACACACUUUAAACAACUCCUAACUUUGUGUCUUGGACACAAACACCGCAUUAGUAAAAGUUUGCAGUUAGCAUAUAUUUGCACAAUUAUUAUUAUUUUUUUUUUCUUUUGCUGCUGUAUGCAUGCUGAACAUUUGUCAAACCUUGGUUCAUACUCUGUUAAUUUGAGAGCAACACAUGCAGCACUCAAUUCAUCUGUUAGUCUGUUUCUGGUAUCCGAUUUGAUAUAAUUCAAAGCUGAAAACAUCUGCUCACAAGCAUAAGAUGACCCAAACAAUGAAAGAACCACACUUUAAGUGCUCUCAUUGACUUAAAAUUAUUCGGCAGAGAAUUCCACACUUUUUAAGGAUUCCAUUUUCAGAACUACCAACUGUGCUGUCCUUUGUCAUCCCUUCCCAUUCUAUCUUCUCAAGUGUGGCACCCAGGGCAUAACAUUUACUUUUCCAGAUAGAGCUUUCUUGAAAUUCUAAUAGCAUCUUAUUUCAGAUUUCCUUAAUCUAACCAGUGUAAGCAGGGAAUAUUUCGCUUUUUCUGAAAAAGUAAGAAAAUACAGGGUUAUCUCCAUUGUCAUGAAUUUCAAGAAUCUGCUACUGAAAUUCUCCUCAGCAGCUGCUACAAUGCUGGAAAGUUCCUUGUGGAUUUCCUGAUGGCUUGGAGGAUUGUCCGUAAAUAUUGUAGAAUUUUCCAAAUGUACUUUUAGAUUUGGAAAGUAAUAGAGCUGCCCACUUUCAAAGUCUCUUUUAAAAAUCUGCAGCUUUCUCUCAAAUGUUCUUAUAUCACAAAACAUAAUUUCUGUUGUUUUCCCUACACCUUGCAAUUUGUUGUUCAGUAAAAUCUGUAAAAAAACAAACCAAACCAAACCGUGAGGUUAAGCCAGGCCGUAUCAGUGAGCUGCGGAUAUUCUUGCCCCUUUUCAUUCAUAAACAGCCUAAUUUCAUCCAAGCAAGUCACAAACCUCUCCAGGACAUGUCCUCUGCUCAGCCACUGGACAUUAUUGUACAUAAGUAAAGUAUUAUACUGUGACUGUACCUCAUCAAGAAGUGCUUGAGACUGUUGAAAAUGAAGAGCAUGAGCCAUGAUGUAAUGCACCAUUUUUCUGACAUCUUUGAGGAUAUCUUCUAAGUUUUUGCUGCUGUCCCUGGCACAAAGAGCUUCUUGGUGUAUAAUACAAUGAAGCUGAAUGACUGGAUGUUUUGCUUCUUUAACAAAGAACUGUAUGAAACCAGAUGUUGCCCCCACCAUGCAAGGUGCUCAGUCACUAGUAAUUGAAACCACUUGUUCUGGUCUUAUUUCUUGUGCCAAAAAAAGCCUCCAUCACAGCAUUGUGGAUAUCUAUUCUUUGUGUUCUUGUAGGCAAGGACAACAGUUUCAACAGCUCUUCUCUCAUGACGUCACCAACAGCAUAACGCAAAAUUACUGCUAGCCUUGCAUGAUUAUUUAUAUCUGUGAUUUUAUCCAAGCACAUGGAGUAACAGGCUGCCUUUUGCAAGUCAGUGGAGAUCUGCUGACUAACAUCGCUUCCCAUGUGCAGAACUCUAUCUUUAACCCCAUAAAGACACAUGACGGAAAUAUUUUAUUCCAGAAGUUGUGUCCUUAAGGGGUUAACAGUAUUUCUGUUCACGGGCAUCUCAGAGAUGCGUUGCAUAAUUUUAUCAUUGUUUGGGAAAUCAUGAAAAAGGGAACCACUCCCAGAGCCAACAGGACCAUUUUGUUAAAAUCUCCACCAUGUUUUACUAUGCACAGUGAAAUUUGAAAGCUGUCAGAUGAUUUGAUUUAGAAACAUAGUUGGAAAAACUUCAAUACUGGGAGUGAUAUUUCCUCAAUUUCUCUUUAAACUCUUUCCUCUCAGAUUCUCCAAGUUGGGCAACACUUUUAGUGACGUCUAACACUUAAUGUGCAGGACACAACACUUUCAGUACACAGAAUACAUAAUGCUUUUCCAUUGCACUCAAUCACUCCAAAUGAUUCUGUCCAAGCCUUUUGGAAUGAUCUUCCACUACCUGUUUUAAGUUUUGCUUUUUUUGCUGUACUUAUUUUUUUGUGUGUUUGUGACGUGAGGUCUAUAAAAACACAAAAGUUAUUUAGAAAAAGACUGUAAGGGUACAUAUUGCUCACCAGCACAAAGAAACAGUACAUAUCACUUAUUACCACACUACGAAUGGAAAGGGUACUUGUCAUUUAUUACCACACUGCAAGGUUUCACAAUCGUAGUGUGCUGGUGAGUGACUUGUACCCUCACAGUGUAGUAAUAAGUGGUACAUCCCUUUGUGUUUGACGGAGUUAGAGAGGGCACCGGAAGCUUCAUUAUGGCGGCUGGUACAGGUUAGGAAUUUUUUUCUGGUCUGUGAUCUUGUCACUAAGGCUGAAAAAAUUGACAUGUGACAGUAAAAGAACACAAUAAAUGCUAAAAGCAAUUAAGAGUGAAAUACCUAGAGCUAGAAUUGAAAUACAAUAACAAGGAGGGUGACUGAAGCGAGUAAAAUAAUUUAGGAGAGAGAAUCAUAUAGUAAAACAGCUAAAUAUAUUAGAUCUAAUUUCCUGUCUCUUGGCGGCAUCAGCGGAGGGCUCAGAGGAAACAGUGCUGGAACAGCACGUAAGUCAGUGCUCCCUCGCAGCCCAUCCCACCCACCAACUAUAUGAAAGCAGAGUAGGUGCCUGACGUUUUGGGCAGGCAGGUGCCUACUUUGCAUUGCCGCCGGGGGGCCUAAGGCUGUAGACUGGCGCCAGCCGCGCCUCCCCAGUGACCUAUGGCUGUGUGCCCACAGAGAGGGCUCUGCGUGCCACCUGUGGCACGCGUACCAUAGGUUCACCAAUGCUGAUCUAGGGCAAGCAUGUCAAACUCAAAGGCAAACACGGGCCAAAUAAACAAGGUUUAAGUUUAAGUUUUUAUAAACAGAGGCUUAUUUCGAAAAGUACAAUAUAAAAUAAGUUGCCUAACUGACACUGGAUGUCCUCAUGCUCAUAGGGCUUCAAAAUAAACAAGUGGACUAAUUUCAAGGAGACAUGCAUUUGCAUAUAACCAAUGUUUAAGUCCAACUACCUUGACAUAUUAAGAAAAGUUUGGUAAUGGGACUGAAAUGGUGAAUGCAUGCAGUUGCACAGCUGUAAAAACAAAUGACAUUAUCUUGUUGAUUUUUAAGUGCUAUGAGUGUGUUCUUCACUUUGGCUGAGAUCAUUAAACUUGAUCAUCUUCGCCAAUCCAAUGCUUUCCCAUAGGAAACCAUUGGGAGGCUAUUGUGGAUGUGGGGCAAAAAGCUGCGCAGCCAGUCAUCAUCUUCGUGGGGAGUGUUAAGUGCCUUUCAUGCAGACCCAAUCUAAUACACUGCCCCUCCCCCCAUUCUAACACACUGCCACAAACCAAAUACAUUUACCCCAAAUCCAAUACACUGCCCCCUCCCUCCACUCACAUACACUGCCCCCUCCACCCAAUCUAAUACACUGCCCCUUUAUCCAAUACACUUCCCUCCCUCCCACCACUCUAAUUUAAUAAAUGUGAAUACCGCACUCAAAACAAUUCCAGUAAAGUCUAAUCUUAUAUAUAAUUGCAAAAGCUAUUUAUUAUAAUAUUAAUUUAUAAGUUCAUAGAGUCAAGCAUAGUAGAAUACAUUUCAAUCCUAUAUACAUAGAAUAUUUACAUAUAUACACAACAAAUCCUCCCUAUGUUAAAUUUCAUGAGUAAUGUAUCUAUUUACAAUGGUUUAUGAUCCAAAAAAUGAAAUGAGGAAGAUGAUCCCAAAAAAUUCAAAAAAUAGUAAUAAAAAUAAAAAAAAUAAAAAAUAAAAAUUGAAAAGAAAAGAGAAAAAAGAAAAAAAAAAAGAAAAAAAGUGAAACUAAAAUGCUUCAUAUCAUGGAAGAUGGCGUUAAAAUAGCUGUUAGUAUCUGCAGUAGUUGAAAUGGGCGGUCGCUGGAAAGGCCUUAGAACGUUGCUGCGGAAGCCGGAUUUCGGUUCCUGUCCUCGAUGGCCCCUGUUCAGAGGAGAGGAACAGGGGCCAUCGAAGGGACAGGAACGUCCCGAGCGCGCAGCCCAUUUCAACCCGUUUCUAGGAUUGCCUACUUCCAUGGAUCAUUGAAUGACCUGUCAUACUGACCAGAUCCUGCUAAAUGAUUGAUUGUCUUUCCACCAAACUACAAGCAUUUUCACCCUCAUCCAUUAUACACCAUCUACAGACUACAUCAUCCUCCUACUGAGCAUACCUUAAAGCUAUCUUCAACAUUGGUGAGAUCUAUCCAUAGACCUAUGAAGCAUAUAGUGCACUAUAUUUUGGACUAUUAGACAACAGGACUGUAUGAUAAUUAUUUUUUCACUUUUUUCUUUUUUCUUUUUUCUCUUUUCUUUUCAAUUUUUCAUUUUUUAGUUUUUACUAUUUUUUAUUUUUAUUACUAUUUUUUGAAUUUUUUGGGAUCAUCUUCCUCAUUCAUUUUUUGGAUCAUAAACCAUUGUAAAUAGAUACAUUACUCAUGAAAUUUAACAUAGGGAGGAUUUGUUGUGUAUAUAUGUAAAUAUUCUAUGUAUAUAGGAUUGAAAUGUAUUCUACUAUGCUUGACUCUAUGAACUUAUAAAUUAAUAUUAUAAUAAAUAGCUUUUGCAAUUAUAUAUAAGAUUAGACUUUACUGGAAUUGUUUUGAGUGCGGUAUUCACAUUUGUUUUUGAUUUAGAUUAGGAGGUUGUUGUGGGGUUAAACCUCGAAUACCUGCACCGUGCAUAAUUGAGUGCCAGCACAUAUUGUGUUUUUUUUACUCUAAUUUAAUACACUGACCCCUGUCCCUCCCCCAAUUUAAUACACUGCCUCCCCCAAAUUUAGCACAUUGCUUUUUUCCCUCCAUUAUUAUUGUUAUGAAGAAGGUACUUGUCCUAAUUCCAAUGCAGCAAAUAUAGUAUUUUUUUUACCCACUAGGGGUAGCUCUCUUUCUUCAUUGUGUAUCCUAGCUAGCUAAAUUCAAUUCUGCGGUAAUCUAUCUUUUACAAAGAGCAUGUUUCAUUAAAUACAUUAGCUGUGUAUUGAGGCAUCAUUUCCCUAAGAGAAUUGUGCUUUUCUUUUUGAGUGGAUAUGAAUUUAAGUAAAGAAAUAUGAAAGUCUUCCAUACCACACAAUGUGCAAAAACACAUAAAUUCCAAGCACUGUUUACUGUGAAAAUAGCAAUGCAUUUGUUUUUGAUAGGAUUAUAGCUCCUUAAGCUUUGCUAUGGGAUCUAAUGGGGAUAUGGAAAACUGGUGAAGGGUCACUUGAAUGCAGUGUUUAUUUUGGCAACAAAUUUCAAUUUAGUUUUAGUCUUGGCCUUUUGACUAGUAUCCAUUUUAGGUUUAGUCGACUAAAAUUUGACUAAAAUGCUAGUCAACAAAAUUAAAACUGCUUGAAUAGAAAAUGAUAUGCAAUGAUACCCUAAGGUAGUUUUUGAUCACUAUGCGUCCUCCAAAAAUGUCCACACAACCUAGUGCCUCGCGCUAUGUGACAUAAACACUUAUAAAAUGGGUUUCAAGAGGCAUGGUGUGCAGAAUGUCCCCCCCUCCACACACACACAUUAUUAAUGUGUCAUAUAGAUAACUAUGUGGCCAAACGCUUCUGGGGAUGUGGGUCUGCCACGUUAGAGAGGUUUUCUUGCUAAAAUCAGGGUCAUGCUAAAUCUCCCCCAGCUGUUCUCAGUAUGCAGGCCCAUCUGACAAUGCCUCCUCCUUCCAGGCAGAUUUCGAACCCUUUGGAUGUCAAGCUUCUCCCAGGCAGAUAUUGUACCUCUGCCGGUGUCUCCUUCCCCAUGCAGACAUCAAAUCCUCUUCAAGUGGCUCCUUCUCCCAGGCAGAUAUUGUGCCUCCUUCCCGAGGCAGGUAUCGACAAGUAAUGGAGCAUAGAAAGAAGGUCUUAAAUGAGGGGCAGACCUCUCGCAGACCAGCUAUAGGCUACUUGAAUCAGUAUGGCCUAAUAUAAAUCCUUUUUCAUGGUUUUAUGGGAUUUUAUUUUAGCUAGAGUUUGGGGACUCAGCUAUUUAUAUGAUUGUUACAUUAACCCCUUCAGGACCGAGGACGGUUCAGGACCGUUAUCGGCAUUUUUGCGUCGAUGACCGGUGACGGUCCUGAACCGUCCUAACGGCCUUAUGUACUUACCCGAUCGCCGUCGUUCCCCCGGCGGUGAUUGGCGUUGCUCCCGUUGUGGGGAGACUGCCUGCAGCCCAGACAGUCUCCCCAUGGCAGAUUAGGACCCCUGGGGCUCAGCAGAGUAAUCACAUGGUCACAGUAGGUGUCCAUGUGUCUGCCUGCAGGGGGACUGCCUGUGCUGACAGGCAGUCUCCCUGCUAGUGUAAAAUCAUUUAAAAAAAAAAAUAAAGGUACAUGUUAAUAAAAAAAUAUAAUAUGUGUGUGUGUAUAUAUAAUAUAUAGACAUAUAUCUAUAUAAUAUGUCUAUAUAUCAUAUAAUGUCAUACUAAGUGUAUUUUUAUAUUAAUUUGUAAAAUACAAUUAUAAAUUUACACACGUGUGUGUGUGUGUGUGUGUGUGUGUGUGUGUGUAUAUAUAUAUAUAUAUAUAUAUAUAUAUAUAUAUAUAUAUAUAUAUAUAUAUUGUAUAUAAAUAUUAUAAAAUACAAAUAAGUAAUUUAAAUUAAAUAAAAACAUGUCAAAAUAAUAAAAUUUAAAAAAAAUCUAUAUGAAAUUUUAUUCUAACUGUAUUUUGAUAGUAAUAUAUAUAUAUAUAUAUAUUUAUAUCAAAAUACACUUAGAAUGAAGUUGUGUGUGUGUGUGUGUGUAUAUAUAUAUAUAUAUAUAUAUAUAUAUAUAUAUAUAUAUAUAUAUAUAUAUAUAUAUGUAUAUAUAUAUCUCUAUGUAUAUAUAAAUAAAUAAAAAUAAUACGAAAUAUACAUAUGUCCAUAUACAAAAUUACAUAAAUAAUUAUAUAAAUAUACACGUAGACUUCAAAUAUAUAAAUAUGCAUAUAUAUUUAAAUUCUAUGUGCGUAUUUAUAUAAUUUUACAUAAUUAAGUAAUUUUAUUGAUUGCAAUUUGAGGGACCUGCCUGCCAACCCAGGCCGAAAUUCCAGAGAAUUUAAUUUGCUAGCACUAUAUUUUACCCUGUAACUUUCUAUGACACCCUAAAACCUGUACAUGGGGGGUACUGUUUUACUCAGGAGACUUUGCUGAACACAAAUAUUAGUGAAUCAAAACCGUAAAACAUAUCACAGCGAUGAUAUUGUCAGUGAAAGUGACCUUUAUUUGCAUUUUUCACACACAAACAGCACUUUUACUGAUGAUAUAAUUGUUGUGAUACGUUUUCCUGUUUUAAAUCUAUGGGUCAAAUAUUUUGACAUUGAAAAAGGCCAGGUUGGUUACGUUGCCUUUGAGAGCAUAUGGUAGCACAGGAAUAAGAAUGACCCCCAUGAUGGCAUACCAUUUGCAAAAGAAGACAACCCAAAGUAUUGCAAAUGGGGUAUGUCCCGUCUUUUUUAGUAGCCACUUAGUCACAAACACUGGCCAAAAUUAGUGUUCAAUUUAGUUUUUUACUUUUUUCACAAACAAAUAUGAAUGCUAACUUUGGCCAGUGUUUUCGACUAAGUUGUCUACUUUAAAAAAAAUAUAUACAUGUGGGUUGUUAUUCAGAGAUUUAUGACAGAUAAUAGUGUUACAAUGUCACUAUUGAUAAAUUAAAAAAAUGUAUGUUUUGAAACCGCAAUAUCCUACUUGUACUUAUAGCCCUAUAACUUGCAAAAAAAGCAUGUAAACACUGGGUAUUUUUAAACUCUGGACAAAAUUUUGAAUCUAUUUAGCAGUUUUUUUUUAUUCGCUUUUGUAGAUGAGUAAAAUAUUUUUCAAGUAAAAGUCAAAAAACAAAUUUUUUUUCAAUUUCAUCAUAUUUAUUUAUUUUAAAUUAAAUUACAUGAAAUUAUAUAAAUAAUUGUAUGUAAAGAAAGCCCCCUUUGUCCUGAAAAAAACAAUAUAUAAUUUGUAUGGGAACAGUAAAUGAGAGAGCGGAAAAUUACAGCUAAACACAAACACCACAAAAGUGUUAAAAGAGGCCUGGUCGCAAAUGUACAACAUCGCAAAAACAGUCCAGUCCUUAAGGGGUUAAACAAACUCUUUACUCUAAAGCUUUGUAUUACUCUUUCUUGCUUUUGUCAGUUUGGCUCAUGUUAGCCUUACACUGACCCAUUAGACUGAGAGCACUAGGCCGUAACACUCCUACAGCACUGGCAAUACACCCAUACUACUUAAACCUGUCCUUUAAAUUGUCACUCAAUUAAUGCAAAAUGUCACAGCAUGCAAACAAUAAAAAAGGCCAUAUGUAAUUUAUCAAAAUGUUUCCAUGGCAGGCACACACACGCAUACAGGUUACAAAUUUCAAAGAAAGACUAAACCUGUAGUUUGAAAGCACUCUCAUGGCUUAGUCCUUCUCAAUCAUGCAUAUACUCCUAAUCUUUUUUUGUUCUGUUUUGUACUUAUCCACUUUUCCUUUUGUAUUCUUUCAUCAUUUACUAGUACAAUAGUGAAAUUGCCUCCUAUUUGAGUUCUUAUUUCAGCUUACCUACAAUCAUGAAGCAUUUGUAUAUUUUUUUUUUUUAAAUCCUUUUAAAUGUUGAAGUGAUUUAUUUCCAACUAUUACAGUUUAAUUUUGAGUUCUAUCUAAUUUGUAUUCAUGUUGUUCUAGCUGUUUGACUUGUAUAAUUAAUAUUUCUCAUUUUCUGUUGUUAAUUUAAAAAAAUAAAAAUAAAAAAAAAAAAAGCAGCCAAAAAUUAAAUAGCUGUAAGUGGACAUCAUUUUGUGUUGCAGUAAAGGUAGCUCUUGUGGUUAAUAUGUCAGGCGUAAUACAUGUUAAAACAUGGUAAUGUCCUAUAACAUUCAACUCAUCAUUUCAUCCUUCCAGGGUCAGUCCAUUUGAAACAUUUCAAGAAGUGCGAGAGCUAAGAGAGCUCUCAUGAUUAGAUAGAAGUAUAUGGAAAGUAGAGUCUUGUAAUGUAUACUUUUCAUUUACAUUUUUCUCUAUGGAUAGGACGAGCAAGUAAAAAGAAAGAAAAGAGAAGAGCGUUUGGAACAGAUUCGACAUAAUGCACACCUGAAAUUUGCAUCCAAGAGGAAGGUGAGAAAUGGUCACUCUCCCAGGCAUUGCAAGAAAACAUUUUUGAAACCAGCACCACUUAAACCAUAAUGUUUAUAGGUUCUAUUUUUUAUUUUUUUUUAUGUAGUCAUUCAAGUUUCAUUGAGAAGAUAGUAACAUAAUCUUGGCUGAUGUGACUGAAACUCAAACAUAUAGACAGCUCGAAUUCAAUAAAAAAUACUAAACUUGAGUGGCCAAGAAGAAGCAGUGUGCUACCUGAGGAAUAUAUACUUAAUGUGAUCAGAAGGAAAUACUAAGUAAAAGAGAGGGAAAAAAGGGGGUAUGGGAGGGGAAAGCAAGGGUGAAGAUGGAGGAGCAAUCCAACCGCCACCUAAAGAGAUGAGGAUAGUUUUAUUUAUUUUCAAGAAUUUUAUUAAGCGGUUGACAAUUUCAGGUUAUAAGACAAUAAUGUCCUGUCAGAGCACAAUGCGAUGAUAGAAUCAGCAAAUUAUUCUGUUUUCAUUAAAAUAAACAGCUCAUAUAAUAUGCCUUCUGAAAAGGAAAAAACAGGAAUUUGAUGCUAAUGUGCCAUUUGUUCCUAUAAUUCACUGCAGCUAACAUCACAAUCUAUUUUACCCCCUUCCUCAUGCACAGUCUUCUGUAUUGCAUACAACUAUUUAGUCUACCUCGAUACAAAAAGAAAGCUGCCCGAUCCUCCUCCUCCUCCUACAGAGCGCUGCUCUGUGGAACAACCUCCCGCACACUUUAAAAUCUUCCGCAAUUGUUGCCGCAAUUGUGGAACAACCUCCCGCACACGUUAAAAUCUUCCCCAGGCCUAAAGUCCUUUAAGAGAUCCCUCUCUACAUACCUCAAAACAGAAGGCACCUGUCAUGGUUGAUUAUAUAUUUCCUACCUGUUCUAUGUUAAAUUUUGUAUAUAUUGUGUAUUAAUAUUGUUUUUGUAUUUUAUUGUACUAUAAUGUAUCAAUGCAAUGUUUUGUGGACCCAGGAAAUACUUGAAAACGAGAGAAAUCUCAAUGUAUCUUUCCUGGUAAAAUAUAUUAUAAAUAAAUAAAUGCAUACAACUGAAUAUGGUGUCAUGUUGCAUUCCCACAGUCUGGAAUAAAGCAUGUAUGACCACUAUGUAUAAAUGAGGGGUUGGUUGGUGCAAAACACCAGUGAUCUGCACCAUUGCCUAAUUGUAUCUCUUGCUUGUUCUUGUGCCAGAUUUUAUAGGAGACAUUUUGCAUUUCUUCCAUCAUUAAAAUAUCUAGUGUAAGGGCAAAUUCUUUCUGUUUCACUGUUGAUUGUAACCUUUAAUGGUCCACAUAAGUUAUAAUUUCUCUGCUCUGUCUGUCUGCAGAGGGAAGAGGAGGAUGAAGCUAUGCGCAUUCUGCAGCUCAGUAAGCAGAUGCUGAGCCCUGAAGGAAUGGGAACUGAACCGGCUUUGGAACAUGGAGAGGAAGAGGUUCUACUUGCUGACUAUGAAAGUGAUGAAGACACAAAGAAAAAAGCAGAGUAUGACACACUAAGCUGUGACAUUGUAUUGUUUUUCAUAAAGUAUGAAGUAGAGAUAAAAAAUGAAUGGCUUAACUUGUUGCUAAAGAUGUAUUUUAAACUAGACAUGUCCAUUCAAUUUCAGACAAAUGGCAAAAUUAAUGAACAUUUUGUUUUUCGUUCAUUUUGUUAGAAAACUUGUAACCAAUUGUCAUAUGUAUGAACAAACAGGUCCAUGAUCAAUUUUCGUUCGUCAUUCGUUCAUAAAACUCUUACUACAAGAUUGAGAACGUUAUGGCAUAAGUGUGUAUCACUCCACCGCCUUUCUGUUGGCUCACAACUAAAGGUUUAAAGGGUCACCAUAGUGUCAGAAACACAAAUGUCUGGCCUCACCCCAAUCCACCUCCUUGGCUGCUAUUAUCAGAAUUGAUGAUCACAAUGCUUUCCCAAAGGAAAGCAUUGGAUUGGCUGAGAUCGUAAAUUCUGCUGAUCCCCACCAUGGAGGCAGGGCAGGGAGCGGAGCCAAUGGGGAAAGUUCAGCAUCUUCAUGCAGAGCAGUUGAGACGCUGAUUGUCAGUGCUGCACACUGCCUCAGGAAGCACCUCAAGUGGCCAUUAGAGGUGAUCUUAGGCUGUAGAAGAAACAUUGCCUUUUCUCUGAAAAGGCAGUGUUUACAUUAAAAAGCCUGCAGGGAUGGAUUAUACUCACCAGAACAACUACAUUAAGCUGUAGUUGUUCUGGUGACUAUAGUGUUCCUUUAAGGUGAGGGAGUUAUACUGUGGUAAAUCUGUGGGAAAGUUGGGGCUGAGAGGGGCUCAGUAAGCAUAGUGCUAAUUAAGCCUACACAAGCCUGCGGGUGGGGAGAGAGAACAUGCCUAGCAGUAGCUAGCAUCUGUGCUAAUUAGUAAAAAAAAAAAAAUUACUCCUAGCCAUACAGGUGCAGCACAGACAAACCCAAAACAACAGUGAAAAGCGAAUAUGAAGCAAAUUAAAUGUGACAGCCAGACACCGCUAAUGGAGUUACAGUACCCAUGUCUAAAUAUUUUAGCAAAGUGAGGGAUAAGUUCCAAUCUUCUGAGUAAGUCCUUUAAAAAAAAAAAAAAAAAAAAUUAAAUAUUUGCAACAGGAACAUGAUAGACGGGGGAGAGCUGCCAACUACAUUCUCUCCCUGGAACUCCUUUACCGCUGGGGAGAGAUACCAACUGUGCCUUCUCCCUGGACAUCACUGUCCGCUGAGGAGAGAUGCAGACCACACUGGCUCCCAGAUGCACAUGCUGUUAAGCCACAGAGGUACCAGCCACACUGCUUUGCUGAGUUUUUGGACUGUUAACAAUGCUUAUCUAGAUGGAGUUGACAAGCCCACUUCAUCUCCUCCUGCUGCCAGUUGGUGACUUUAACUGUCAUCUGUGUAAAUAAUCUCCUUGCUAGAAUAUGGACAAUAUGCUGCAAGACCUUUUUUAUUAUCCUCUUAGUGAAGUCACUUGACAUUUUGGGUUAGUGUAACUCCAAUCACUCGUUCUUCACAUAGCUCCUGCUUCCUCUCUGCUUGAGUAUAUCAGCAGGUCUCUUUUCAAGAGAAGGGUUAUCCCAGCGCUAGCCGCCAUUUGUAAUGGGAACAAGAUAGACUGGUCUUAGAACCUGAGGAUCAGAGCUCAAGCUGCUACAGUAUUUGUUCCUUCUUUCUGUCUGCAAGGGUUCUGUGAGGCAGCCAUCAGAAAUUAUUCUGCCAGUUCCUUUUUAUGGCCACAACUGUUAGCCAGUCACUUGAGGAACUAUUGAAGAUGUCUUUUGCUCUCUCAGAUCUACGAAUAACAAUGUGUGUUUUAUUAAAUUGGACAUCUGUUUAUAUAAGAAAACACAAGGGGAGGACAAAACAUAACCAAUAAUAGCAACAGAACCUGGGAAAACAACCAGUAUAAUGUUUAAUUAUAUUACACCCAAUCCAGGUGCCAGAGUGUCUGGGCAGCACUAACACAUUUAAAGAGGCAGACUGUUCUGAUUUAAUUACCGUUAAAAACAAACCGCUCCACAGACCUAAACGAAAAAAAACCUGAUUUUAAUACAUAACUUUCCCACAGUAUUAAUUCCUUAUAUGUGCAUGGGAUCUGUUAGUGCCACAAAAGGCCUGUUGUAUCUUGGAAGGAGGCUGGCCACUACCCUCCUCCACAAAACAUACUGUUUCAAUGCAUUGGGCAGCCAUUUAAAAGUGGGGAAACUUAUGUUGAAAUCUUGAAAUUAUUUAUCUUCAGAAACCUCUAUACAGGGAGUGCAGAAUUAUUAGGCAAGUUGUAUUUUUGAGGAUUAAUUUUAUUAUUGAACAACAACCAUGUUCUAAAUGAACCCAAAAAACUCAUUAAUAUCAAAGCUGAAUAUUUUUGGAAGUAGUUUUUAGUUUGUUUUUAGUUUUAGCUAUGUUAGGGGGAUAUCUGUGUGUGCAGGUGACUAUUACUGUGCAUAAUUAUUAGGCAACUUAACAAAAAACAAAUAUAUACCCAUUUCAAUUAUUUAUUAUUACCAGUGAAACCAAUAUAACAUCUCAACAUUCACAAAUAUACAUUUCUGACAUUCAAAAACAAAACAAAAACAAAUCAGUGACCAAUAUAGCCACCUUUCUUUGCAAGGACACUCAAAAGCCUGCCAUCCAUGGAUUCUGUCAGUGUUUUGAUCUGUUCACCAUCAACAUUGUGUGCAGCAGCAACCACAGCCUCCCAGACACUGUUCAGAGAGGUGUACUGUUUUCCCUCCUUGUAAAUCUCACAUUUGAUGAUGGACCACAGGUUCUCAAUGGGGUUCAGAUCAGGUGAACAAGGAGGCCAUGUCAUUAGAUUUUCUUCUUUUAUACCCUUUCUUGCCAGCCACGCUGUGGAGUACUUGGACGCGUGUGAUGGAGCAUUGUCCUGCAUGAAAAUCAUGUUUUUCUUGAAGGAUGCAGACUUCUUCCUGUACCACUGCUUGAAGAAGGUGUCUUCCAGGAACUGGCAGUAGGACUGGGAGUUGAGCUUGACUCCAUCCUCAACCCGAAAAGGCCCCACAAGCUCAUCUUUGAUGAUACCAGCCCAAACCAGUACUCCACCUCCACCUUGCUGGCGUCUGAGUCGGACUGGAGCUCUCUGCCCUUUACCAAUCCAGCCACGGGCCCAUCCAUCUGGCCCAUCAAGACUCACUCUCAUUUCAUCAGUCCAUAAAACCUUAGAAAAAUCAGUCUUGAGAUAUUUCUUGGCCCAGUCUUGACGUUUCAGCUUGUGUGUCUUGUUCAGUGGUGGUCGUCUUUCAGCCUUUCUUACCUUGGCCAUGUCUCUGAGUAUUGCACACCUUGUGCUUUUGGGCACUCCAGUGAUGUUGCAGCUCUGAAAUAUGGCCAAACUGGUGGCAAGUGGCAUCGUGGCAGCUGCACGCUUGACUUUUCUCAGUUCAUGGGCAGUUAUUUUGCGCCUUGGUUUUUCCACACGCUUCUUGCGACCCUGUUGACUAUUUUGAAUGAAACGCUUGAUUGUUCGAUGAUCACGCUUCAGAAGCUUUGCAAUUUUAAGAGUGCUGCAUCCAUCUGCAAGAUAUCUCACUAUUUUUUACUUUUCUGAGCCUGUCAAGUCCUUCUUUUGACCCAUUUUGCCAAAGGAAAGGAAGUUGCCUAAUAAUUAUGCACACCUGAUAUAGGGUGUUGAUGUCAUUAGACCACACCCCUUCUCAUUACAGAGAUGCACAUCACCUAAUAUGCUUAAUUGGUAGUAGGCUUUCGAGCCUAUACAGCUUGGAGUAAGACAACAUGCAUAAAGAGGAUGAUGUGGUCAAAAUACUCAUUUGCCUAAUAAUUCUGCACUCCCUGUAGAAUUUAAUGGCUAUUUUUGUAAUUAAUAAAAAAAAAAAAAUCAUAAAAAAAAAAAAAGAUUUUUGUAAAAGGCCUGUCAUAUCAAGACUGGCAAUGUCACUGAUAUUCACAUGUCCUAAUAAAAUGAAAAAUGUGUUUAUAAUGUGCUUGCUGUAAUGGAAAAGAAAAUUGAAAAGGCAGUAGCAACUCCUACAACAAAUUCUAACACCUUGUGAGUAAAAACAAACAAAAAGUAUAUGCCACGCCUAAUUAAUAAAACGCCUCUAUACGUACAACUUACACAAAUACAUACAUAGAUUCCAAGAGUUUUUAAAUGGAUAAAUAAGUAGCUUAAAAUGUGCACGCACGCACAAAAAUAAAGUAUAAAGUGAUGUGCAACAAGCCAAGUACCCACUCCGUUUAAAAAAAGAGUUAAUCCAAGCUCAGGGGGAUGACCGCACACUUGAAAACCCUUUGAAUCUAUGUAUGUAUUAAUGGAUGUUGUACACAUAGAUGUAUUUAAAUAAUUAGGAGCUGCAUAUCUUCUUUUUGUUGGGUUUUCAUUCUAUAUUAACCUUUCAUGCGGAGGUACUGGGUGCGCUGUUGUAAAAAGUCACAGUGUGUGUCGUACAUGAAAUCUAAAUUUUCUAUUGAGGGAAAAACUAAGUUUUAAUUUUAAAAAUAACAACAAAAAAAGAGAAAAAAAUACUAUAUUAACAUGCAAUUAGUGGUUCCAAUUAUUAUUCACUGUAAUACCUCUAAAAUGAAUGUUACUAAAUAUAAUUUGCUAACCAGCAAUAAAAUGUAAUAAAACCAGUUAUUUUUAAAGCCUGUAAUGGGAAAAGUGUCCCCAAGCAGGGCAAAUCAACGAAGAUUGCGGGAGGUGCGCAGAUGGACCGAUAGUGGUUGUUACAGAAGUGUGACAUCCUACUCUGUAAUUAAAUUCUGGUGGGGGACUGGAGGGUCAGCUAAUGCAUGACCGUUUCCAUUUAAUCCAUCAAUGCUGGAGACCAAGACUGAACAGAGAUUAAGCAGAAAUCUAAUGUUAUUACAUUAGUGAUUUAAUUUAAAUUUUAUUUCUGACUCUGCUCUCAGGUUGGAGGACGAUGAUGAUGACCUUGAAGAAGAGCAUGUAACCAAGGUUGGUAACUUUUAAAAUGUAAGGGGUGAGUGUUGUGUUCCUGGUUUAGGAUGGAAAGCAAAAUGGCACAUUUUUAUUUUUAUAUAUAUAUAUAUAUAUAUAUAUAUAUAAAUAUAUAUUUUUUUUGUCAUUCUACACAUAAAGUAAUAAAAACAUAAUAAACACAAUUCUAACAAUAUUGGAUUUGAAAUGUGAGUACAUGUUUAUAUUAUUGCAUAUAAGUCAAGUUAAAAAGUCUGUUAAGAAUGGCUCUAUUAUUAAACAAAUGUGAUUUAUUUUAUAAUUGAUAAAGGCAAGUCAAUCUAAAAUGAAAACUAUUUUUUUUAAAUUCUAAUUAUUCUUUUUUCACAGAUUUAUUACUGCAGUAGAACUCACUCGCAGCUCUCACAAUUUGUCCAUGAAGUCCAAAAGAGCCCUUUCUGUAAGCAGAUUAGGCUAGUAUCUCUGGGAUCACGGCAGGUACAUAUAUCACAUGAAUUUACUUUCUUACUGACACUUUUUAUUAACACAGUCUUCUUACUUCUGGCAAAAGGCUGAAUUCUGUCCAUGUAAGCAUCUCUUGCUUUCAAUAUAUCUGUCUCUCUAUCUUUCUUACAAAAAAUAUACCUUUAAUGUGUUGCUUUUACUGUAAUUUAUCAGUACUUACAUCUUCUGCUAUGAGCUCUCCCCAGAUCAGAAAUUUACUGAUACCUCUCCAGUCCCUCUCAAAAAGAGUGCUGACCAUUUACAUAAACGUCCGGCCAACUGGGGUUUGUGAGAUAUGCAUUUUAGUACAAGUCCUAUGUUUUAUUCAUAAUAGAGCUAGGUCAGUUAGCUUGUCAGAAGUACAUGGUACUAGUCAGACAUAGAAUUGUUUGUGGGGGCAGUGGGAAACAUAGCUUACAUGGAAGCUUUUAGUAACAUGAGGGAAUUGGUUAUUGUGUUUUGAUUAUCCAUUGCUGCUCCAUUUAUUUAGUUAGCUAAAUAAACAAGACAAGCCUGAUUAUGUUUGACUUUCAUCCCUGUAUAUCUACUUUGUUCAUGUCUUUACUCUGUGACGUAUUCUUACUGCGUCCUUCUAUUUAACUUCCAUAGAGGGGGUGAAUGUGAACAUGAUUGCAAGGGCUCAAAAUUUGAAGUACUACAAUUCUAGACAGGCCUAAAAGUUACUCGCCACUGCAGGACUGAAAGGUCUAUGUCACUGUCACCACCUGUGAAAUUCUACUCGCCAGAGGUGAAUUUUCUCUCCGUAGUGGGGGAGUGGAAAUUUUGAGCUUUGAUCAUCACUUUGCAUUUUUCUGAGGACUUGGUGCUGAACAAAGCCAUCAAAGGGUUUGUAGGGUAAAUGUACUCCUUGCCUCCCAGGAAACAGGCUUGAGGGAGCCGAAUGUCACCUUGUUGGUAAGGAAUAAUUGUACCUUAAACACUGUCUGAGUGCCUGGUCCAUUUUUGAACAGAACAAGUCGGCUACGUGCAGUAAUCCUUUUUGGCAGUUAUUUCUCAUAAAGAAACUUUUAAAGUGCUGAGAAGUCUCUCCUUGUAAAGAGGGUAAAACAGCAAUCAGGUUCACGUACUUAUCCAGAGGCCAAGUGCAUUUUAAUUCAAUGAUCCCUUUAUAGAGAUGAUUGAUAGAAGAAUGCAAAGGAACAUAAUAUUCUUUCAAGAGAACACUCAUUUGGCAUCUCUGCUACUGCUGUAGAUAUACUGUAAUGGUUAUUACACAUCUGUACUCUGUACCACUGUAAAUAGCUUUUAACUCUCUCUCAUAGACCUUUGCAGUGUUUUACGCAAUACUCUGGUACUUGCGCAGAUACAGUUUGAGAUACAAUUGUUCUGUAAUCCUGCACUUAUAAAGUAUAUUUUUCUUGUUUUUUUUUUUGUUUUUUUUCUCUCUCUCAUAGCUGUUGAUUACUUGGCAAGGAUGCAGGUUGCCAAUCUUUAAAGGUAGUCUGUACUCCAUUAUCCAGCCUCCUAAGAAUCUAGACUAAUAGAUUGUAUAGUGCCAAAUAAGCCCCUUAAAUGAUUAGCAUGUAUAAGAGAGAUAAUGGCAAUAGGGGACAUUUAACAUUUCGUAAAUACAUGAUUGUAUGUAACAUAUGCAUGUUUUACUGAUAGAUCAUGACUGCAAUUUAAAAAGGUACACCACCUUCUUUAUGUGAAUUUCCUGUGAUAGUCUCUGUGGUUUUACCAUCUUUCGUGCUGGAGACAAUUUAAAAUCAACCACCAAAUUAUUAAAAUGAUAAAAAGUGAUCUUCAACAAGGUCUUAUGAAAGUCAUUGUCCCCUCUUUAUGGUAUUAUUUGAAAACAACAUAAGCAAUCUUAGGCUAUUGAUUAUUGUGCUGUUGCUUAUUUGCAAAUCUAAUGCACUUUUUUGAAAAGGAUCCCCCCUACCCCAAAGGCCCAUUGGGUCAAAUUGAUUUUAAUCCAAUGAAGAAUGUGUUUGUGUAUACAUACAGGGAGUGCAGAAUUAUUAGGCAAAUGAGUAUUUUGACCACAUCAUCCUCUUUAUGCAUGUUGUCUUACUCCAAGCUGUAUAGGCUCGAAAGCCUACUACCAAUUAAGCAUAUUAGGUGAUGUGCAUCUCUGUAAUGAGAAGGGGUGUGGUCUAAUGACAUCAACACCCUAUAUCAGGUGUGCAUAAUUAUUAGGCAACUUCCUUUCCUUUGGCAAAAUGGGUCAAAAGAAGGACUUGACAGGCUCAGAAAAGUCAAAAAUAGUGAGAUAUCUUGCAGAGGGAUGCAGCACUCUUAAAAUUGCAAAGCUUCUGAAGCGUGAUCAUCGAACAAUCAAGCGUUUCAUUCAAAAUAGUCAACAGGGUCGCAAGAAGCGUGUGGAAAAACCAAGGCGCAAAAUAACUGCCCAUGAACUGAGAAAAGUCAAGCGUGCAGCUGCCACGAUGCCACUUGCCACCAGUUUGGCCAUAUUUCAGAGCUGCAACAUCACUGGAGUGCCCAAAAGCACAAGGUGUGCAAUACUCAGAGACAUGGCCAAGGUAAGAAAGGCUGAAAGACGACCACCACUGAACAAGACACACAAGCUGAAACGUCAAGACUGGGCCAAGAAAUAUCUCAAGACUGAUUUUUCUAAGGUUUUAUGGACUGAUGAAAUGAGAGUGAGUCUUGAUGGGCCAGAUGGAUGGGCCCGUGGCUGGAUUGGUAAAGGGCAGAGAGCUCCAGUCCGACUCAGACGCCAGCAAGGUGGAGGUGGAGUACUGGUUUGGGCUGGUAUCAUCAAAGAUGAGCUUGUGGGGCCUUUUCGGGUUGAGGAUGGAGUCAAGCUCAACUCCCAGUCCUACUGCCAGUUCCUGGAAGACACCUUCUUCAAGCAGUGGUACAGGAAUAAGUCUGCAUCCUUCAAGAAAAACAUGAUUUUCAUGCAGGACAAUGCUCCAUCACACGCGUCCAAGUACUCCACAGCGUGGCUGGCAAGAAAGGGUAUAAAAGAAGAAAAUCUAAUGACAUGGCCUCCUUGUUCACCUGAUCUGAAUCCCAUUGAGAACCUGUGGUCCAUCAUCAAAUGUGAGAUUUACAAGGAGGGAAAACAGUACACCUCUCUGAACAGUGUCUGGGAGGCUGUGGUUGCUGCUGCACGCAAUGUUGAUGGUGAACAGAUCAAAACACUGACAGAAUCCAUGGAUGGCAGGCUUUUGAGUGUCCUUGCAAAGAAAGGUGGCUAUAUUGGUCACUGAUUUGUUUUUGUUUUGUUUUUGAAUGUCAGAAAUGUAUAUUUGUGAAUGUUGAGAUGUUAUAUUGGUUUCACUGGUAAUAAUAAAUAAUUGAAAUGGGUAUAUAUUUGUUUUUUGUUAAGUUGCCUAAUAAUUAUGCACAGUAAUAGUCACAUGCACACACAGAUAUCCCCCUAACAUAGCUAAAACUAAAAACAAACUAAAACUACUUCCAAAAAUAUUCAGCUUUGAUAUUAAUGAGUUUUUUGGGUUCAUUGAGAACAUGGUUGUUGUUCAAUAAUAAAAUUAAUCCUCAAAAAUACAACUUGCCUAAUAAUUCUGCACUCCCUGUAUGUAGUCAUAGAUAUGUAACUUAUAGAUUCUUCUUCUUCAUCAUGCUUUCAGAACAUGUGUGUGAAUGAGGAUGUUCGCCGUUUAGGGACAGUGCAGCUAAUCAAUGACCGAUGCAUGGAGAUGCAGAAGAACAAGCACGGUGAGCUCAUUCUCAUUUACGAUUACAACAACUGAGUGGAUGUUAGUGUAUGGAAGGAGAUUUUAAGAGAUGCUACGAUGUUACUGUUAUACUGUUAUGUUAUUUUUCUAACUAACUGCAAAGUUGUUGGCUUCCAUAUAGCAAUUACAAAGUAAGUGGCAUAAAGAUUUAUAAAGAAAAAAAAAAGUCUUUAUGUCAUAAGUCUUAUAUGUUACAUGUAAAAAAUUGGCAAGGUGUAAACAGGAGAAGGCAUGUCAAGCUGAAAAUGCUAAUGAACUCCCAUGAGGCUCAAAAUGCAUCGGCAUUUUAAAGCUUGGUGUGCCUUCCCCUGUUUACCGAUUUUUGCAACAUUUCUUUUUUAACCGCUAUUCUGAACUUUGUCUGUAUUUCCUAUAUGGGAACUGGCAGCUCUGCAGUUAAUUGUUUACACAGGACGAGUGCCUGACUCAGAAUACUGGAGUGGACCAGAUGAGAUACAACUCAGUUUCAUUGGUUUUCCAUAGUUAUUUUUCUAGCCUUUGUGAUCCUUGUCUGCAGGUAGCACGGUCCUCUAGGGUAAACAACAGACACAGUCCUUUAAUUUUCAUAUAAUCCAGGCACUUUAUUUGUAAGUCCACACAGGAGACAGCAGCAAAUGAAAACAUAAAUAUAACACAAAUCCCUAUAAACAAAAACCUAGCUCGUCUGAGCACUUACUAACAUCAGGUUCCCUAUCUCUCAGGGGUUAAACUAGAACAAAACAAUAUUGGUUUCACCAACCUAGUGUCUUUGUCAGCUGUUGCUUUCCUUUCUACACUCCCAGUGCUCCAAGCCAGCCUUAACUGCUUUCCUUUCUGCACUCCCAGUGCUCCAAGCCAGCCUUAACUGCUUUCCUUUCUGCACUCCCAGUGCUCCAAGCCAGCCUUAACUGCUUUCCUUUCUGCACUCCCAGUGCUCCAAGCCAGCCUUGACUGCUUACUUCUGCACUCCUAGUGCUCCAAGCCAGCCUUGACUGCUUUCCUUUUGCACUCCCAGUGCUCAGUCUCCUUGACUCUCUCUCACUGGAGAGAACAGCCUCUCUCCUACCUGCUUCCAGGGAGGAAGCCAGCAAUCUCCCUUUACCUGCCUAGCAGGGAGCGGUUUAUUCCCACUGCUGCAGCUGAGCAGUGGGUUGGAGACAGUUCCAAAAAACUCUGGCCUGGACCUUAUUUCUCUCAGUUGUGUAUAAACUGAGGAGUGGAGUAUUGGCCCACCCUGCUCUCCAAAUGCUCCACCCCAGGGGCCCAUAACUAAACAUAGCUUUGUGUUGCACACCACACAUACAACACGUACUUCCCCUUGGGUUAAGUGUUAAAGGCCUCUCUGCCUUCACUUUGUCACACCUUGUACAAGCAAAGGGAGUUUGCUUGUCCAUGCAGCCGAUAGCUGAAAAAGAGACAUUUGAAAUUCUUGACUUCUCCAUCCCCAAUUAAGUGAAAACCAUUUAGGAAACAUAUGCACAUAUAUAUAGUAUUUAUUUCAUUUUUUUAAAUGUAUCCUUGAUAUCCUAUCAUGUUGGCAUGAGGUAUUUUGUGGCUGAAUUUAAGGUACAAAUUUAGGUUUAUUCACUUCUGACUCUCGGCAUCUUCAUUAUUGCAUUGCAACCGAAUUAUACUAGCUUACAAUGGUACCACCCCAACACUUUUACUGCGUGUUUACACUUUCAUCCAAUAUACCAGUGCACAACCACCAAUAAUAGUGCCUCUUGAUAGCUGUCUCUCAAUAGCUGUCACUCUUGCAGUAAGAUAAAUGUAAUUACAUGCAAAAGCUAUCUAGUUUAGAAAUCUUCAUUCAUGUCUGAGUGAGAGAGAGAUCCUUACUUGCUGGAACAGUAAGAGAAAAAUCACAGACGUGUACACUAGUAAGCUCUUUACCUAUGUUUUUAAAUUGAGAGUGGCAACAAAGUGGUAAAGGUAUUCUCUAAAUAUCCUGCUGGUGCUUUGAAAUCAUGUUUGCUUUAAUCAGUUCAAAAAUAUAUUUGGGGAAGUGACCCCCAACAUAGGACACUAAUAUUACAUUUUAUAAUUUUUCAUGUUAGUGGCACUAUGUGGUUAUGUACCAUGCUCUUGCAGUAAGAUAAAUGUAAUUACAUGCAAAAGCUAUCUAGUUUAGAAAUCUUCAUUCAUGUCUGAGUGAGAGAGAGAUCCUUACUUGCUGGAACAAUAAGAGAAAAAUCACAGACGUGUACACUAGUAAGCUGUUUACCUAUGUUUUUAAAUUGAGAGUGGCAACAAAGUGGUAAAGGUAUUCUCUAAAUAUCCUGCUGGUGCUUGGAAAUCAUGUUUGCUUUAAUCAGUGGAAAAAUAUAUUUGGGGAAGUGACCCCCAACAUAGGAAACUAAUAUUACAUUUUAUAAUUUUUCAUGUUAGUGGCACUAUGUGGUUAUGUACCAGGCUAGACCAUAGAUAUACUUACCAAAAAAAAUCAAGCACCCAAGCAUUGUAAAAAAAAAAAACAUGAAAGGGGUAAAGUACAAUAAACCAGUGAUAUUUCUCUCCCCAGCAGUAGCCCUUUAUUAAAAAAAAAGUCCGUCCCAGUCAACUAACAUCCUAUAUCUCUACUCCCCCUUGUUUCCAAGCUACUGUACAACAGCCUAUUUCACAUUCUCACAUCUUGCUCCCUGGUCGAUCCAAUGCAGUCUGCCUCCCUUCUUCCAAGAUUAGUGUGAAACCGGGCUUACCAAAAUAACAAGUGGACUUCUUACAGUCAAAUGAAAUAUCUCUUCUUUCUACUCUUCCUCCUUGAUAUUUUUUCACGCUUUGCUGUCCAUCCUUGUGCAAAUAUUUCACUCUUUUAAAAAAAAAUGUUAUUUAUUUUUUGGCACCUGCACCCUGAAAUUACAUUGUUCCGUGUCUGUCUCAUGCACCUGCUCCUCUCCACUAGCGCCCUCACGAUUGCUCUAUGUUAUUUUUUUCUCAGCUCUAUGUACACAUCUCAUAUUGGUAAAGUAAUUGAUUCUGAUGAUUUUAACACACUCCUUUACCUCUCCUCUCCUCUCCUGAUCUGUAAUUGUUUCUGCUAUCAAUUAUCAGUUACUAUAUUAUCAAUAAGAGGGUAGUGAGAUUCAUAAACAAACCCUCUGUCAAAUUCUCCCCUAUAAUCUGUCGCUUUAAACAUGCAUCUGAAUGAACAUUCUUCAAUUUAGAGAAACUUACUAUUUUCCUCCAUACUAAUCUCACAUAAAGAUUCUAGACUUACCAAGUCUCUUGUUUGUAUUUGCCUGAAUGAGAAUGCCCAACCAUAAACUGUCCCUUAAAAUCCUACUUUUCUCUUAUGGACUCCGACCUCCUAGAUUAUUAGUCUGCAAGAGCAGGACUCUCAGUCCUUCUGUACCCAUCUUAUGCAAUGUACAUUAUGGUAAGCUUUUAUGUAACAUUUGUGAAACAUUGUCUUGCCUGUAAGCACGUUAAAUUGUACAGGGAUUCCGAAUCUGCUAGUGCUCUAUAAAACAAUAAAUAAGACAAAUGUGGAAAUACAAAACAACAGAGCUUGUUUUCGCAUUGUAGAUAAAAAAAAUGAAGAUACAGACGGAAAGAAGAGGCGUGUUAGCCGACUUGUGUGUCCCUUCUAUUCUUACGAACAAAUGCAGUUCCUGCGUGAUGAAAUCCUAGUUGAGGUGAAAGACAUUGAGCAGCUGGUAUCAAUGGCCCGGGAGGCAAAAGCUUGUCCAUACUAUGCCACUCGCUAUGCUAUACCUGCUGCCCAGGUAAGAACGGGGGAGUGGUGAAAUAAUGAGUAGGGCUUGCUAUGUUACCUUCUGUAUGUUAAUUGCUUGUCAAAUAUCCCUAUUUUACAAUUGAAAAGAAUAUAUUGGCGCUAUUUAAAUGCUAAUAAGAACAAUGGAGAGCAGGGUUUGAGUGAUAAUGGCAAGAUACUGUAAACAACACAAACUUAAGUAUCCCUCCACUGAAAAUUUUGCUCCCGAUAAAAAGGUAAUGAGUACUUAUAUUAAAUUCUGUGAGGUUUGUUUAAAGCAUGCGCACGAGUGCAGCAUUAACUCCUUAAGGACCAAACUUCUGGAAUAAAAGGGAAUCAUGACAUGUCAAAUAUGUCAUGUGUCCUUAAGGGAUUAAGGUCUACAUAUGAUCCCAUGUUUUUGUGGUAUCUCCCAUUCAUACAGCCAAUUUCCAUGCAGCGGUCACUGGUGAUGGCUAGGUGAUUGACACUUUUUGACAGCAGUAGCCCUGCCCAAUGUCAAGAAGUCUCAGGCAUAGGAAAAAUACUGAGACAAAGUAGUUUCCAUGUUAGCUAUUUAUAGUGUGAAAGGAGGGAUAAUUUUUUUUUGGAAAAAAAAUACAAAUAUUUGCCAUGUUAUUAAUCUCAGAGGACUCACAGUUGGUGUGAGACCUGUGCCCUCUUCAUGCCACCUUUAGCAUCAUAUUCAGGCAGAUUUUUGCUAUUUAAUUGUAUCUCUGUUGAUGAAUGUCAUGUUAAUAUUAUCUUGGGAAUUCUUUCAGUUGGUGGUAUUGCCAUAUCAGAUGCUUCUACAUGAGUCAACAAGACAGGCAUCAGGAAUUAAACUGAAGGACCAAGUCAUCAUUAUUGAUGAAGCCCAUAACUUAAUCGACACUAUUACCUGCAUGUACAGCUCUCAGGUAUCUGGGUCCCAGGUAAGUCGUCCAAGCUGUUUGGGGGAACUGGCUUUAUAUAACGACCUGUUGCAAAUUUGCUUAGUUAGAGGUUGUGCGUCAGAAGGUGAUCUCUUGUUGCAAAAGUGCUAUUCAAACGAAAUACUUUACUGAAGUUAAUUAAAGCCUGGCACAGAUAGUGUUCUUAUUAUUGCCAUUUAUACAGUGCCAACAGAUUCCCUCGUGCUUUACAAUAUGAUAAGAGGGGGGUUAACUAUAAAUAGGACAAUGACAAGAAAACUUACAGAAAUGAUAGGUUGAAGAGGACCCUGAUCAAACGAGCUUACAGUCUAUAGGAGGUGGGGUAUAAAACACAUUAGGACAGGAAAUGGCAAUCAAAUAAGGUGAGAGUGAAGCUGGAGGAGAGAGUAGAGCGCUGCCGUUUAGGAGACCGCAAGAGACAGGUAUGUGAGGUAGCAGUUACUCUGGGAGGCCAUAUGCUUCCCUAAAGAGAUGGGUUUUGAAGCACUUUUUAAAUUAUUGAAGACUAGGGGAGAGCUUAAUGGUCAAAAGCAGGCUAUUCCAAAGGAAAGGAGCCACCCGCUAGAAGUCCUGCAAGCGUGAGUUGGUUGUACAGGUGCAGGCAGCGGACAGGAGAAGGGGCAAAGCAGAGAGACCGAGAAGGGGCAUACCUAUGGAUCUGUAAAGAGAUAUGAGGGGCUAAAAUUGUUCAGUGCUUUGACUCCUAUAGGAUACAGGAAGCCAAUGUAGGGACUGACAGAGGGGUGUGGUGUGCGAGGACCAACUGGAGAGGAAAAUCAGUCUGGCGGCAGCAUUCAUUACAAACUGUAGCAGGGCAACACGGCUUUUAGGAAGACUAAUUAGGAGAGGCUUACAAUAAUCCAUGCAAGAAAUUACUAGAGCAUGGACAAGCUCCUUAGUAGCAUCUUGCAUAAGAAAGGGGCGGAUGCGGGCUAUGUUUUUAAGAUGGAAUCUACAGGAUUUGGUAACAUACUGGAUGUGAGGCUCAAAGGUGAGGCCAGAAUCAAGUAUGACACCAAGACAGUGCGUUUGCAAGGAUGGACUGAUGUGGAUACCACGAACUUGAAGAGAGAGCAAGAGAGGAGGAUAAGUAUUAGGAGGAAAGACAAGGAGCUCAGUUUUAGAGAGAUUGAGUUUCAGAGAGUGGGAGGGCAUCCAGUCAGAGAUGGAAGAAAGGCAAGUAGUCGCACGUUGCAGGACGGCAGGGGAGAGAUAUAUCUGGGUGUCAGCAGCGUACAGGUGGUAGUGGAAUGCAAAAUCUGUUGUGUGACUUUUCAAAAGACAUCUGGUAUGUAUCGAGUAAUGAUAUUAGAUGUAACAUUUGGUAGGAUAUCCUUAGCGAGGAAGGGUUCUUCAGAUUUUAUAUGCCCUAGCUUCCAACUAAAUAGAAAGGCAGAUUUUAAGCAUAAAUUGUAAAUGUGAAAGAUACAAGAUGCUGCUUUGAUAAUAUAUGUUCUCUGUGUAAAAGAUGGCAUAUAGUCUUGAUAAUAUAUUGGGCUCAUCUAGGUUGUGAAUCACUAUAUCUGGCGUAGAUGACAGUGUGAAUAUGUAUGAAUAAAUCUCAGCUUUUAAAGGAGCUCUCUAAGCAUCAUAACUCUCCACUUAAGAUUGCCAUCCAAAGUUAAUAUCUGUAUUAGCCGAUCUGCAGGCAAGGUGCCAGACUGUUGGUGCUUGGAGAGCCUAUUUUUUGUCAAACUGCUCAAAUAUGGUUUAACUCAAACUGACUCUUUGCACCAUAACAAAUACAGUGAGCAGUAGAUGCUAUGGUGCUCAGAGUGCAUUGUUAAACUUGACCCUGACACAUUAAGUCUAUUUUAAUGAAAGCGUUUAAACCAAUAUAUCUAACCAUGUCAUUGUAAAUGUAACUGUAUAGAUUGUGUGCAAUUUCUUUUAUUGUCGACAUUUCCCAUCUGGAACUGAAUUACAGCUUUUAAACAUCCAGUGCCUACUGAUAAUAAUACUGCAAUAUGAACUGCCAAACCAGUAGUUUUCACAGCUUAACUGUUUACCUCUGGGUAACCUGGUACCAUUGUAUAGUGUUAAACUGCUUGAAAAUGAUUUAACACUGAAUGGAAGGACAGUGCUGGUCAGGUGCUAUAACCAAUUCAGUGAAAUUAAAUGUUUUAGUGCCUUCAUUGUCCCUUUAAAGGGAACCUGUCAUCACAUUUCAUCCACACAUUGUGCUAGCAGUUUAGCAAAAAUAGAUCUUUCUCAUAGCUGUCAAUUAUUUGUUUGCAAUUAAAUAGGAUGGUGCACACACGUCACAGAGAGUGUACUUCCACCAGGGUGCUCCAGAAAGGAAGGGUCGAGUUCCACAUAAAUCGAAUUGUAGUAAAUACAAGUUUCCGGGCAAAACUGAUGGUUUCUUUUUAAAAGGCAGUCUUUAUUUGAAACACAGAAAUGGAGACAAUGUUUCAGCUCCUACUUGAGUCUAACAAAGGCUCAUGAAGGAGCCAAAAUGUUGCCUCCAUUUCCGUGUUUCAAAUAAAGACUGCCUUUUAAAAAGAAACCAUUUAUCAAUUAUUUGGAAUAGACUCAAUGCUGAAGUAUUAAUUGACGGGGAGAGCUGUAGAGACCUCCCGGAGGUGGCGCUUCUGCUCUCCGUUCGUAGCAACCACAACACAUGCACUGUGGUUGCUAUGGAAAUUCCCUAUCUGACGUUGCUAGCACUGGCAAAGGAGUAUUGGCACAGAGUGGCUGACGUCAGUCUGUUCAGAUGCUGGCAGUGAAGCCAGUGAGUUAGCGUCAUUGAGGACACUUGUCUUGUUUCGGGAAGUGAGCCCUGACGGAGCAAAUCAACGAAGAGAGCAGGACAUGCGAGGUGAACACACACUUCUGUAAGCAGGAGUAGUAAAUCAUGACAGGUUGCCUUUAAUGGUUGUUUGAACCAUUUAGAAUGCCCACUGUGCCCAUAGUAAGCCCAUUGUUUACCUGCUAUUUCAUUCACUAAGAGAAUUAAUUGAAUUCUGCCAUACGUAAGACACACAUUGCAUUUUUAAUUGCCUUUUAGUUUGACAUCAGAUAAAUUAAACCUACCAAAAGCUGGUGAAUAAAAAAUUUAUCAUUUCAUUAAAAUAAUUUGUGGCAGAUAAUAAAUAUGUCUAAUUACUUUUUGAAAUAACAAAUACAUACUAAAUAACUGAAAUGAAAGCAGCUACCAUAACAUUUAUUUCAGUCAUUUGUUUUAAGUUAAACUUUUGGAGUAAUGACUCUAUUAACAAUUCUAGGUCAUAUAUUUGAUAGUGACCCAAUCAAAGAAGCCAAUAGGAUGUUCCUGCUCUUUGUGCUGACGUGUUCUUUAUUCAUAUGUUUUACCCUAGGCAGUUUUUCACUUUUUUUUUUUUUCUUUCUCGCACAGGAAAUAUUCUUUAUUGUCACUUAACCUAAUUUCAUUCUUAAAUAAUACAUUGGUUUCUGUACUGAAAGAUCUAAACUCUCCAGAAACUAUUCUGGAAAGCAAUAUAUUUCUACUGAAGAUGUAAUAUUUUCUGGCUGAAUGAACAAAUUGUUUCAUUCUUCUUGACCAAUUGUGUUUUUGUUUUAGCAUAUCAAAGCAGCAGCUUGGAACCGAUCACAUUUCUAGGUUAAUUUGCAAUUUUAUAAAAUUUUCGCAGAAAACUAAAACAAAUAAAUAAGCUUUCAUGUCUGAACGUGUUGCAGAUACUAUUUAGAGCAGAACUGUUUAUUUCUGCAUCUACUUCAAUCAUGAUCGUGAUAACAGAUGAUUAUUAUUUUUUUAUUAUAAAUGAAAAAUAAUUUUGGAUUAAAGAAACUGGUUACAACUUUCAAUAAAAUAAUUUCCAAGCAGGGGAUGUUAUUUUUUGCCAUCGAUUUAUUUAUUUCAUUCAAAGUUUAUUAAGUGAAAAGGUAGACGCAUCAGAGUAUAGACAUUGAUAUUUGAGUAGCAUUAUGAACUGAAGAUCAAUAAUAAGAAUAACAUGGUGUAAAAUAAGAUAUUAUACAUGAGUGACAGUGCUGAGAAUGUCGUUUUAGAUAGAGGUAUUAUGGGGUGGGCUGGAAUUCAGCUCAACAAGCAGAAUGGCUCAGAAGAGAGACUAUUGGGGGGAGGUGAAAUAGUAGAGAGGGAGGGAAACAUUUAUUUGCCCUUUCUCCUCGUGCCCCCCUUCUUUUUACAUCAACUUAUAUUCCUACAUGAAUUGCAGGUGUGCGUCAAAGUGCAUUCCCCCAAGUCAGGGGGGUUGAGCUGGUGACCUUAAGGAUAGUACUAGCUCAUCUACAGUCCGGAUAUUCUUAGCUUUUUUAAUCCAAUCUGUUAAGGCCAAGAGGUACCUGGUGUCCAGUGUUCCCAUAUUAAGCCAGACCCCCCCACCUGCCACCUGUUCAGUGGAAAAUCCGAACCACUGAACCGAUCUGAGUGAUUUCUGAAUAUGUUGGUCACUCAGAUCGGGGCUAUCCGAGGAUGUGGCUCUUAUGGGGUUUCCAUUGAUUUUGGGGGUUCUUUUGGGGUCUUGUGAAAUUGUGUGUUUUUCUGUACCUGGAUAUAAUCAAGUUGUACAGUUCCUGACUCCAUUAUCUCUCAUGCACAGAGGAGGAGUAUGUUGAAUGUAUUGCUUGUAUGUGCCUCUCCACCUCCCCCUUUUUCCUGUCCUUCCCCCCCACCCCCAGGGUCACUGCCAGACCAGCUUAAACUAGCUGCUUUGGCCCUCCUCAAUCUCCCAUCCGCCCUUGCUAUUGUCUGACCCCACCCUUCCUUGUACUAUAGUGCUCUAUGUACCCUAUUGUAUGUAAAUAAGGCAGUUGGGGGUUUAAAUGUGUGUAGAAGUUGUGAGUGUUUGCCUGGAUUAAACAGUCUACUCCCCAGCAUUAUGCCUCAGCUCAUGUGUGGGGGAACAGCUAUACCUGCUAUACUUUCUGGAGGAGAGGUCUACCCACUGGGAGCUGUAUCCAAGCUGCGGCGGCUAGGGGCUGGAAGGGCUUAUGGUGUCCCGGUGCAGUGAUUAUGGUACUUGGUGAUUACUAAGAAGCGUGAAUUGGCAGAGGUACCAGGCGAUCCUCCACAAUUCCAAUAUCCCUUGCCCUCCCCCCAGUAAACAGUGGUUAGUGACCACCAUUUGCAAAAAAACAAACAAAAAACACAAUUUUUUUGUUUUUGUUUUUAUGAACAUCUGUAGGAUCAGUGUUUUAACCAAAACUUGCUAAAUUAUCGUGCACCCACAGAUGUUUGCAUUGAGUUCUCACCUACCUGUGUGUGCACGGCCUGCAACAUAGACUUAUGUCUGACAUGAAGGCCUCCCAUCACGACAAUAAAUUAAGGAGCUGGAAGGGAGGCAUUUUCCUCAGUCUGCUCCUCUUCAGCACCUGGAGUCAAUGUCCCUGCUGUACUCUCGCACAUGCACGAGAGUACAGAAUUGAGGUCUAUGGAGGAUCCCGUGAGAAUGCAGUAUCCUUCAUAGAAAGAACAUAUUCCCUGUAGCUGUCACUAGUGACGCUUGUCGGGAUUGACUCUGGAGCAGCACCCAGAGACUAAAAAAGUCUGUUCCUACUUUGUCUCUGUAUAUCUCUUGACUGGUUGGAAUCUCAGUGAAAUUGCAACACAAUCAAAAUGAGUAUUUCAUAAUGGGUGACUGUGCUGCUAUAAAGCAUAAUAUCAAAUGUUUCACAGUGUUUUGAGUGAAACAUUUGAUAUUAUUGAAGCGCCUCCUCUUUUUGUAUAAAGUAAUGUAAGAUAAGAGGAACCAUCAAACUUACCUGCCAAUCAUGAAUUACAUUUCCCUUUAUUAAUAUUGACACCCUCAACAAUCAAUAUUGAACAAAGAAGGCUGUGAAAAAAUGUCUUUAUUGUUUAACCUUUUGAUCAUUUGUUUAAAAAAUACACAAAUAUACUUUCCUCUCUUGGAUAUCAAACAAUAGCAAACACUGGUUUAAAAAAAUAAAAUAAAAUAAAAAAAUUUAAUUCUUUGUUUUAUAUAUACAUAUCUGGCACAAUUAUUGGCAUGCUUUUAGUCAAUACUUUAUGCUACCUCCCUUUGCAAGAUAACCACUCUUCUCCUAUAAUGCCUGAUGAGGUUAGAGAAUACAUGGCAAGGAAGAGACCAUUCCUCAAUACAGAAUAUCUCCAGAGGUUGACACUGGUGGACUCUCCUCUACAUUUCACCCCACAGAUUUUAUAUGGGGUUCAAAUAAAGGGACUGGAAUGGCCAUGGCAUAACCUUGAUUUUGUGGUCAGGGAUACGAAGCAAGCCCUUAAUCGACUCUCGAGUCUUAAAUUUUCUCCCACUGUUAAAUUAUGUAGUCUGGAUGUAGAAUCACUAUUCUUCUAUUCCCCAUGAUAGAGGAAUUGAACAUGUGGAAUUUUUUCUUGAUCAAAGAAGCUGCAGGGAUGAUUCACACACACCUUUUUUUUAUGCCUUCUUUGGUUUAUUUUGUCGCACAAUUAUUGUUUGAUCAAUAGUAAAGUGUACCACUAGGUGUACCUAGUGUACCACUAGGUAUGGGGUACUGCUAUGGGGACGCCUUGUGCCCCCUCAUAUGCGAACCUUCACCUGGGAUGGUGGGAACACCAGAUUUGUGCUUCUGAUGUUCUGGCAGAAUACCUACCUAAGAUCUUAUGGUGGGGUCACUACAUCGAUGACAUCCUGAUUGUGUGGCAGGGAACCCCCCAUGAAUUUUUUGAUUUGGUGACAUUACUUAAUCAGAACGAUGAAAACCUUUGGUUUACAUCGGAAUAUGGAGGACGCUCCAUUAAUUUCUUAGAUGUGACUAUUAGCAUUAAAGAGGAUGGUACAUUUCAAUCUACUCUUUUUAGUAAACCGACAGCCACCAAUUCCCUUCUACAUUGGGGGAGUCACCACACGCGACCCCUGAAGGAGGGUAUUCCGGUUGGUCAGUACCUACGCCUUUGGAGAAAUUGUAGUGACAUUGAAGACUUUAAAAUGAAAGCAAGACAGCUUAGGAUACACUUUAAAGAGAGAGGCCUCAAGAAGGCGUACAAAAGAGCACUCCAAACUGAGAGAUCUGAAUUGUUAUGUGAUCAUCCAGCAAAGAAAGAAAAUAGGGAGACAGGAACCAUUCGCAUGAUUGCGACAUUUGACGUAGGUUGGUCAGAAGUACGGAAGUCUCUUGAUAGAUUUUGGCCUAUCCUGUUAAAUGAUGUACAUCUCAAAGAGGUCCUAGGCCCACAGGUUAAUAUUACAGCCAGACGUGGACGUAAUAUCCGAGAUUUGCUUGUACCGAGUCAUUUCACCACUAAACCACAGCCACGUCCCACCUGGUUGGGAACCCCUCCUUGUGGCACGUAUGGCUGUGGCAGAUGCGUAGCCUGCAAGUAUAUUUCUAAAGGCUCUAAGACAGUUAGUGACAGUACAGGACAAGGUACUUUCAAGAUUAAGAGUUUUUUUAAUUGUAAUACUAAGGGCCUUGUAUACCUGCUGUCGUGCUCAUGUGGACAAAAAUACGUGGGUAUAACCUUUAGAGAUAGAAUUAUGGAACAUGUAAGGUCCCCCAGGAACCGGCUUGAGACACCUAUCUCUAGACACCUUAAAGAAUACCAUCAUGGUGACCCUAAUAAUCUUCGAUUCUGUGGACUAGAAUUGGUGAAGAGAAACCCGAGACGUGGAGAUUUUGAUAAGAUUUUAAGACAGGGGGAGUCUAGGUGGAUAUAUGAAUUAAAGGACCACUCCAGGCACCCAGACCACUUCAGCUUAAUUAAGUGGUCUAGGGUUAACCCAUUGUUUUAUAAACAUAGCAGUUUCAGAGAAAGCCUUCCCCCAAAGCCUAGAGGCGCUUGCGUGCUUCUCACUGUGAAAAUCACAGUGAGAGCACGCAAGCGUCCAUAGGAAAGCAUUAUGAAUGCUUUCAUAUGCGACCGGCUGAAUGCGCGCGCAGCUCAUGCCGUGCGUGCGCAUUCAGCUGACGGGGCAGAUGGGAGGAGGAGAGCUCCCCGCCCAGCGCUGGAAAAAGGUAAGUUUUAACCCUUUCACCUUUCCAGAGCCGGACGGGAGGGGUCCCUGAGGGUGGGGGCACCCUCAGGGCACUAUAGUGCCAGGAAAACGAGUAUGUUUUCCUGGCACUAUAGUGGUCCUUUAAAGACACUUCAACCUCUGGGUUUGAACGAAGGCUUCUCUUUUGCCCCGUUCAUUUAACCAUUGGCAAUAAGGUCUUCUUACAUAUGUAUCUUUACACUUGGAUCCCUCUCUUGAUUUCUUACAUGUGUAUCUUUACACUUGGAUCCCUCUGAUUGAUUUAUUUAUUUAUCUAAUUAACUAUUUAUCUAUUUGUUUAUUUAUUUAGCCUGCCAGCUGAAGUUUAUUAUAUGUUGACCACUUGUUUUCUUCGGCUUAUUUAUUAUGUUGUAGCGUAUUUAUAUUGAAAAUUAAAUUAAAUUAUCUUUGUUUCUCCCCCCCCCGCCCCCCCCCCCCCCUCCCCGUAUAUAUCUUUCAUGGACCGUUUGGUAUAUGGCUCUAUGGAUUUAUGCCACUUUUAUAUAUAUAUAUAUAUAUAUAUAUAUAUAUAUAUAUAUAUAUAUAUAUAUAUAUAUAUAUAUAUAUAUAUAUAUAUAUAUAUACUAACCAACACUUGCCCUUUAAAUUAAUUGACAGCUAUUCGAUAACACUCUGGCUGGCCUGUAUUUAACACGGUAUUUCCAGUGUAGAUUGAUUUCUCUAUCAAUCUCUAAGUAGGUUAACUUAUUUUAUUUGUCGAGCUAAAUUAGUGAGACUUUAAAUCCUCACACAUGUGCCUGGACUUUGGCGUGUUUUCUUUAAUUCAUGCACAUUUACAUAUGCUACCAAAGAUUAAAUUUACGUAAUCGGACAGAUUUAGCUUUUUACCCUGUAUGGGCAGGUAUUAUUAUUAUUAUUCUGUUCCGAUUAGGCACAACAUUCUAUUUAUAUGUACUUGUGCAUUUUUUCACGAAGUCCUCGCGCAUGCGCCAAUAUUUUGAUAUGGACCUACACACUGACCGUAGUAUACUCCCCACUAGACUCGGGGAUUGAUAGACAGAGCCUAUUGGUAGAACUGCUAUAGUGACGGCCCAUGAUCUAUAGGUGGGAGGAGUUAUGAGUUAUUUAAUGGGUGAGAGAGAGCAGGGGAUUCCUUAAUUCAUUGUGUGCCCUUGAGAAAGGCAGUUAGGCCGCUGAAACGCACGUCGGGCUAUUCCGAUGCUGUUACUUUUGUUUUUAGCAUCAUACUGGAGUAUUGUCUGUAAUCUUGUGCUGUGCCUACAUGAGACCCUUGCCGGCCGGUCUCCUUACCAGUUGGGGCAUUUGAUUUUCUUUAUAAGAGGUAUCUACAGUGGAGGUGUCCUUUCCUCUUUUUGCUCUGGACCCCCCUGUUGAUUACCUUUCUCCCUCUCUAUUUUUCCCUAUACACAUCUUUCUAUCCUUUCCAUUUCCUACCUCUCAACAGAUAGGACAGUUUUAUAUGGAUAGUUCAGACUAUCUAGAUAAUGUUUUGAUUUAUAGGGCGGAUUUCUUAUGUCUUUGCCCUCUGGUUUAUGUAUUGGAGCACAGCACACUGCUUUUUUGGCAUCUAUUCAUACAUCUGCAGAUCAUUAUUCUGUGAGUGUACAUUGCAACAGUGUUUCUACUAAGUAUCACUAUGUUACAAAUAGGUUUGCUACAACAGUGGUAACCUUUUUAUGCUAUCACAGAUUAACCUAGCAGUGAUUAAUAGCCAAUACAGUAUCUAGUUUUUCUUUUGUUUUGGGUUUUUUAUUCUCACUUUUUGGGAAUUAUGUGUAUUUUGAAUUUUCAUUAAAGUUUAUUUUAGUUAUACAUAUCCUUUUUUUUUCUACAAGCCUGUAAAUAUGUUUUUCUAGGGGUGGUGCUGGUAGGAGGAUUCCCCUCGUCUUUGUAUGAGAGGGUUUCUUCCUAUUUUUCUCUCUAAUUUGAUUUUGACGUAUGUUUUGGAAUAUUGUCCUGCUGGAAGAUCCCACCACAGCCCAUUUUAAGCUUUCUGGCGGAAGCAGUCAAGUGUUCAUUUAAUGUCUGUUGGUAUUUUAUAGAGUCCAUGAUGCCAUGUAUCCUAACAAAAUGUCCAGGUCCACUGGCAGAAAAACAGCUUCAAAACAUUAAAGAGCCACUACCAUAUUCAACCAUAGGGAUGUGGUACUUUUUAAAAUGGCUACCUGGUAUUUUUUCAUAUGGUGCUCUGUGUGCGCCACACCCAUGUCUGGUGUCUAUUGCCAAAAAGUUCCAUGUUGGUUUAAUCUGACCAUAAAACCCGAUUCCAUUUAAAGUUUCAGCAGCGUCUGGCAAACUGAAGACGCUUGAGAUUGUUUUUUGAGGAGCGUUCAAACAACUUCUGGUGACAAAGGUGAUGUCGGAUUGUAGUUUUGGAGACUUUCUAACCCCAAGAUGCAACUAACUUCUCCAAUGCUCCAGCUGUGAUCCUUGGAGAUUUGUUAUGACCACUCGAAUCCUCCAUUUCAUAGUGUUGAGACAACGUAGACACAUCCUCUUCCUGGUUGAUUCUUAACAUUUCCAGUUGACUGAAACUUCUUAAUGAUUGCCCUUAUGGUGGAAAUUGGCAUUUUCAAUGCUGUUUCUGUAUUCUUAUGUUCCCAUUUUGUGAAGCUCAACAACCUUUUGAAGAACAUAUAAUUUGGCCUAUGUUAUCUCAUAUUUAUACCCCUGUGAAGCAGGAAGUCAUGGUUGAACAAUGUCCUGUUCCUAAUCCCCCAGGUGUACUAAAAUAUGUAAAAUAGCAAUGGCAAUAUUUAUUUUCUCAUAUGAAUUUGUAGGUGUAACAAUAAUUGUGCGACACACAUAUUUAACAAAUAUUGUUUUAUAUUUGCAAUUGUGUUUGCAAUUGUUUGAUAUGAGCGUAGAGUAUUUUUGUGUAUUUUUUGAACAUAAGAUCAAAUAGUUAAUUACAUUUUUUUCUCAGGUGCCUUUGCUCAUAUUUAACAAGGGUGCAAAUAUAGGUGAAGGGUAUUGUAUCCUUUCUAUGGUAGUGUGGUGAACAGAGGAAAAAAAACAAAGUUUAUUGAGCGUAAGGUUAAAGUGUUGCUUUCUAUGAACAAUACAUAUGAGUGUUAAAAUCACAGGGUUGGCUAAAAACCACAUGUGAAGUUUGGGUAGCGCAAACCUUUAUGGCAGUUCCUAAGAGGUAGAAAAAGAUGUGCCUGUUCUACUCCAGGCAGCACGUCGAUAGAAGCUCUGUGACUUCGGAAGAUAUAUAUAUAUUUUUUGGUUUUGAUAUAUAUUUCCGGGCUUGAGAAAUCCCACAGCGACUAGGAAUUUUGUCCUGGCGUCUGCGAUAUGUCUGCUCGAGGCGACGAGGGAGAAUGCAGGGCUGGCUGUGGGAGAACAGAGGCAGGCCGGCCAGCUGUGGGAGAGCAAAGGAGGCAGCCAGCUGUGUGGAAUUGUGGUGGGCUGGUGUGGAAGAGAUGAGGUGGUUGGCUGGCUGUAUGGAAUGAAGCCGUGCAGUAAGGGAGCUGUUAUCUCACUGCUCUACUCCCUGCACACCCUGCAAUGAUGCCGGGAGCCGGAAUAUGAUAUCCUUCCGGGCCUGGCAUACUAAACAGUGCGCAACAGGGAGCAGAACAGUGAGAUGACAGCAGCCCCACUGGACCCCAGGGAAAGCCACUCCAUCUCUCCAAAGGAAGGAAGGCUGGUGGAUUUCAAUAAAAAAAAUUUUUAUAUUUUAAAUUAUAACUUCUGAGUGCGUGUGUAAAUGUGUGUCUGUCUGUCAGUGAGUAUGUGUAUGUCUGAGUGUGUAUCUCUGUCUGUGAGUUUGAGUGUGUGUGUUUGUAUGUCUGUCAGUGAGUAUGUGUGUCUGACUGCAAGUUUUUAUGCAUCUCUAGAAAUAAACAAUUUCCUACAUGACGUGCAUCUUUCACUGCCCAACAAGCUCAAUCCUUAGAUGCCCCAUUCAAGGAAGACGAAAUUAGAUCUGCAAUCCGCACACUUCCAAAGCAUAAGGCACUGGGGCCAGAUGGCCUGUCUAACUAUUAUUAUAUAAAGAUCACAUACUAACGCCACAUCUCACAAGACUUUUUAAUGACAUUAGGUUGCGUGGCACUAUACCUCCAGACUUGUUGGAGGCACAUGUAGUAACUUUACCAAAACCAAACAAGCCUAUCUAACUUUACCAAAACCAAACAAGCCUAUGCGCCAAUCUACGCCCUAUAUCGCUGCUCAAUGCAGACCUUAAGCUAUACGCCAAAAACUCCUUGCAUCCCGAAUCAAACCACUACUCCUGCAGCUAGUCUCGGCUGAGCAAGCAGGGUUUGUCCCGAUUGGCAUUGGACCCCUGAUAGAAUGGGCGAACAAUUUCCCUUACUAAUGGGACACAACAAGGUUGCCCUUUAUCCCUGGUUCUCUUUGUUUUGUCAAUGGAACCCUUGGCCGAACUAAUCAGAAGGACCCCAGAAAUUGAAGGCAUUAGUAUUAAAGGAUCCACCAAUAACAUUGGUCUAUUCGCCGAUGAUGUUAUACUAGCGCUUAAAAAUCCACCCAAAAACCCUGACAUUUCUUAAAGAAAUCCUACUCCAAUUUUGGGAUGUAUCCUACUAUAAAUUGAAUGAAUCCAAAACCCAGGCCCUCCCACUUCAUAUGAAUAAAUCCGAUAUAGUCACCCUAAAGUCAGUCUAUCCAUUUGAUUGGAGAAGUGAAAAUUUAGAGUAUCUAGGCAUUAACCUAUGUAAAAUCUUGUCUAAUAUGCAUGCCCAAAACGUCAAGAAAGCAUGGCCGGACUUACAAAGAGAGAUGGUGAGGGAUGGAACUCUCAUGGCUAGGGAGAAUUGCUUCUAGUAAAAUGUCCAUUCUUCCUAAAAUGUUAUACUACUUUAGGACUAUACCUCUAUCCAUCCCAUUAUCCUUUUUUAAUAAAAUGCAUUCAGUUAUGUUAAAGUUCAUCUGGAAUAACAAGUCCAGCAGAAUCAAGCUCACAUCCCUGCAGCACCAUAAAUCCCAUGGAGGUAUUGGAGUGCUAAAUAUCCGUAAAUACUAUUUUGCCACAAAUGCUGCAGUGGUAGUUUGCUUCAAUAGUCAAGUAAAUAGGCCACGAUGGAUGGAAAUAGAGGAAGCUAAAAUUCUCCCAUUCCAACUUAAAGAAUUACCUUGGUUGAGUCCUGAAAGAAGGCCUGGAGUUGCUAAAUUUUUCUAUCGACAAAAGCUACCCUUAAAGCCUGGGAUAUAGCGUUUAAAAACAAUCGCCACUCAGUGAAACUGUUAAACUUUAGAACUUCGGCAACUUCGGAACUCUGGCAUUUCGGGACUUCUCUUGCAGCCGCUUGGUAGAUAACUCCCUAAUUCCCACGGUAUUAGGGAGAUAUCUACCAAAAGUAAAGAUUACUUAGUAUUAGUAAAUUUUGCCCCUACUUGCUAUACCGCGAGUAGGGGCAUGUCUAUUAAACAGUGAGCAGCCAAAAAACUUUCCCACGCUGUGUAAAAUGACACAGAGCACUCUGAUUGGUGGAUUGGUGGAUCCUGAAGAACCCCCCCAUGUGCCUUCGUGGGCACCAGGAACUAACGCUCGCUAAAACUAGCCCAAAUGAGACAUCAGACGAAAAGAAAAUACAGAAUAAUGGAAAAGUAUGAUAAGUAAAUGGCGAUAGAAUAGCGCCAGGAAUCCCCUGACGCGCGCGUUUCGCCUAAACUCAUCAGAGGGGAACUGGGUGUCGCCAACUCGAACGUUUAAAUAUGUAAGCUCAAAUACUGAUUGGCCAAGCAUAAUACUUCUAAUUGGAUAUUCAUGGAGUGAUGUCAUCAAAUGGGGGGAGUGUGCCAACGGCUGUGUUCCCCUAUUAUACAGUUAUCUAGUAAUUUCUGUCUAUUUAGCAUUUAUAUAUAUUUUUUACAUCAGUUAGCUAUUUAUAUGUAUAGGCACAUAGACUUGGAUUAGUUUAAUAUCACUUGAGUUAUCAUAUAAUCAUUUUAGGCUUUCUCCCCUCCGCCCCUUUCUUUUCACCCUGCACAGACGUGUGCAGUGUGUUAUAUUGAUGUAAUCUGAGACAUCAGAAAUUUACCUUUCGCAUUAUGGGGUAUUAUCUUGGUUGAUUUUAAUCAUCUUAUUCGUGUUCUAUUCUUUAUAUUUAUACUUUCUAUAUAUUCCAUUUUUUAAUAACGUACAUUUAAUAAAGUUAUUUUUUAUUUUUAUUUCAUUAGUGAUUAAACUGUGCUCCACCUGCACAUUUCUCACGUAGUGAUAGUUCCUUUUCUUCCCUCGUUCUGUUCUGUUAGGUACUCUCUCUAUUUAUUUUUAUAUUAAUCGUCACAUUGGAUGGAUUUCCCCUUCCCUCUUCCAAGUUUCCCUCCCCUUCCCAACCCGUAUUACAAUGAUUUUAUAAUUUGUUGUAAUCUUACAAAAAAAAAAACUAUUUGAAAAGAAUGGGCGAACAACAGCUCUCAGAUGGACUUUCUUUGGCUUUGGACACGGAGAUGGCCUUUGACCGCUUAAACUGGUCCUAUAUGGAUGCCACGCUCUCCUGGUUGGGCUUUUCCUUUGCCUUUGUCCGGAGCAUUAAGGUACUCUAUUCCAACCCCAUGGCAAAGGUCUUUAAUACUGGCUUCCUGUCAUCUGCAUUCCAAAUCUCCAAUGGCACGCGGCAAGGUUGCCCUCUCUCACCCCUUAUAUUUAUUCUUUGCAUAGAACCUAUAAUCCAUAGCAUUAAAUCCACUACAGCAAUUAAAGGCCUUUUGACCCCGGUUUGGGAAAAAAAGCUAGCAUUAUUUGCGGAUGACAUUUUGAUAUUUUUGUGCGACCCACUUAACUCCCUACCACCACUAAUGCGCCAGCUUUCCCUAAAGGGUCAAAUUUCAUAUUAUAAAAAUAAUACGUCCAAAACACAGGCGCUACCCAUUAAUUUACCCAAACAACUUAAGCAAAUCUUACAAACCAAGUACGAUUUUGAUUGGCGAGUUAAAUCAUUGACAUAUUUGGGUAUAAAACUUACGAAUAAGCUCCAACACACAAUCAGGGAAAACCACAUACCCCUCCUAGCUAAACUGGAGAAUCAAAUGGAGAAAUGGGGGCUCUGGAGGUGUCGUGGCCCCCAUUUCUCCAUUUGUGGCUGGGCAGAAUAAAUGCCAUCAAGAUGAUGGUCGUCCCUCACAUCCUAUACCUUUUCAGGACAGUCCCACUACUCCUACCUAAGAAUAUCACAAGACGUAUGCAAAAGCUUAUAAACUCUCAUGUCUGGAAAAAGAAACCCCCAAGGGUGGCGCAACAUAUGUCAUGGUUUCUACUUAGUGCAGAAAACCUGGGAAUCCCCUGUGUCCACAACUAUUGCAGAGCUUCGGUAUUGUCACAGGGUGUUGACCUUUUAGCAAAACAUACGAACCCGGUGUGGCUUGAACUAGAGAAUGCAUGCAUUUCACCUGCUACUUUAGCGAGUCUGCUAUGGACCAACUCUGACUCUACCCCCCAUGUAGGGCUAUCUAGCACAAAGUUCCUACUUACGACGUGGAAACAAUGGAGCAAUAAGCUUAUUGACUCAGCAACGUUAAUGAAGUAUGCCCCAAUUCAGGCCCUUCAGGCAAUAUCACCUGACCUCCCAGUGGGAUCUUGGAGCAAAGGGGACAUAGCAAAAGUCUCUGAUUUGUACGAUUUACGAGGAAUUAAACAAUUCCCGGACUUGCGAAAUGAAUUCUCAUUAGCUCAUCGGGAACUAUUUACAUACAUUCGCAUCACUAUUUACAUACAUUCGACAAAUGGAACUCCAGACACAAUUAGCCCCGCAUAGGUUGUUUAAUCUCCUUGCAAAGGGAGCAACAAAUUUAAAAUCCCUGUCCCUAUGUUACUCUGCUCUUGGUGAACCGGAGGAAGAACAAAAGCUACCCUAUAUGCGCAGCUGGGAAAAAGAACUUGGUAAGACAUUCCAACUCUCACAAUGGCGGGAGGCUAUCAGAUGCAUUAAGGCAGCCUCCAAAAGCAUGUGGGAAGUGCAUGCCAAAUUACGGAUGAGGUGUUAUUUGGUGCCCCUCAGACUUUCACAAAUCUAUAAGGAUGCUAAUCCUACCUGUUGGAGAUGUCAAACCGCCAUAGGCUCUUAGCCAUGUAUUUUGGGAAUGCUUAGAGUUAAAGCAGUUCUGGAAUUCAAUAUCAGCGUUGAUAAAUACUAUGUCUGGAAUCAGUUUCCCCAGAUUGCCCGAAUAUUACUUGCUCCAUAUGAUCUCUAACCUUAUAACUGUGCCAAAUAGAACAAUUACUUUAAAUCUCAUUGUAGCUGCAAAAAUUUACGUUGCUCAUCACUGGAAAAGCACCAUAGCCCCACCAAUAAUGGAAACGAUCCAAAGAGUGGAUUCCAUAUGCUCAUAUGAAAAAAUGUCCUUUACCCUGCAGGGUAAACAUUCCCAUCAUCAACGAAGGUGGGGAGCUUGGGAUGGGAUAAGGGAUCAAUUCCUCUUAGGACAGUGGUGAGAGCUGGGGGUCCCUGAGUCGGGCGUACCACUUUUAACCCAUAUAUGAGGGGCACUCUCCGUCUUAGCGGUCAAACAACCAAGGGUACUGAUGACGUCGCCUUAGGAGAAGGGUGACAACCAGUGGCGUACAUACCAGGGUGGCAGGGGUCGCGGCUGCGACCGGGCCCGGCCAACCUCUUCCCCUGGGGGGCCCAGGAGCCGGCCACCUCAGGGCCCCCCGAGGCUGGCCCUGCUGACACCCCACGGCUGGUCCUGCGGGCGCGCGAGGGAGCACUCUCCCCUGAGUGCUUCCUCUUCAGCUCCCUCGCGCGCAGUGUACUGAUACCGGAGCCGGAAGAUGACAUCAUCUUCCGGUGCCGGCAUCCCUAGGCAGCGCGCAAGGGAUCUGAAGAGGAAGCACUCAGGGGAGAGUGCUGCCUGCCCACCAGGUGACUGGCCGCCCAGCAGCACCACUGGACCCCAGGGAAUCCCCCCAGCACCCCAAAAGGUAAGGAGGCUGUGGGAUUACCAUUAUUAAAAACAAAAAAAAAAAAAACUAGUGUUGGUGUGUGAGUGUUAGUGUGUGUGUCUGCUAGUGAGUGUCAGUGGGUGUGUCUGUUGAGUGUGUGUCUGCUAGUGAGUGUGUUACUGUAUGUGUGUUACUGAGUGUGUUUGUGUGUCUGUUAGUGAGUCUGUUUGAUGUCUGUUAGUGAGUGUGUAUUUGUCAAUGAGAGUAUAUGUUUUGUAAGUGAGUGUGUAUGUAUGUCGCUGUGUGUCUCUGUCAGUAAAUGUGUGUGUCUGUUAGCUAAUGUGUGUGUGUCUUCAGCACUUACCUUUCUCCAGCGCCGGACUCCCUUGGCGCUGGGAUCCCUUUGCUUCUCAGCUCCGAAUGCGAAUGCGCAGCAAGAGCCGCGCGCGCAUUCAGACCACCUGUAGGAAAGCAUUACUCAAUGCUUUCCUAUGGACGUUCAGUGUCUUAGAAUUGCGGAAGCUCAUUGAGACAGCCACUAGAGUAUGGAUUAACCCUCAGUGAAACAUAGCAGUUUCUCUGAAACUGCUAAGUUUUCAGCUGCAGGGUUUAAACUAGAGGGACCUGACAACCAGACCACUUCAUUGAGUUGAUGUGAUCUGGGUGUCUGUAGUGGUCCUUUAAGUGUGUGUGCAUCUGCAUGCACUGGCGUACAUAGCGUGGUCGCAGGGGUUGCAGCCCUGCGACCAGGUGCCCGCCGCCAUGUGUUGCAGCCCCGGCCCGCGCAGAAUAAGCGUGGGGGGGAGGGGGGCCCACGGAUCAAUUUUCGCACCGGGGCCCCAUGGGUCAUGUGUACGCCACUGGUGACAACAAAGCGACAAAACCUCCUUCCGGUAUAACCUCUGCGUUGCAGUAUUAAUCGAUGCUAAACCCAUAACGUAGCCCUACCCGAUGUACCUUCUACAUGUAUAAUGAUCAUGCAAUAUAACGUAUUUCUAUGCAAGUUAUUCAUGCAACUAGAACUACAAGUUGUACUACGUCAUAUCAUGCACCUGUACCAUGUUAACAUUUGAGCAUCCUGGCACCAGGGUGUAUGAUGCCUGGCACAUGUGAUGCUUACUAAUAGGCCCUUUGCUUUUCUGUAACCGCUAUGCUUAAUUUACCCACCCAGGGCUGGGGACGGACAGAGGGGGCACAGGGGAAUCUGACCCAAAGCAGUCAUUUUAGUCCUCUUAAUUAGGUUAGUUAAAGAUAUGCAAGAUGCAAAAUAAGUUCACAGUUUCAAGUGAGUCCCUGGAGUGAAACCAACCCAUCCCUCCCCUUCAUAUAACCUUUUGUUCUGUUAAACCUUUCUAUCUUAGCGAUUAACCAGAGUUGAGGUACAAAUUACACCUCCUUAGGAGAAGGACGAAAGCAGCGUUGUGCAGGCCUUUCGUGGCACAAAUCCUAAAAUUGUAGUACUAAAUGGAGCUACACUUAAAACUCAGCUUUACCUGAUAUACCUACUGUAACCGCUCACCUGGCACCCCGACUGGGUACCUUAGUUGAAGGAUGCUCCUAGCGCUUCCUGAGGACUCCAAGCACUGCAGCAGACACCACAACCACCGAACCGGAGAAGCAUAUGAAUGCUCUAAAGCAUAUGAAUGCUGUAAGCAGCUGAACAGGAAAAGCAUACAAUCAGUUUACACUCCUGACAAUCAGCAUACAAUCCAAUUCCCCCAAUAACGAGACGACACUUCGUUUUGAGGUCAAGCAGAACUGACUGUACUGGCACAUACAGCCUCUUUUAUUCAACCAAUCAAUCUGUACAAUACACACAGACACUCCGACACAAAAUCCUCCCCUCUGCCUGUGAUAUGAUUACUGAACACAUUGGUUAAUAUAAUUAUCACAGGCAGAGAAAUACAGUAUUAUAAAACAUAUCACAGGGACCCCAAAACAUGCAAUACCCCCAUAAAAAAUACCCCCCACAUCCUCAGAACCAGGGGAUCUGGGUGAACCACAUAUCCAAAAUUUGGUUUGGAAGAUACAGUUUAAUGCAGAUUCUGCAGAACAUAUACAAGCUAUAUGAAAAAUAAUUACUGUAUAAUGUGUCCCCUGUUGUAUAGUUUAAAACUACUGCACAAUGUCUUUGUGCACCAAAUACCGGCGAGAUGGCACCGUGUAGAAAAGUCCAAACAGUGUCUAUGAGUUAAAAUUGGCCGCCAUCCAUUGUUCUCACCAUGUGCCUCUGAUACAUGAAAUGGUGGCCACCCAGUAACUCCACAGUAUGUCCCCAGAUGGCUUAAAGGGCCAGCAGCAGCACAACACAAAUCCAUUAUGCCCAAAUCAUGUCUUAAAAGGGCAAUACAUCCCAGGGGCCAUAGUCACAUGGCAGGAGGCUGGCAAUCAGUCUUCUCCAAUGCCCAGUGGCGAGGUCGGUUUCGCCACACCUACUACACGCACAAUGACCACACACUGUAAAGUAAUAACACAUAAGCUAACUACGCAACGUGUACCACAGAUUGUACUCUGCCAUAACCUGCAACCAUUGUUGUACCUUUACCAUGUUAAAUAUUGUACAUGCUGGUAUCAAAUGUGUACGUUGCCUAGCAUAUGUGAUACUUGCCAACAUGUACCUUGCUUUUCUGUAACCUCUAUGUUCAUUUCAACAAAUAAUUCAAUAAAAAAAUUAUAAAGUAAAAAAAAUCAAUGCAUCUCUAUGGGGAAUAUUUAGCACCUCCAUGCAGAGCGUGGAGACACUGAACAUAGGUGCUGCACACUGUGGAAAACACCCCUAGUGACUGGAAAACACCCCUAGUGGCCGUUUGAGUUUAGUUUUUUUUUCAGAAAAGGCUGUGUUUACAUUGAAAAUCCUGAAGGUACAGGCUAUAGACUCCAGAACCACUACAUUAAGUUGCAUUGGUUCUAGUGAAUUGCAAUUUUGUCACUAAAAAUGAAGCUUUGUUAGUUUUAAAAAAAAACAAAAAAACUGUCUCUGAAAUUCCAAGCAAAAAUUGUCAAGCCCUGAUAUAUAUAUAUAUACACGCACGCACACACACACGCACUCUACUGUUUGUGUACCAUGUAUUUCUGUUGUGAGAAUUUAAUAAAGAGCUGCACAUGCACUUUCUAUUAUUUUUAAGAAGCUUGUUUUACAUUGUUUUUUAUUUAUUGAUAUUUAAGUGUCUCUGUCCAACUACCAGAUAUUACAAAGUAAUUUAUUUGUCCAGUAAGCACCCCCAGACCCCACUAAACUAUUGAAAUUACAAUCCCCCUAUUGACAUGCAUUUUCCUACUGAUCACAAUCAUCAUCCAGAAUUAAUCAUGUUCUCUUGUGAAAGUAUUCACUAAAAUAUUAAUAUUAGAGAACUAAAUCCAAACAGCAAAACUGAGACAAAAAUAACUGAUUUGGAAAAAUCAGUUGACUUCCUCCAAGUCAACGGUGCUACCAUCAGCUCCACCACGCAGGCUCGCUGCCUAGGUGUUCUCUUUGACGCCGACCUCUCCUUCAAGCCUCAUGUUCAAUCUAUCGCCAAAUCCUGUCAUUUCCAUCUCAAAAACAUUGCGCGCAUCCGCCCCUACUUAACGCCAGAUGCGACUAAGGUGUUGGUCCAUUCCACUGUCCUCUCUCGCCUUGACUACUGUAAUCCACUUCACAGUGGUCUUACGUGCUCCCAACUUGCGCCGUUACAGUCCAUAAUGAAUGCGGCGGCGAGGCUCAUCUUCCUGUCCGCACGCACCUCCCAUGCCUCACCCUUCUGUCAGUCCCUACAUUGGCUUCCUAUAAAAUAUAGAGCUCAAUUUAGAAUUCUGGUUUUUGCUUUCAAAUCUCUACAUAAUGCUGCUCCCACCUAUAUACCCUCCCUUAUACACAAGUAUGUCCCAUCUAGGCCCUUACGAUCUGCUGAAGACUUGCGUCUAUCUUCUGUCCGUACUCCCACCUCUGAUGCUCGCCUUUAAGACUUUUCCAGGGCUGCACCAUUCCUGUAGAACUCGCUUCCCUCCUCCGUUAGAUGCUCACUCAGUCUCCACUCCUUCAAAAAAAUCUUUAAAAACCCACUUCUUCAUAAAAGUGUAUCAAUUAAACUGUUAAUAGCUCCUGACUGAUUCCUCUUCUGCAACUGUCACUAGUCUAAUACUAUCCUUACCUUUUUGUGUCACAUUACCCCACUCCCUCUAGCAUGUAAGCUCAUUGAGCAGGGCCCUCAACCCCUCUGUUCCUGUGUGUCCAACUUGUAUGGUUACACUUACAUGUCUGUUCGUCCACCCAUUGUAAAGCGCUGCGGAAUUUGACGGCGCUCUAUAAAUAUCAUAAUAAUAAUAAUUAGCUAUAGUCAUACCAAUGCUGUUUAGUGAAAUACCCAAGAUGUUACUAAUGUGUAAGCUACAUUUACCGAGUUGCAUUUCACUGGUGGCCGGGAUGCUGGUAUUUCUUUUAAUGUGCACAUAUCAUCCCGGGUGCUUGCAAAUACAUACUUAAUAUUAUUCGCAGAAUAAUUUGAGCUCUACAUUUCUAAAGAAAAAAAUGUAGAGAACUCUAUAAGAACAUAACAUUUUCUCUAUUUGUAUGUUUUUGUUAAUUAGGUUUAAUCAAAUUACAGAAAGAGUAGACAACUAUAAAGUUAAAUCGUUAUAUUUAUUUUCAGUGUUCCUCCUCAUGUUUAGAAUACUGGACCCCUACUUAUUAUAAAAUAUAGAGUAAAGAAAACAAAACCCUCCGAACCUAUCUGUAAUUCCAGCACCUGUAUGAACUCUGCUAGGCAGCUCCUACUCUUUCAAUGAGAUCAAGAGUGAUAACCUUUAUUUAUUUAUUUAUUUAUUUUAUUAUUUUUUCAUUUUGACAAUAUAAAAUGUACAAACAUUAAAAGACGACACAUGUAGCAAAAGAUAAAUCAAGUCAAAUAAAAAGGGGGGACUUAAGAGAUGUUUUUUGGCAAAAAACUCCAAAGUCUCUCAAACACUUCUAUUUGUAUGUGGAACUCAGUACAGGAGGAGCAUAGUAAAUUUGGCAUGUGGUAUAGGUAUUUAAAACAACCCGUAAAAGUUAACACUUACUAGGGCCCCUAAAACGAAAUCGAUAAAGGGACAAGGGAGGAAAAAAAUAGUUAUCUGAUGGUUAGUUUUUUGACCCACUCAUCCCAUAACAUUUAUCGGGAACUCACUGAGAAAUAAACUUCAAGGUAAGGCGCAAUCCAUUUUGCACUGCCUGGCAAUUCAAGAGUGAUAAUUUUGGUCUAAUCUCUAUGAAGUAUUGUGCAGCAUUGUCGCACUGUGCGUAAUGAUGUAGAUAUAGAGCAGAAAGACUUUGAAAAGUCUUUGAAAAGUCAAUGGUCUUAAGGAGGAAGCCUCUCUAAUGGCCAGGCAAAAAAAAUGUAGUGUCCCUGAAUAUCCCUUAAUAUUAUUAGUAAUACAAUUAAAAAGGAGAAGAUGAUGGAAACCAAGUGUGCAUGUUUUCAUCCACUCAUAGAGAUAUACACUAAAGUAUGAAUUCAAAGUGAUUUUCAAAUUUAAGGCCAAAGUUGCCGAACCCAAAGCAUAGAUGACUUAGAAAAUUUCUCCAAUUCAGCUAUUUUGCCCUUUAAUUUGACAUUCACUUUGAAUUCUCUAAAUAUUUCGAUUUGUUUAGCAAGUCCCGUUAAAUCUAGAAAUAUUUUUCUAAUCUUUAGAAAAAAUAACCUCUAUAAAGAUCUGGCACUCGGCUGCAUCAUUUUUCAAAGGUAGUGUCUUUAAAAGCAAGGGACGUUGCAAGAAGCGCAUAAUAAAAAAAUUGGUAAGAGCAAGUGCUGUCAGUGAGGGAGGGAAUCGAGAAAAACUCGAUGAAUUAUAUAUACAAAAUAUGCAUGUCUGUAGUUUUGUAGCUUUUAAACCGCCAUACAAAAAUCAGGAAAGUUAGAUUUCUGGAAUAAAUGUGAUGCAUUUUCAUUGUGGGUGUGAUGCAAUUAGUUCUCUUAGCUGUUUGCGAAUGCAAGGAGUAGAACUAGCUUAAAACGGUGUAAGUGGUAGCGGGAGGCAGUCAGAGAGGAUGUGCACCACUGGGUCUGUGCUUUUAGAUUCUCUCUAGAGACAUCAGCCUUUUAGGAGCAUAAUACCAUAAUAUUUUUUAUUUAUAAUAUAUUUUUUUUUCAACCUACUUUUGCACCGUUUUUUUUUUUUUGUUGUUAACCCAAAACGCAUAGAGUUUUUUUUUAUGUUUAUUCUAUUUUUACAUUAGGUUAUUUAGAAUGAUGACAAUGUUUUUAUAUGUUUGCAUUCAUUAUUGCUACUCACAAGCAGUUUGUCAUGCUCCCAUCCGGCACACCAGGUGGUGUAGAAUCUGGAAUGCAACUAGGCAACAAAACACUCAAGCAUAUGGUGUGUAUUUCUGUAAAAAGUAGCAAUGUACGUGACACUUUUUUAUCGUGGUCUGCUUUUGGCCAGUUCAAAGAGGUGAAUGUCCAUUAGUUUUCAGUGCUUGUGCAUAUGUAUCCGCAUGAGCAAACAGUUCUUCAGGAACCCAAUUUGCUUUUUUGCCCAUAUAUCAACUAAUGGGCUAUGGAGGAAAGAAAUGGGCACAUUUAGUUUUAAAGGGCAGCACCUUUGAUCGGUGACCUGAACUAUUCCCUACCAGCCAAUGCCUUGACAAAGUCUGCAAAGUUAACAGGGCUGAAAGAUUAGAGGUAGAGUAGAGGUCGUUCAUAUAUGUAUGUGUAUAAUAAUUUUAAAGGGAGAGAGAUUCACAAUUAAGUGUCAUGUUUAGGCAGAUUUUCAGCUUUUACUGCAUAUUUUUUUAGGAACUAGAAACCUACAUUUUAGUAAUAGAAAUAUCUCCCAUUUCCUUUAGCAAGUGUGAAAAUAAUGAGGUUGAAGAAAACAGUAGUAAGAGGUUCCAUAAAAUUGGCACCUAAGCAAGUGGUUAAUGAGACUGUGUUUUUUAAAUGAUAAAAUAUGAGAUAAAACAGGAAAUUAAACAAAUUGCGUCCUAUGCCCAUGAUAAGACAGGUACGUAUUAGAAAAAACAAAACAAAACAGGAAUGAGCAAGGUGCAAAAGAUUCCUCCAUUGGCAGUGGAUAUAAGAAAGAGGUGCAAACCUCACGGAAAGCUAUGAAGGCUAAUUACCCCACUCAAAUGGUAAUAAAAUAAUAUAUGUAGCCAAGCUGUAGAUUAGUGGGGAGAUUUCUGAGCCAGUGGGACCUGAAGUGAUCAUCAUGUCAAAUAGACCAUUCUAUAGUGGAGCGAAAUCUCAGCAUGCGUGAGAGUAUAGCACAUUUCGAGUUACACUUUAUAUUUUCAUACCCUGGACUCAUUUGUAAACUAUUAUAACAAUUGCAAAUUAAAUGUGUUUAUUGCAAACAAAUAUAUUGCAGCCCAUACAGCAGAGCCGGUGCUACCAUUAUAGUGCUGGUCCUGCUGUGCCCUUCAGCAGCUGCAUGGACUAAUGGGGGAGUUCAUUAGAUGUCACUGCUCCCUGCCCAGCCCGGAACUGUUUUCAGUAAAUGUCUGCACCACUGCCUGUGUGCAGCUGUCUUCCGAUCCUCCCUCCUGAUUAGAGACCGGAAGAGAGCAUUCAGAAGUGCAGUGGCAGACCACCCGAUCACUAGGGAAACCACCAAACUGCCACAAACACUCCAAUCCCAAUAGAUAAGGCUUUGAGGGGCAACACUAAAAUAAAAUUGUACUACAGUGUGUUGGGAAGCCAGACUCUGUUACCCCCCCCCCCAACCACCCUACAUACUCACGCCACACUCACUUCCACAGUCACCCAUACAACCCUAUUAUACUCACCCCCAAUACUGUCACUCUCAGAACCCUACCCCUGUCACAGUGACGACGGUUAUCAUCAUACACGCGCAAUCUCUCCACACAUAAAACACAGCCUUGCCAUAAACACAAAAACCACAAGAACCACUCCCCCAAAAUACUCCAUACACUGUAAGCAGCUCCCAGACACACAUUUACACACAAAGAUACUUAUUAUCAGUUGCACACUCUCUGGCACAUACAGCGUUACACAAUGCCAAUAUAAUUAAUUUGCUGAAUAUCAAAAUACUAUUAUCUUAAAUAUGACCCUGGAUCAUUAAAGAAUAAUAACAGAGCCAGCAACUAAAAUAUGAAAGUUUUUAAAAAAAGCAGAUUUCUGUGGCAUGAAGUGUCAUUGAAAUUCCAAGAAUUGCGAUCAAAACAUGUUCCUAAUUUCUACAUUUUGCCAUGCAUCAUGUAGAAAGUAAGUUACCAUUUUCAUGUGUGUAUUGUAUUUUUGGCCUAGCUCUGCUCCCUGUUUGAGUCAUGAGACUAAGUGUUCUUUCUCUCUGUCCUUAUUACAGCUCUGUCAGGCUCACUCCCAACUGGCACAGUACAUGGAGAGAUACAGGUACUUAUUGUAAUGACACUGUAAUUGACGGUGUAAUUUCUUUUCUGUAACACGCUCAUUUCUCGUUCCCUAGUUAUUUUUCCUCCAUUACUAGAUUUGACAGCUCUGCUUUCUUACUCCUGCUGUGUCAGAUUUUUAAUUUUGUUUUUAAUGUUUCCAAGCAUGUUUGUUUCUUUUCACGCUCUGCAGAAUAAAGUGUUGCUUUUUUAAAUGCACAACCAAACAGCAUUAUUUUUUUUAUACACUUUAUAUAUCAGACAAUGUAUAUUUACACCACACGGUUUUUCUACAAAGUUGUAUCAAAAAUCUCUGACUUGACUUAGAAGGGGUUAAUUAUAAAAAUAAAUGCUUCAGGGGCAAAAAGUGAAGUAAUGUUUUUAUUUUUGAUGUCUUUUAGUGUAUUCAUCCAGUUAAACACUAUUGAUGAUGUACAUGAUUAUAUGAAAGAGCACGUUGACGUUUUGUGUGUAUUGGGUAACUUUCCCACUUUUCUUUAUUUUUAAUAACCUCUUUUUGGACAUUGAAGGCUUCUGUAGCUUUAGAUGGGUUAUUGCCCCACUGUUGGAUGCUAGCGGGACACAUACUCACAUUCGGAUGCCUGCCAUUUAUUGUUUUUUAUCUGUGUAUAAAAGGCCAUCUUUUUGUUGUCAGAUACAGUAUGUUCCCUAGAUGCGUCAAUCAAAUGUUUUUUUAAUUGGGUUAAGUUUCUGUUUGCUAAUUCGUACAUUAUUGUAUAUUGUGAGGUGGAAAGGUUCUAAAUCAAGAAUGAGCGAUUGCUUGCUGGUUGCCUCCCACUGAAACGGUGGGAAGUUUGAAUGUGGUAGGACUAAUUAAUUGGGUAUUUAAACUGGAUAGAAUGAACACACGAUACUUGGAAUCUGGACUGCAACAGUAGAAAGGACAAGGAUGUUCUAUGCCAGGGGGCCAUAACACAUGCCUUGCGCUUUUGAAGCUAAGCACAUUUGUACAUGUGUUUGAUUUAUUUUAAGCUGUAUUACUCUAUAAUCUUUUAUUUAUUUAUUUGAAUAUUGGAAUUUACCAGUUGGAUCUGCCUUCACUGGGAAGUUGCCACAGUGCCAAUCUAUUGGCUUUAUAUUGGGUAUGCUUUCCAAUGUAUGUCCACUAUUUACUGGGAUGUUUCGGUGACUGACUUGAAUCUGCACACACCUCUUUACAAGUAAUAGCUACAUUUAUUUGCUGUAUUAAAAAAAAAAACCCUCUUUUCUAAAUGCGAUAGAUGCUCUUUAAUAAUCUUGGGACAAAGGGAUGUUGCGGAUCUAUGAAUGCUCAGGGCAGAAUAAUGUGAUGUUGAGAUUGGAAAAUAAACAGCAGGAGUCUCUCAAACAAGCUGGCAACCUUUUCUUUUUAGUGGCUUUUGAUGUUAAUGCUUGAGGAGUACAGCAUGAAAAAUAUGGUAAAUCAGUAGCAUUUAACUAUCUGUUAAACAACACAUUAUCUGAUGUUGUGUUAAAGGAGCAGUAAAGCAUUCCAAAUAAACAUGUUAUUAAGGAUUGUGUAGGUUUUGUUUUACCUUGGCUUGCUAAGAAUUGUUCAUCCCUCUGCCUUGUCACAAAACCCUCUUGUGCCAGUAAGCUGCACCCUUCAUAUCUAAGUCACCCUCUCUAGUUAAUGCUGUGGCUCCCCCAUUUUUCAGUAUAGUGUAAACAGUUUGCCAUACUGGUAGCAGUGAAUGGUGUAUGCAGAAUACAUGUCAUGUUGCUGACCUGGCCUUGAUUUGAGCACCUCUCAACAUGUACUCAAGGUCUCUGUGUCAACAGUGGUUGUUAGUGAAAUGGCAAACCAUCAGGGCCUGGAUUCAUUCCAGAUAAUCUGGUGCAGUUUAUAUUCAUGUAAAUCUAUUCUGCCUUAUGGGUCAGCAAUAGGCAUAUUUAAAGGGACACUGUAGGCAUCAGAAAAGCUCUAGCUUAAUUAAGCAGUUUUGGUGUAUAGAUUGUGCCCCUGCAGUCUCACUGCUCAAUUCUCUGCCAUUUAAGAGUUGAACAACUUUUGUUUCUGUUUAUGCAGCCCUAGCCUCACCUCUCCUGGCUGUGACUGACAGUGCCUGCAUACAUUUUUUUUUUUCAUUUUCAGUAAGAUGUUAACCUGCUUUAGACAUUUUUAUCCCAUGCUAUAUAAAUUGAACUUUAAAUAAAGGUGGCACCUGCAGGGUCUAGAAGGCUAUUAACAGUGCAGGAAAUGCUAAAUUAAACAGACUAUCAAGUAGUGGAAGUUUAAAAAAUUAGAUCUCUCUUUACAGGAAGUUUUUAGGAAGGCAGUGUAGGUCUCAAUUUAUUUUACUGUGCGUAAUACAAUACCCUAUGAAUUACAACCAUGGAAUUAAAACAGACUUCUCAUUCUCUGAGUUCUAAUAGAUGUCAAAAUAGAGAUGGUUCACAAUUUGCUUUCUUGUGUCAAAAAUGGACAUUGGCUUCAUCUUAACUUGAAAAGACAAGCAAAUGAUUGCGUCUGUUUCAUUAAUCUGGUAAACCCACAUCACUGCAAAUAAUUUGCAGGGUCUCGGGGAGGAGGGGGAAAUAAAACGCUGAUUUAUUCAUUGAUGUGGUGAAGUGAAGCCAGUCCUGCUGCAUCUUACUGGUGGUGGAAGUCUAGCAAAGAGCACCAACACAGUCGAUCAAUUAUAUGGAUACAAAUUCAGGGGGAAAGAAACGUGAUUUUCAGCAGUCAUCCUAAAAGGAAAUAUAUGUUGUGGUGUUUGGCUGAACACUACAGAGUUGUAAAUCUCAAAUUUAGAGCUGCAAGUUGGCAGCAACUGGAAUAAAAAAUAAAUAAAAAUUGCUUAAUCUAGACUUGCAUGCCUCACAACAUGCUUAAAGGGACGCUAUAGUCACCAAAACAACUUUAGCUUAAUGAAGCAAUUAUUGUGUAUAUAUCAUUCAACUGAAGUUAAACUUCUCAAUUCUCUGUUAUUUAGGCAUUAACAAACUUUUGUUUCUUUUUAUGCAGUCCAAGACACACCUCCCCUGGCUGUGACUGACACAGCCUGCAUGAAAAAAAAUGUUUUCACUUUCAGCUGUAACUUACUUUAAAAGUAUUUAUCUCCUGCUCUGUAAAUAUAACUUUAAUGACACACAGGAGGUUCCUGUAGGGUCUAGCAAGCCAUUUAUAAAGCAGGAGAUUUAAAAAACAACAACAAAAAAUAGAAUUUGUAAUAAAGGAAGUGUAAACAUUAGAUGAUCUUUACAGGAAGUGUUUAGGGAGACUGUGUCAGUCGCAUGAAGGGAGGUGUGACUAGGGCUGCAUAAGCAAAGUGAUUUAUUUAACUCCUUAAUGGCACAGAGAUUUAGCAGUGAGAUUGCAGGGGCAUGCUCUAUAUGCCAAAACUGCUUCAUUAUGCUAAAAUUGUUUUGGUGACUACAGUAUCCCUUUGACUUCUUUUUAUUCUUCUCUCCUUAUGUCUUUUAAUUACAGCACUUUCUUCUGUUUAGAAAGCCCAGUAAAAGUAUGUGCUUACGUUUUCAAGUACGUUUGCAUACAAAAUAUUACUAUACAAAUAGCAGUGGAGUACAGAAUAUUUCUCCUAAUAAUUUUGCUUUGUAUUGCUUGCUGUGUUGUGUUGUGCAGCCUUCAUAGAACCUCUUAACAUCUUUACUUUUAAUUUUUUUUUUUCAAUCUUCCUUUCUCAGGAGUCGUUUGAAAGCUAAAAAUUUGAUGUAUACGAAGCAAAUUCUCUACCUGCUGGAAAAGUUUGUGGGGGUAUUAGGAGGUAAGAUUCAUAUGUAUGUAUGUAUGUAUGUAUAUAAAUAAAAUAGUAUUUGUAUAAUUGUAUUAAUGCAUAUUGUCACUUUAAAUGAUGUUUCUAGAUGUAUGAUUUCCAAAUCUCUUUUACUGCCUCUCGGGUUGCAGUUCCUAUUAAGGAAUCAAUAUGUCAAUGUUAAAAGGCAUGAUGAUCCAUACGGUUUUUACACAACAAUGGUCUUUUUACCAUAUGGCAAUAGUGAGCUAAUUAGAAAAUUAUGUAAUUCUGGUUAUGAUAAAAAUCUAAAAACAUUUUGUUCACAGCUAAUCGUUUGACUGGAACUUGCGUUGCCAGUAAAUGUCUGGCAAGAACAACUCUGAGCCCUCGUCGGCAGCAGGGAGAGCAGUAGUAUAGACUCUGAAAUCCUCUGAUUAUUUCAGCUGGGGUGGAGGAGGAUUUUGCCAACACACAUUCAGCUCAUCCAUGACAGAUGGUGCAUUUUCAAAGGUUUCUGCCUAUAAAUCUAAGUAGAUGGUUUUUGUUUCUGAAGGGAAAACACAUAGAAACAACGGCAAGAGAGCCUGUGCUCCAGAGUUUAUGCUUUGAUUGAUAGAAAUUGUGAAAUGUAUUGCUUCGUAAAAUUGUAUUACACACAGUAAAGUAAAUUGUUCUUUCUGCAUUCUGAACACAGGAAACCAUUGUGAACAGCAUUAUCUACAUUAUUUAUAGGCAGCUUAAAAGAAAAUGCAUUUUCUUUUCUUCCUACAUUUGAUGCUAUCUGUACAUCUGUCUAUCUGUGUCUCUAUCAAUCUCCAUGAAAAGGACAAGCACAUGGAAGGCAUAGAGGCACAAGAAUACAGAGGGUUCUUUGGAGCUGGUUCUGGGAAAUAAUAGAGUCCUCGUGUACACAGGAAACCCAGUUGUUUUACCCAGUUGUUAUUGCCAGAUGAAGAGUGAACCCAUAUCAUUUUGAUGUGAUAACAGAGUUAGUGUAGCAUGUGUCACUUCAAUGCAAUCCGCUUAUUAAUCUGCAUACAUACAUACAUAUACACACACACACACAAAAUAGUCUAAAAUGGUGUAGAUAAAGGAAAUGAAUCAGGGGUGGAAGGAGAGCCCCACACAGUUGCAACCCUGCAGUUGUUUGUCCGAACCUUGUGAGUCCCACGCUACCCAUACAACCUGCUGGAAUCGGCUGAAACUGGCACCGUUCUGAUGCCUGAGAGUACACAUGUUCAAGUCAGAUGCCGUUAUUACCACUCACACUACCAGUCUUGUUUAUUUUACUGUUUUUGUUUACGUUUUCUGUGUGCUUUGGGGAGUGCUGUGGGGUGUAGGUGACUACGGGUACAGUGGUUUAUUCUCAUGUUCAUUAAGUCAUGUAAUAUCAUCUUUGGACAUGAUGCCCAUCCUUAAACUGAGGUAUUGAUUCUCAGCCUAGACUAUCUCUCUUUAAAGUUAUCUCAAUCUCAGGAAGCAAUUCAUCAUUAUGCCUCAUGUUUAUGAUAGUAUGAUAAUAGUACUACCCUCUUGUACCUGAAACUCACCUAUUUGGUUAGAUAUGUAUGCUAAGCUUGAAUAUAUUAACAAAGUUUUGAAGUGCCUUACUAUUAUUAUCAUUAUGCUCUGUUUUUGAAUACACUUGCUCUUGCUGUUGGGGCAUUGCAAGCAUGUCUGUCUUUAUCUGCACAAUAAAAAUAAAGAAAUAAAAAAAAAGAUAAAGGAAAUGAACAAGCCCAGCUAUUUUGGAAAACAAACUUUCCUGUCAAUGGAGUAAAUAUCACUUCACCUCUCUGUAUAGUAAAUUAAACUCUGAGUCUUGAAACAAAUACAAGCAUUGAUGUUCCGUUUGCAAUAAUCCUUAAUAUUAUAAGAUACUUUUUAAAGACACAUCACAAGACCAAAUUGAAGUAAUAUUGUAUUGGUUUCCACAGGUAAUGUUAAGCAGAAUCCCAACUUUCAGACUGUUUCCCAGGAAGGUAAGAAAAACUUUACAAUCUCUUUCACAUCCUGUUUUACAGUGGGGCCAGCACUAGAACUGUGAAGUUGUAGGGUCUAAUUAGAUUUCAGUUUGUAAUGAAUGCAGGGACAGCCUUCAUAUCUGUAGCUUGGGCUAAGGUGUUUCAUGCAUAUUACGCACUGUAUAAUUGAAACUUUAAAAAAAAAAAAUUAAAUACCAACUUUUUUUACACAAAAGUUGUACUUUGAAGUGAAAGAUCUAGGAUUCAAUCUCUUACAUAGUUUUAAUAAUUGCAAUUUUUGUUUCAUUCUGUUCAUCACAAAAAGAGCAACAAAAUAUCCCAGACCUCUAAACAAAAACAUGUUUCCUAUGGAACUAUGCAAUAAGUCUGUAGUUAUUGUGGGAUGGCAAAUGCAUCUGUUGCAACUAUUUAAUCUGGCUGUAUCAUCAAAGAUUUUCCUUUUGUAUCAUCUUAUAGCACUUUAAAAAUCUUCCUCUACCUUGGUUGAGGAUUUUUACAUUUCUACAGAUGUCUUUUUCCUAAUAAAUAACACGUGUCCAACUAUGUUAGGGUUGAAAAAAAUGCGAUGAAAUCUAAAGAUGUCUUCUUCCAUUCUGAAAAAGAUUAUGACGUUUAUUAUUAUUAUUAUGAUAUUCAUAGAGCGCUGUCAAAAUUCCGCAGCGCUUUACAAUGGGUGGAUGAACAGACAUGUAGUUGUAACCAGACAAGUUGGACACACAGGAACAGAGGGGUUGAGGGCCCUGCUCAAUGAGCUUACAUGCUAGAGGAAGUGGGGUAAAAUGACACAAAAAAGUAAGGAUAAUAUUAGACUAAUGAUAGUUGCAGAAGAGGAAUCAGUCAGGAGCUAGUAACAGUUUAAUGGAUACGCUUUUAUGAAGAAGUGGGUUUUUAACGAUUUUUUGAAGGAGUGGAGACUGGGUGAGCAUCUAACGGAGGAGGGAAGCGAGUUCUACAGGAACGGUGCAGCCCUCGAGAAAUCUUGAAGGCGAGCAUCAGAGGUGGGAGUACGGACAGAAGAUAGACGUAAGUCUUCAGCAGAUCGUAAGGGCCUAGAUGGGACAUACUUGUGUAUAAGGGAGGAUAGAUAGGUGGGAGCAGCAUUAUGUAGAGAUUUGAAAGCAAGAACCAGAAUUUUAAAUUGAGAUCUAUAUUUUAUAGGAAGCCAAUGUAGGGAUUGACAGAAGGGUGAGGCAUGGGAAGUGCGUGCGGACAGGAAGAUGAGCCUUGCCGCCGCAUUCAUUAUGGACUGUAACGGCGCUAGUUGGGAGCACGUAAGACCACUGAGAAGUGGAUUACAGUAGUCAAGGCGAGAAAGGACAGUGGAAUGGACCAACACCUUAGUCGCAUCUGGCGUUAAGUAGGGGCGGAUGCGCGCAAUGUUUUUUAGAUGGAAAUGACAGGAUUUGGCGAUAGAUUGAACAUGAGGCUUGAAGGAGAGGGCGGAGUCAAAGAGAACACCUAGGCAGCGAGCCUGCAUGGUGGAGCUGAUGGUAGCACCGUUGACCUGGAGGGAGCCAGACACAGGAGUAACAACACUUGAGGGAGGAAAGACCAGAAUUUCAGUUUUGGUCAAGUUUAGUUUAAGGAAGUGGGCAGCCAUCCAGUUACAAACAGCAGAGAGGCAGUCAGAGACACUAGUCAAGAGGGACGGCGAGAGAUCAGGAGAGGACAGGUAGAUUUGGGUGUCAUCUGCAUAGAAAUGAUAUUGGAAGCCAAAGGAGCUAAUGAGUUUACCAAGGGAGGCAGUAUAGAUGGAGAACAGUAGGGGACCAAGGACUGAACCUUGGGGGACACCAACAGAGAGGAGUUGGGGAGAAGAAGCAGAGCCAGAGAAAGAAACACUGAAAGAGCGCUGGGAGAGGUAGGAGGAGCACCAGGAGAGAGCAAUAUCUUGUAGACCGAUAUUGCGGAGGAUGAGAAGAAGCUGUUGAUGAUCAACAGUGUCAAAAGCCGCAGACAGGUCAAGGAGAAUUAGGAUAGAGUAGUGACCACGAGAUUUUGCAGCAGAUUGGAUACUUUGGUCAGUGCCGUUUCCACAGAGUGCUUAGCGCGGAAACCAGACUGAAGCGGGUCUAGCAGAGAGUUGGACUCGAGGAAGUCUGUCAAUCUCGCAUACACAAUUUUUUCAAGGAUCUUGGAUGCAAAAGGCAGUAGCGAGAUAGGACGAUAGUUGGAUGGGGAGUUAGGGUCAAGAUUAGGCUUCUUUAGAAUUGGGGUUACAGUUGCAUGUUUGAAGGACAAUGGAAAUAUACCAGAGGAGAGAGAGAGUUUGAGAAUUUUAGUGAGAGGUGGAGAAAGAGAAGAAGACAGAGUACGGAUGAGAUGCGAUGGAAUUGGAUCUAGGGAGCAGGUGGUGGGGCGGGAGGACUGGAGCAGAGCAGAAACUUCUUCCAAUGUAGCGGGUGCGAAUGAACAUAGAACAGCAGAGGAAGUGAAGUUAGGGGAAGUAUUGUAAGAGGAAGAAGAAAGAUGAGAUAUCUCUUCUCUGAUUGUAGAGAUCUUGUCAGUGAAGUGAGUUGCAAAGUCUGAGGCGGUCAAGUUAGUAGGUGGAGGAAGAACAGCAGGGCGAAGAAGAGAGUUAAAUGUGUGAAAUAGUCGUUUGGGUUCGCGGAAGAGCGUGGUUAUGAGGGUAUUGAAAUAAUUAACUUUUGCAUAGGAAAGAGACAAGCUGUAUGAGCUCAGCAUAAAUUUAUAGUGGAGAAAGUCAGAUUGCACAGUGAGACUUUCUCCAACAGCGUUCAGCAGUUCUGGAGCAUUUUUGGAGGUAUCGAGUGAGCUUGGUGUGCCAGGGUUGUUGUUGGGGGGGCCUGCGGCGUUUAAAUGUACAAAGUGCCAUGAUGUCUAGUUGAGAGGAGAGGGUGGAAUUGUAGAAGGAGGUUGCAGAACUAGGACAGGUGAGGUUUGAGAUAGGUAAAAGGAGAGUUUGGAGAUUAGUGGAGAAAUGCUCUAGGUCAAGACAUUGGAGGUUUCUGUGAGAGUGAUGUUCAGGCGGUGGUGUCAAUUGGGUCUUAGGUAUGCCAAUGUCAAUUGGCAUAGAGAAUAUUGGAGAGAUUAGAGGCAGUACAGAGGUUGGUGAAGGCAAGAUCAAGAGUGUUUCCUGCUGUAUGGGUUGCUAGGUUGGACCAUUGCGCAAGGCCAAAGGAGAAGGUUACAGAGAGCAGACGAGAGGCAUCAGUGCAAUUGGGUUUAUUGAUUGGGAUAUUGAAAUCCCCAAGUAUAAGGGAAAGAGUGCUAGAUGAGAGGAAGUGGGGAAGCCAGGAAGAAAAGUGCUCAAUGAAUAGUCUAGGAUAACCAGGGGGGCGGUAGAUGAUAGCGAUUCUUAAAGGAGUGGGUUUAAAUAGGCGGACAGUGUGAACUUCAAAAGAAGAAAAGGAUAGGGCAGGGGGAGUUAUGAUUGGUUGAAAGGUACAUUGAGGGGAGAGAAGGACGUUUAAAUGAUAUUAACUGAUACAUUUACUCUAAUUUAACAUAUUUUACUGGGAAUAUUGUAAAGAAACUUUCAGUUGAUUUAAGACAAUUUUCCCUAUUUUUUUCCUCCUUUUUCUCUUUACAUUUUUUUUUUAAAUUUUUUUAUGAAACAUGCUGAUGUGUGCAUGUUCUAAUCAGGUCUCAUAAUAUUUAUUAUAGGUGUCAAAAAUGUAAAAUUUUGUGCACUGUUGGGGUAUCUUGUUUUUUCCAGGUACCACUUUGAAAUCUAUCAAUGACUUUCUGUUUCAUGGCCAAAUAGACAACAUUAAUCUAUUUAAGGUGAGUUUCCCCCGUGACUUCCACUUAACAAAUCAAGGCAAGGUACUUGAAAAAAAUGAUGUUUCACUUUAAUUAAACAUGUGUCUACUCUUGUCUCAAGAAUCCUUCACUGCUGUUACACUUCUUACCUCCGCUGUCCUCGUUAAUUUGCUCUCUCAAGAAAUCCAUAUCCUGGGUACUUUUUUUCGUAAUUAAAUUAUUUAUAGAGGUUUUUUUAUUUUGCUUAACAUGUGAAAAAUACAGCAUUUUAAAGAAAACCUCUCCCAGCAGAGAGGAUCGUCAACAAAUAAUAAAAAAAAAAUACUCCUGCACAAGAACUUGUUACUAUAGUGCUCUGGUAUUUCUAAGAAGGAUAGAAAUAGCAAGAUAAGAGGUGUAGAGGAUGGAGGGAAGCAAGGGGAUUAGGGGUAAUGCGUCUCCUUACGAGGUGACAUAUCCUUUACUUUUAAGGGAUUAUAAAAUUGUGUAAGUAGAGGAGUCAGUAAACAUUUGCAUAUAUUAAAUACUUUUGAAUGUACUGUUAACUAUUACAGGUAGAUAGAAACGAUACAGCAUUUAUCAGUAAAGUAUAAAUCAUACGUGUUAUGAAAUUUCCCACAGGUGAAAAUUGGAUAGGGUCCCCCACUAAAGGGGACACUAAAAAAAUAGACAUUUCAUCAUGGAAACCCUGGGGGAGUUACAUUUAGUAAGGAAGAAAAAAAAAAAACGCCAAAUUCACCAACAUCCAAACUUUCCAGAAUGGUCCUUUAUGUAUUGUUCCAAAUGAUUGCAAACAUCAUUCCCUGCAGCUAUUUGCUCCUUAUAUUAAUCUUCGUUAUUAGCUGAGGCUAGCUCUGAAGAAUGUAAUAUUCUUUGAGCUCUGAUCAUAUCGUGGGUGUCAGUGUGUGUACUGUUAACUAUAUUAGGAGUGUAAUAUUGAUUUAUCUUUUAUUAAAAUCCACAUUGGAAAGUUAGUGUAUCUUAAGACAAUGCAAUUUUUUGAUCCAGGUAUACUGAGCAUCACUUCCAUACAAUGUGGAGAAUGACAUUCUCAAAUCAAAUAGUAUUUUCUUCUAAUUUGAUGGUUUCCCAACACGCUGCAGUAUAAGGAGAGGCGCAUACCCAUUAUGUGUCACUCUUUGAUGCCUAGAUCCCUGUCCCUUAUCUAGGACCUAUAUUUACGUAUAAAUGUAUAACAAAAGUCCUAUAAAAUUUAUAAUUAAUGGUUAUGUAUAUCCGUGCAUCAAUGAGAUUUGUGGCUAUAAGAUUUACCCAUAGACCAACUAGCCCUGAACUUAUAGUGGCUGGUUCAUGUGUUCUUUCUUUCUAGAGUAGCAAUGGAAUGUUGUAUUUACAGUGGAAAGUUAACAGGUAAAAUUAAAAUGCAGAAUAGCCUAAUGUUCUAUUUUCCUGUGCAGGUCCAGAGAUAUUUUAUGAAGAGCAUGAUCAGUAGGAAGGUGAGAUCUAAGAGUAUUAAAAACUCAUACUGAAAAUUACUUUCAGUUUGUGAAAUAGCUCUGUUAUUUCAUCAACAAUAAAACCUGUUUGAACUUUAGCAAUGCAAGAUCUGUUCUAGGUAGCCCAUCUUUCUGAGGCUAAAAAGAAAUGUGUACCAGUGAGCUAGGUAGGAAUGAAAUCUAUACUUAGGCCACACUUGAAAAACUAAGUAAUGCAUACUUCCUAUUAAAAUCCUUUAGUAGUUUUUGUUGUUUUGCUGCUAAAUGUUUAAUAAAAACUAAUUUGCUACACAUUUGUUUGCCUAUCUACCCUACAAGGUUCUUGUUAAAACUGUUAGCUUUCCAUACCAUUGUACCUUGGUUGGUGAAAACAAAUGAAACCAAAUAAAACACGAUUUCCCUUUACACCUUUAUAUAAAUGACUAUAGCUAGCAAUACCAUACAAAUAAAUGUUUAAAUAAUUAAUAAACUCUUGAAGGAACCUUUUAAACACUACUCACUGUUAAAUGGACUGUGAUCCCCAAGUUCUGCUGUCCUCACUCAUGUGCUGAAGGAUAAGAGUCCCAUUUCUGAAAAAAAUGACAGUAUUGUAACUUUUAAUGUUGUUUUCUCUUUGUGUUUAUCUUUAUUCUACAUUUAUGUUAUUCUGAGUUAUCAAAAUGGGGGAAAGGAAGUUGUUACAAGACCAUGGUAUAUAAUUAAAUGUGUUCCAUGUGUCUUAUUUUCAAAGCUGUUCGGCUUUAUGGAAAAAUUUAGAGGGGCAGAGAGUCUCCCCAGCCAAGAGAGCCAAAAACCGAGAGGACUUCAACAAUACCUGCAAGAUCUACACCAAAAGACACAUAAAGGAGGUGUGUGAAUGGUGGAUAUGAUGAUGUAGAUAGUGAACAAAAAUAGUGCAUCUGAAAUAGUUCUACCCACAUUUAGCAACAAUAGCUCUUUUAAAAACACUGUUAUGACAUUUUUAGGUUACUGCCAAAGUACUAAUAGAACAAGACAAUUCAACACUGUGCUGUGUAGGGAUAUUUAUGGGAUGAUCAUAUUAUACAGUUGAGAAUUGCCCACUAUUUCAAUUCUCUUAGAUCUUAGAGAUCGUUAUCAUGUAAGUGAAAUGUAUUCCAUACAAAUAAAAUCACAAUAUGUUAUAAAAAUAGAUAUAAUUUAUUGUGACAAAUAAAAUAAAAAUAAUAUUAGGUAGCAUGCAUGAUAAUAAUCAGUGAAUAUUUAGUAUAACAUAAGUAUGCAAUACAAUGGCAAUGGUAAAACAAUCCAAUGGCUAACAGCAUCAACUGUCAAAACAUUACAAGAUUUAUGAGGGUACUUCACAGACACAGAAAGCUAAACUUCCAGCGAAAAGCCAUAAAACCUUGGCUAACCAUAAAACAUUGGCUAACCGUUAGAUCAACUGAGUAACCCUUUCAAUGCUGGCUAGAUCCCCCUAGGCAUAUAAUAUCCUAUUCUCAUGUAAUUUUCAAUUAAAAUAACAUUCAAACCAGCUCAUUAAUCAUUUCCUGGAACCAUCCAAUAAGAGUAAUCUACCAGAUUUUUACAAAAGCCGAAUUUAACUCUACUUAAGAUAUAUUAUCUUAUUUUAGAGCAAAUCAAUACACAUGGAUAAAAACAGCGGUAUGCUAACACGUGGUAAGAUACCAGUACAUAUGUAAUUAUCUGACUCCACCUGCAGAAUGGAGUGUUAUAACCACAUAUUCUUUAGUUAACUAAGAUUUCUCAAUUAUUGAAAUCUGACUAUUAGUAAAUUUUUAAUUAAUUUAAAUUAAUUAAAUAAAACCAGCAUAAUUACCAGUUAUGUAGAUGUUCUCAUCAGAUGAGUAGUAGUCCCAGGAACUUGAAUGCGAGUAUGUUUGGUUGUAUGGAGGUGUGUAAGUAAUAGAGAAAAGUGAUGUUGGUUAGAAAGUAUUAGUAAAAUUCUAAGUGUCAAGGAGUGUUUCUUGAGUUGUGUCCAAGAGAGUUUGAGAGUUAGUCCCAGGAACUUGAAUAUCUGUCCUGGAUCUUUCUGAAUGUCCGAAUCUAAAUGCCCAAACUAACCUACUCUCUUCCCUUUGUCCUUUUAAAGGGCCAGACUCUCUGUACGUCAUUAGUUGAUUAGGUCCAGUAGGAUACUGAAGGUGUGGUCAACCUGCAGAUCACAAUUUAGAUAUUUGAUCCAUAGAGGGUGUAACGGAACGUUUUGCCCAUAAGAGUUUAAAAACCGUUUAGGCGAUAUUCCCCUUUUUCAGCUGCACAGACAGCUACUGCAAGCACCAAUCUCCCGAACUGCAAACCCACGAAUUCACCAACUCCCGAACUGCAACCAAGGGAAUACUCGAAACUCCCGAACUGCAUACCAAGUAGCACUCCAAACUCCCGAACUGGAGACACACGAAUAGCUGCUAGCAGACGAACAGGAAAAGCCCCCAAGCGGCUUACACUCCUGGCAAUCAGUCUCUAACAGCAUACAGUAAAUCCUCCCCCCAAUAAUGAGACGACACCUCACUUUGAGGGUUAGGCAGGAACUGCACUCUAAUGGCCACACACUGGCUUUUAUGCAAGUCCCCAUGCAAGGGGAUAUCCCACAGGGUGGGACACAGUACAAUCAAUCGUUUACAGGAGAAUCAUAAAACACCCACAAUUAAUUCACAAUCCCUCCUCUCUGUCCUAGAGAUAAUUGUGAAGUAAUCCAAUUAUCUCCCAGGACAGAGGCAAGACUCCAUUAACCACAUGGCAGUAACAAUACAAUAAACUACAUAAAAUGACAUACAGUUACAUUUAUUCCAUAAAACAUAGACAUUCUACAUAUCCCCAGAUAGAUCUGAGUGCCCAUCACUACCGAAUGGUGCUCAGAUCACAUACAUACAGUUCAAUCGUUAUGGAGCCAAAGUCUUUCAUACAGUCUUUCAGUAUACGGCUGGGCUCCAUGGCAUAGCUAUCUGGGGUAGCAUGGCUUUAACAGUCCGCAGAAAGGCACGAAUAAACCUUUCUACCGGUAAAAUAAAAGUUUAAAAUGCAGGACCAUAGUCUAAAGGGAGCAGGCGAGCAACCAGGCUUCUCCAGUGUACAGUGGCGAGGUUGGAUUUGCCACACUUCUCCCCUUUACCAAUCAGACUAACAGGGUAUCUGACCUCAUGCCGGUCAGUGCCCUUGUUAGUCCAGCAGCCCACCCACAAAACACAAUCAGUAAUACAGCCCACCCACAAGAACUGGUUACUACACCUGGGUAGAGGAGAACGUUGUCCAUGUCCAGACGCCUCACCAUGGCUGUGUGGGUGACUGGUAAGCGGACUGGGUGGGUUGCUGAGUGGGCAGAGACCAGUGGUACUCUGUCCUGGUGCCAGCACUACCACGGGAGUAGUCUGGUUGGAGCCUGGUUGCUGGAGGGGGAGACCGACUGUCUCCCCUUUGGCUAAACAGCCCUGUCGCUGGGGGCCAGAACCGACCUUCCCUACCCCCUGUGCUGUAAGUGCAGAGACCACGGUCCCAUCUGCACGGUUGUGGGGCUUCUCAUCUCCCCUUGGUGGAAUAGGCCGCCGCUGGGAAGUAUUCUCCCCUCCUGGUAGAAUACUCUGCCGCUGGGGAGCCGGACCGGCUGUCCGUACUCCCUGUAGCUUGGGCGCCGAGACCACGGUCCCAUCGGCGCUGGUGGGGAGCUUAAUGUCUCUCCUUGGUGGGCUAUGCUGCCGCUGUGGAGAAGGGGCAACAAGCUCUUCUCCCUGACACUCUCCCUGCUGGAGGAGAGGGGGACCGACUGUCUCCCCUUUCAAUAUAUUGUCCUGCUGCUGGGGAGGAAGGAUGGUACCUUUGGCUCCCUGGGACUCACUUGACUGCUGAGGAGAGGGACCAAUUGUCUCCUCUCCUAAGAACACACACUGCCGCUGGGGAGGAAGGACGGCACCUUCAGCUCCCUGGGACACACUCUGCCACUGGGGAGGAAGGACGACACCUUCAGCUCCCUGGGACACACACUGCCGCUGGGGAGGAAGGCCGAUACCUUCAGCUUCCUGGGACACACACUGCCGCUGGGGAGGAAGGACAACACCUUCAGCUCCCUGGGACGCACACUGCCGCUGGGGAGGAAGGGCGGCACCUUCAGCUCCCUGGGACACACACUGCCGCUGGGAGGAAGGGCGACACCUUCAGCUCCCUGGGACACCAACUGCGCUGGGGAGGAAGGGCGACACCUUCAGCUCCCUGGGACACCAACUGGGGAGGAACACACUGCCGAUGGGGAGGAAGGACGACACCUUCAGCUCCCUGGGACACACACUGCCGUUGGGGAGGAAGGAUGACACCUUCAGCUCCCUGGGACACCAACUGCCGCUGGGGAGGAUGGCCGAUACCUUCAGCUCCCUGGGACACACACUGCCGCUGGGGAGGAAGGAGGACACUUUCAGCUCCCUGGGACACACACUGCCGCUGGGGAGUAAGGACGACACCUACAGCUCCAUGGGACACACACUGCCGCUGGGGAGGAAGGACGAUACCUUCAGCUCCCUGGGACACACACUGCCGCUGGGGAGGAAGGACGACACCUUCAGCUCCCUGUGACACACACUGCCACUGGGGAGGAAGAACGGCACCUUCAGCUCCCUGGGGGACACACUGCCGCUGGGGAGGAAGGACGACACCUUCCGCUCCCUGGGGGACACACUGCCGCUGGGGAGGAAGGGCGGCACCUUCAGCUCCCUGGGACACACACUGCGCUGGGGAGGAAGGAUGACACCUUCAGCUCCCUGGGACACCACUGCCGCUGGGGAGGAAGGACGACCUUCAGCUCCCUGGGACACACACUGCGCAGGGACACUUUCCCUGGGACACUGGGAGGACACCUUCAGCUCCCUGAGACACACAGCUGGGGAGGAAGGAGGACACUUUCAGCUCCCUGGGACACACACUGCCGCUGGGGAUGAAGGACGACACCUACAGCUCCCUGGGACACACACUGCCGCUGGGGAGGAAGGACGAUACAUUCAGCUCCCUGGGACACACACUGCCGCUGGGGAGGAAGGACGACACCUUCAGCUCCCUGUAAUACACACUGCCGCUGGGGAGGAAGGACGGCACCUUCAGCUCCCUGGGACACACACUGCCGCUGGGGAGGAAGGACGACACGCUUCUCUCUCUGUAACUUGCUCGGCCACUGGGGUCUCUCCCAACCUGACAACUCACGUGUCCACCCUGCUCCGACCUGCAGGUACUCUUCUACUUGUCUCCUCACGAACUGCAUGUAUUUCUCCGGGGGUUUGGGUCCAAGGAAAGCCAGCCGCAUGGUAAACUCUCUGUCAUACUGCUCCUGAGUGUAGCUGGGUGCCAUGCUUGCGCUGCUGAAGUUGGUUCUUUUGUACAUAGGGUCGCUGUACGGGUACUGGCGUUGCCCUCAAUUUGUAAUCCAGGAACUGGUGUUGUCUUGUAGCUGUCCUUCUGGGCUGUGGAAAUGAUCCCGUCGCUUGCCACCAAUUGUAACGGACCAUUUUGCCCAAAAGAGUUUAAAAAACGUUUAGGCGAUAUUCCCCUUUUUCAGCUGCAUAGACAGCUACUGCAAGCACCAAUCUCCCGAACUGCAACCAAGGGAAUACUCGAAACUCCUGAACUGCAUACCAAGUAGCACUCCAAACUCCCGAACUGGAGACACACGAAUAGCUGCCAGCAGACGAACAGGAAAAGCCCCCAAGCGGCUUACACUCGCACUCCAAACUCCCGAACUGGAGACACACGAAUAGCUGCUAGCAGACCAACAGGAAAAGCCCCCAAGCGGCUUACAUUCCUGGCAAUCAGUCUCUAACAGCAUACAGUAAAUCCUCCCCCCAAUAAUGAGAUGACACUUCACUUUGAGGGUUAAGCAGGAACUGCACUGUAAUGGCCACACACUGGCUUUUAUGCAAGUCCCCAUGCAAGGGGACAUCCCACAGGGUGGGACACAGUACAACCAAUCGUUUACAGGAGAAUCAUAAAACACACCCACAAUUACAUCACAAUCCCUCCUCUCUGUCCUAGAGAUAAUUGUGAAGUAAUCCAAUUAUCUCCCAGGACAGAGGCAAGACUCCAUUAACCACAUGGCAGUAACAAUACAAUAAACUACAUAAAAUGACAUACAGUUACAUUUAUUCCAUAAAACAUAGACAUUCUACAUAUCCCCAGAUAGAUCUGAGUGCACAUUACUACCGAAUGGUGCUCAGAUCACAUACAUACAGUUCAAUCGCCAUGGAGCCAAAGUCUUUCAUACGGUCUUUCAGUAUACGGCUGGGCUCCAUGGCAUAGCUAUCUGGGGUAGCAUGGCUUUAACAGUCCGCAGAAAGGCAUGAAUAAACCUUUCUGCUGGUAAAAUAAAAGUUUAAAAUGCAGGACCAUAGUCUAAAGGGAGCAGGCGAGCAACCAGGCUUCUCUAGUGUACAGUGGCGAGGUUGGUUUCGCCACAGAGGGCAGUCUCGCCUCACUAAACCUUCCUAUCCAGGAAAGAGUUAACUUUUCCUGAUGACGAUUUUGACGUCAUUUGGCUGAUUUAAAAUGACUACCAUAACUUAAAUUUGCUGUCAGUUCAAAGCGUUUGCCUCAGUCUUUGUGGCAACGACUUUGAUCGUAAUUUCUAAAAUUGACCGUUCUAAACUCAAUUUCACACCUUACUUAAAAUGGGACUUUGUAAAAUUUAGAGAGUAAAAUGAAUUACGUAGUCUACUCUGUCACUAGGGUCUGUGUUUAAAAUUAUUUCUAUUCCAUUAACAUUUAAACAGAGCAUUCCAUCCCUCUGCUUCAUUGCUUAUCAUUUGGCCUGUUUACAUAAUGCAUUCCGUUGCUCAGGCUAGUGGCUAGUUACAGAAAGGAAAUAAAUUUUGUGUCUGUCUUGCCUGAAAUCUAAAAUGGAGUCCGCUCUGUUCUGAGUGACUCUGGCAAUAUACACAUUGAAUUUCUAUCUUAGCACAAAAUGUCUGCCGAUAUAAAUAUCCUGACAGCUGGUCAGUGGUUACUUAGGUUAGCCCAAUCUGGAAUUUCUCUCCAUAUGUAAAAAAUAUAUAAUUUGAAAACGUAACAAAUGUUUAGUCUUUUUCACUCUAACAGCCACAAGUGUCCCAGAGCUCCAUCAGGAAGGUGGUGAGAAUGGACAAAUUCGUACUGCAUCUCCACUCAUGCAGAUUGAAGGCUUCCUGUCUGCACUAACAAAUGCCAACCAAGAUGGUAGAGUCAUCAUUCAGCAACAAGGUGUGAUUUCAAAGCAGACCUGUAAACAGAAAAUUCUUUUACAUUAACCAGCAGAAUAUAAACAGCCGUGUGCAUAUUGUGAUCUAUUGUUGAUCUAUUAAAAUUUUUGAUCUAUUAAAACUAAGAAAGUAAAAUUCCAUAACGUGUCUUAGAACUUAUGUAGAGAUCAGAAAACAGGAUAUGUCUUGGUUAAGUACCCCAAAUGCUUCUGGCAUAAUGAGCACAGCGGCACAUCCAAAACUGAGCCAAAUAACAACACACUUCAUUAUAUAGCAUUCUCAACUAUUGUAAAAAUGGAAUCAGAAACAAAUUUUUAUUUUAAGUUCUGUUGAUUAAAAUAAAGGGGUUUUUAGGUUUUCCAUACAUCUUAAUUUUGAUUACUACCUGGUGGUCUUUCUAGUAUUUGUACAGGUAAUACAGUUUGAAGAUACAUUUAUAUUAACUAGAAAGGAUACCUCUGAUGGCCCCAUUACCAUUAUCUCCUUGUACCCAGCAUUUUAAAUUUGUGUGAUAUCUGUAUCAGUUACUGGAUACUGGACUCCUCAUUCUCCAGAUGGUUAUUAAAGUUAUAUUCAAAUUUCCAAAGUAUGGCUGAGAAUAAUUGCAGUCUAACAUUAAUUGUAUAACCUAAGUCUCACUGAAAUCUCUGAUUCUAGUUCUCAUAGGCCUAGCAUUUAGGCUCUAACUCGCAUAACCUUGAAUAGCCCUAAUAUCCCAACAGAGCUUCACUAUUUUGACUGCUGCAUUUUCAGCCUUACUAAAAGUGUUGGGUGUGAGCAAGUUAUCUGGUGUUACCUGGAUAACAACAUUAUUGUAGAUGCUGUGGAUGACUACAACUACAAUCAUACUCAGCCAUGCUCUGCAUUAUAAUAAACAUAAUUGAAGGAGUAAUUUUGCCACUCAUUAUUGGGAUUUCAACAUUUAAGAUUACUUGAAUUAAUGUUGUGCGCCACUUUUGGCCAUUAAUAUAUCUGGGGACAUUGGUGGGUCAGUUUUGCAAUAGCCUUUCUUCUGAUUGAAGGGAUAUCUUCGCAGAGAAGAAAAUAGCUGAUUGUGCUUACAAGCAUUGUACUCAAAAUAAUGGACCCAAAUACUGCUCCCUGAAACCAGUGAAGAAUAUUUUGAUGCAGAGUGCUGGAAAUGAGGUUGCAGACCUAUAGCUGUCAGGAUGGUCACAUGACUACUGCGAGACCAUGUGGCCUGCUCACCAUACUAAAACCUGGUUAGCAAUGAUUUUAUUUUUCUAAGUUAUACUGCUUGGAACAGAUUUAAGCUUCUGUUUGAACUGGGCAUGUUUCCCAUUGUUGGUGACCAUGCUAAAUUCAUUUGGAUUAAAUUUGACUAUUUUUCUGUUUUGUUUCUAUCUGUGAUGUGUUUAGAUGUGUAAAUUGUAGUGGGUAUUUUGUGAACCGUUCUGAAAUGCUGUUUCUCUGUCUUUGCAGGUACGGUGGCCCAGAGCACUCUUAAAUUUCUUAUGCUUAAUCCAGCGGUGCACUUUGCAGAGGUUCUGAAGGAGUGUCGGUCUGUUAUCAUUGCUGGAGGGACAAUGCAGCCAGUAAGUAGCCACUAUCAUGUGGAGGUGAUUUGGGAUUUUUUCUUACAGCCAUAACUUUAGCAUGAAAUAACUAAUCUUGCUGAAAUUUGGCAGAUUUCCUUGGAUGGAUAGUUGCUACAAAAUUGAAAAAUUUAAGUGAAUUGAUAAGGUUUUUAUUUUUUUAUUUUAUAAGAAUGAAAAAACAGGGUUUUGCAUUUAAAAUCUCUUAGGCUUAACAUUGGAGGUUUAGCCAGGUCUACAAACAGCUGCACAGAUGUAAAGGCUAGUGGCUUUUGCGUAGGUGCAAAAGUUAUUUGCAAAAAAACAAAACUAUGAUGUUCUUUAGAACCAUAACAAUGGUGGUGCACAUACUUAGCGGAGACAUAUUAGGAGUUUACCUUUCUUCCUGUUCACAAAUGGCAACCAUGUUCUCAUUCCUCAGAGCUUCAUCUCAGAAGAUUUAGACACCAGGGGAACUCUCUGGUGAUCUGUGUCUGACAGGUAGGGUAGAGCUGGUCAGGAGAUAUCUCUUCUGACUGUCCUGAUAUGGGAAGUUCAGAUGGUGACACCUCAAAGACUUUGUAUAGUAUGCUCUCCCUGUAUUCCGGUCCCAUGCUGUGUAGAUCUGUCGUAACCUUAGUGUGCCUUCUUAUACGCCUAGUGUGCCUUUCUAUACCAGUCUGCGUUCUCCCUUAUACCAGUUUGCUCUGUUAUACUCCCUGAUGUGCCCUCUUAUGAAUUUCCAUUGUGUCCUGUUAUACUCCCAGUGUGCCCUGUUAUCCCCCAGUAUAUUGGUAUUCUCUUGUUCCAGGCAUUGUGUCCUGUUAUAAUCCCCCAGUAUGCCCUUUUAAACCACCGAGUGUACUCUUAUACCAUUCCCAGUGUUUCCUUUUAUACCACCUAGUGUGUCCAUUUAAACCCUCUCCACUGUGCCAUACUAUAGUCUCCUUAAUGCCCCAGUUCAUACCCCUGGGUUCUAUACCCUUCCCAGUGUGACCUCUUAUUCUCUCCCUAGUGUGCUUGCUUCUUUAGUAGGCCCCCUUAACCCCUCCAUUUCCUUCUCCAUUGGGCCAAUUGUUGUCUCCAAUACACUCCCCACUGUGUCCACUUAGACCACCUUGUGUGCUCUCUUAUACCAUAUAGUGUGUCCUUGUGUACCCUCUCCACGGUGCUGUCAUGGUCUCCCCAAGUGUGGCUUCUUAUAUUCUCCACAGCGCAAAUCUAGUUCCUCAUUGUGCAACUUGUGUGCCACAUAUGUGUCACUGGUGGCUCACAGUAAGCCACAUUAAACACACAUGAUCAUACUAUUGGUGGCAUGCUGUCCUGCACGAGAGUUGUGAAGUAGUUAUACUCCACACCUGUAUCCUAACUUUGCACUACCCCAUACUUUAGUGCAGCUGAGCAGCACCAAGACAGAAGGUAUUCAAUCUCCCAGAGAGUCAGAUUUGUGCAUCAAGCCUGCACUGUGAGGAUAGGAAGUAGGAACUUGACAUCAUCUCCACUGAACACUGCAAACCAUGCAGAGGAUAUUAAAUCCACUCUCUCGGUACUGCCUGGUUUACUUACAAAGAGGGUAGGUAAGAGAGGAUAGGAUGUGUAUAGAAGGACACACAACGGAGGGAACAAAUAGAAUGAGGAGUGAGCAGAGCAUGUGUUUAGACAUACAAAAUCUCAAAUAAUAAACUUUGAAUACAAUAAAUUAUGGUUAGGGAAGGAACCACAAGGGCUAUAUGGGCAGAGGACACAAGUAAAAUAAGGGGGAGAUAUGUGAAGGGGACGCCAGGUGGGAUAUGACAAAAAGGGGACAAAAGUAGGGUAAGGGGGGUUUUCUGAUUAGGAGGAUAUGUACAGGAGAUACAAGUAAGGUCCCUCACUGUACCUACUUGCUUCACUAACUCAGAACAGGCCGUAACACUGUGGUAACUAUAUACAAGUAGCUUCUACUUCUUCCAAUGUAAAAUGGUGAUAUUAACCGUAAACCAUACUUGCCAGGGAAUCUGAUAUUCCAAGUAUAAUGCUUGAAAACAGUAAUUGGAGGGAGCCUGUGGUGCUGUGGCAUAGACUUAAAUUAAUUGACUAAUUCAUUUUUAUAUAUUUUUUUUAUAUAUAUUCUUUAUUUUAUAUUGGCAAGACAGCACAUGCCAAAUGGCACAUUGCGCUGCCGUAUACAAAUGAUUUGUCAAGUCUAUACAGGAAAGAUUAGGUGUCACAGCACCCAUACAAUAACGAGUAGGGUAUUGCAUAGCAUCAUUAUAUAAAAUCAGUCGGGAAAAACACUUUUCAUGUUGUAGAUAGUUCAUACCGUUAUACUGUAACUAAUUUGCCAGUAGAAUGUAACCGAUUUGCUGAUUGGGUCAUCCGUCAAUAAAUUUUGUUUAAAUUGAACAUAGAGUCAUACAUCUAAGGCAAAGAUAAAGACAAGGUGCAACCGCCUUUGUAGUUGUGGCCGAUGUAUGAAACAAGGAUCUAGCUAAUGAGUCACCUACUGGAGGUGUGUCGCGUUGUAUCAUGCUUUAAUAAAAAACUGUGACUUGCAUGACUUUGUGGAGACAGUAGAUAUCAGUAUUUACAGGAAGAGAGAAGCAGGACAGAACGAGUAAAGAAAGAUAGGUAAAAAGAGAGGUGGGGUAAAAAGAGAGGCAGAGGGCUCCUGGCCCCAGCGGGAGCCCAGGCUGCGCAACCCUUUACCCGCUCUCUGUCCCCUUGGUCCAUUCUAACAAGGGGGGGAGCAGCUGGUUCCGCCAGUGUGGGUGGGGGGGACUUCAGGGCGGAGGUGUGGCUCCACAUGCCCACCAAAUCAUCCACUCAAGUCGCUUAUGUCACUUUGCAACCAGGGCUCCCAGAUUUUUUUGAACUUUUUAAAAGAACCUCGGGUAAUAGCAGUCAAUUUGUCCAAAAGGCAGGUAUCUUUUAUUUUUUUGGAUAACUAGGGACGUAGGGGAAUGUCUUGUGUGAGCCAAUUUUGCACUAAGGCUUGUCUGGCAGCCAGAGUCCGUUUAUGUAGCAGUUUAUGUAGCCAGUCGGUGCCCUUUAGAGUCUCCCUCAAGUCGUUUUCCCAUUGCUCUACAUAUGUCAGUUUGCCCCAUUGUGUAGUAUUGGAUGCUGUGUGUGUGUUUGUGUGUUUGUGUGUGUGUAUAUGAGGAGGAGAUCAAACCCCCGUGCAUCAACUCCUGGAGGCACAUGCGUUCAAGCCCCGUCAUGCGUAUUUUGGAGAUUUCUUUUAUGUGAGUUUGGUUGACAAAAUCUUUGAUCUGGAGAUAUUGGAAGAUAUAUCUCCUGGUCUAAGGGUUGUCCUCCCUAAAAGUUCGUCAAACGUAACUAUUUUGUCCCGGCGGUCAUGUGGCACAGUUUCUGAAGGCUCCAAAUUUUUGAAGUCCCGGGCUCUCAUUCCCAGAGGGAAGUCCCUGUUCCUGAAUAAGGGAAGAAUUAGGGAGGGUGUGUUUGUUAAGCCAUGUUUCAUGCAUAUUUAUCCCAUAUUCGGAUGGAAUUCAGAAUUGCCAGGCAUUCCAUGCGCAGCAGAGCCCUGUGUUCCUUGGGCAGCCAUAUAUAGUAUUGGGAUAGGUCUGACCCCAUGAACAAUCCACCCAUUUCCUCUCGCCUGGCAUUUCCACAUCGCUACCUGUGAAUGUUGCCUGGCUAGGUAGUAAUAACAGAGGUUUGGUAGUCCCAAACCCCCAGCAGUGGCUUUGCUACAAUAUAGUAUGUUGUUUCGUGAUACUCUGUGGCGUUUUUAUGCCACAUGAAGUUCCCAAUUGUCUUUUGCAGUGGCGCAAGGUCCGAUUUCUUCAUGGGAACUGGGAGGUCCUGGAACAAGAAGAGGAUGUGUGGGAGAAUAUUCAUUUCCACUGAGUUUAUUCUACCGAUCCACAAAAUCGGCUUACCCACCCAUUUAUCUAAGGAUUAAUUCAUUUCAAAGGAACACUCCAGUGGGAAAAUAUACAUUUUUAUAUACACCCAAAGAAAACAUGAUUGUAAUUAUUUUUGCAUGUUUUCUUUGUGGGUUUAUGCAGUGUACUGCAAGCCCUCGCUCCCUUCCAUCUAUACAGGAAAUAUUAGGUGUCACAGCACCCAUACAAUAAUGAGUAGGGUCUAUGCUGGGGAAUGUCAGACAGAUCCUUCACAUGGAAAAGCCUUGUGAAUCUGCCAUGUAUGAGUGCGGCUGUAUAAAACACUGACUUUUCAGUGAGCUAUAUUACAGCCUUUUUAAGUCUUUCAAAGGUAGGCACUUUGGGAAAAUGCCUGUCCCUAGAGCUUGGCUCCAUGAACCCAAACUAGCAGGAUUAAAAUACUUCCAGACUAUUUGAUUGACAGUCGGGGAGGUGUAUUGGGAUGCAAUUAUAAAAGUGCUGAUUUCUAAUUAAAUCAGCGCUUUUAUAGACUGGGAAAAAAGGGACACAUUCUUCACAUAUAGAGCACACUUCUGCUUUGUGUUUCUAGUAUUCUUUUAUAAAAUAUGAUGUGUGUGUGUGUGUGUGUGUGUGUAUAUAUAUAUAUAUAAUAUAGAUAGAUAGAUAUCUUCUGCUUAGGGAUAUAGAGUAUACGUCGCUCCAAAUUUACUGCUAACUCGGUGCCUCCCUUGGUAUAGGAGAGUGGUCUGGGAGUCCAGUCCAUUGUGGUCUUCUGGAGUUGGCAAAACCUUUACUGGCUCUUGUGGUAAUUUAGAACUUACAUUGUGACUAACAUGGAUUAUUUACUAAAUUGAGAAUUCAAUGUGUGUUUCAAAUUUAAGGUGAGAACAGCUGAACUGAAAGCAUAGCUGAGUUAGAGAAUUUUUCCACUUUGAAUUCUCUAUUUAAUGAAUAACCCUGUAAGACUCAUGACAUAUCACUGCAUAACUUGUAAGUAGGGUUACUGAACACCAUAAUCAUAUAUUUUCAAUUAAUCAUAAUUAUUAAAUUAUUAUUAUUAGUCCAUUAGAUACAGCAUAGGAAGGUCACAAAAUGGAAGCUAAACACAUUUGGUAACAGUUUGCAUAAAAAUGAAUAUUAUGGUCUAUAAAGUGGUAUUAUGCCAUGUUUCUUUGACAGCUGACCUUAAUGUGACAUGAACACAUUUUACAGCCAUAUACAAUCAGUGCCAUAGUCCUAGACCAGAGUAUGUACCUGGUAUGAAGAAACUAAGAAUAUCUUAACUCAUUUUCAGAUUGAAGUCAUUCUGUGCAGCUGCUGCAAGAGUAGAUAUACAUUAUUUAAAGCAUAUGUAAAUUUGGGCUAUAAAGAAUGAGUGUGCCAUGGCCCUUCUGUAGUGCAUGUAUGCAUGGCAGUUAAUGGGGCACUAUGAUGGGCAUUGUUUGGAUGCAGGGAUUAAAGAUGACUGUGUGCUAUGGCAAUCAAAUUAGGUCAGUACCUAGGGUCCAGAAUGCAAUUCCAUGGUAACCUGAAACAAGCCUUGUGCUGGAUCGUUGGGUAUAGAUAGGUUAGUGGAGUUCAAGGGCCCACAUUACUUGUUUUAUUGUGGUGCAGAUUAAAUGUAUUUUUAUUGCUUAUAUAAAUCAUGGAGGUAUUGACAAAGUCCUUUAAUAAAUAUAAAUAAAUAUAGUAAUAAAUAAUAAUAGUUUUCCACCUAAUCAGUAAUUUUGUUUUCUCUAUAGCAAACUUUGUUAUAGAAUGCAUGUGAUUUAAAUGUCAUGCUGUUUAUAGGGGAUUAUGAAGAAACCAUUAACCCCUAGGGAAUAGCUUCCCAAGCAUAGCCGUGUGCUAUAUUUAUGUUAAUAAAACAUUAAUCAUUGCUAACUAGUACUAUUUUAAUUAACAAUUAAGGACUAUUGAUCUGAUGUAACGCCUCAUCUUAUUUGCAACAGAUUUUUAUUAAUUUUUAUUUUCCUCUGCCAUUUUCACAAGCCUGUAUAAUGGAUUAGCAUCAUUAAUCACAUUUUGCACAAAGUACCCUUCAUUUAUGCUGCUGGUAUAAUUGUAUCUAAAAUGUUCAACAUAGGAAGCUUGUUCACAGUUUGGGCUGUGUAACCUUUAGAGUGCCAUCCUUAAGACCAAUUCCUUUCUCAGCCUCUUGUACCAAGAAGUUAAACUGCUAAUGAGUUUCUCUGUCCUCACUCACAGUACAGCGCCAGCUAAUUUAGACAAUAGCUAUGUUAAAAAAUGUUGUGUUAAGUUGUUAGCUCGAAAAAGGUUACAGAAGGCAUAGCAUCACCAUAGUGAAAACACAUCAAGAUAGUACAAAAUGGGGGGAAAAAACAAUUACGCUACCCACACUUUUUUUUAUAUCACAAAUGUCAGGAUUAUACAUCGGUUUUGAUUUGUGUAAAAAAAAAAAAAUUGUAAGCGAAAAGAAAGUAAAAUCCUGAGAGUGGGAGGAAUAGAGAAGAGAUAAUAUAAAUAGAUCACAAAAGGGAAGGUAAACUAGAGGGGUUAAGAAUAGGAAGGAAGGAGUGAAGGAAGACUUGUGGAACUGUGCACAUGAGUGAGGGAUGGGAAGGCCAAUUGAAAUUUGAGCAGAUACAUUUUUCUGUGUCCAAAGGACCUAGACUUCAUUAAAUGGGCCGAAUGUAUCAUAAAGCUGGUCAGUCACAAUGUAUAGUCUGACUGAAAGUAAACAAUGCUGUGAUGUAACAUCAACGUUAUUUUAAACAACUACACAUGUGGAUUCCCAGCUUGGCACUCUCCUAUUUUACAACCAUUUCUGGGUAACUCUGUACUCUUUAGUUCUGUGUUAUUUUAACCUGUAAGAUGGCUUGAGUUCUGUCCCUAUUUCCUUCGUCUCUCAGGCAUUGUCUGUUCUGCCUCUUACAUGUUUGGUGAGCAUUAUCUUUUAUUUAUUUUUUUGUGUGUUGACAUAAAGGAACUUGAUUAAAUUUGAAUUACAUAAAAAUAACGCAACCAAACAUGGGACGCCCUCUGUUUGCCCAGUAGUAUUUGAUACAAUUCCCAGGAUGGCAUAACUGAGUGGUCUUCAUAGCUUGCAAAAUAAAAACAAAUCAAAUUAGGUGUGCAUUUACUAAAAUGUGAACAAAUAUUGUCAGCUCUACACACAGGGUAUUUCAGAAAUGUAUUUUUUUUCAAAAUAAAGGCAUAACCUUUGUUUAUUAACCAGAUAUCUCGAGUUAGAUUUUGAAAAAUCCUCCUUGGGCACAGAAACUCGAUAAAUCAAGUUUUCACAACUAUCACAGAGUUCCCAGCUUGACAUUUAAAUGAGCACAUUUUCAGCUAGAUGAAGUGGUGUUGCCUCAAGUGACCUUUUAAUGUCCAUUUUAUAUAUAUGAACUAGGUGCACCCUUUGCUUGAUUUAUAGAUGUCUUAUCCACGUGGCUUUAUUUGCAGAUAUCAGAUUUCAAACAACAGCUUCUCAUAUCAGCUGGUCUCAACCAGGACCGGAUUGUUGAGUUCUCUUGUGGUGAGUUGCUCCAUAUCUAUGCUCCAACAUAUGCUAGUACCUGCUUUUAUACCUUACUGUCGUCAAACAAACCUGCAUGUGCCUCAGCCAGUAACAACGAAGCUUGCUGGAGUUGUUUCUUAUUAGGUGAUACAUUACUAAUCACACUGAUCAUUGUUCUCCAACUUUAAUACUUGUAUUAUAUCUUAGAAACUAUCUCAUAAAACAACUAACUAAUGAGUUUCUUCUGUUUUCAACAUUAGGUCAUGUGAUUCCUCCUGAAAAUAUACUACCCAUAGUGCUGUGCACAGGACCAACCAAUCAGCAGCUGGAAUUCACUUAUCAGAAGAGAGAUUUGCCAGAGAUGGUAGAUGUUAUUCCUUCUAUAGUUUGUAUUCCGCUUACACAACUAUUCUUGGGGUUUUUUGUUAAUAUGAAAAAUGUUCAGCCAAGAACAUGUCUGAAAUAACCAGUAGCUUUUUUUUAACUGGUAACAUUAAACCAAGAUGUUCCAUGAUCUGAUAAUAAUUUAAAAAUGUUCAUCUAUAACAGUACAAAAAGUAGGUAAAACUUUACCUAGUUGAUAACAUACUUGUUAUCUUUGUUCAUUUUGUGGCUUAACAUUUAUACUGCUGCUCAUUAUUUAGCUUUAUUUGCAGAUCUUUGUUAAAAGGGUUACUCUAAUCAUCAUAACCACUACAACCGCUGUAAUAAUUAUGAUGCUAGGAGUACCAUAUCCCAGUUUGCCCCCUUACCUGGGUCCCUGCUAGAUUCUGAUGCUGCCUGGAGGUCUAUUGAUGCACUUCCGGUUUCUGCAAAGCCCUGGAAGCUGCAACUGUCGCUAAUGAAUGCAAUUCUGUGCACUGAAAGUUAUGGGCUGUGUGGUGACAGCCAAGUGAUGCUGGCAUAGUUACACCUUCAGUAGUAUUUAAACUCCCUAUGUGCAGAGUUUCAUAGUGAAACUCUACACAUACAUACUCAAGGCAACAUGACCUUGAACUUCAAAUCACCGAAAUGAGUCUUUAACUGCUUUAUUACUGGGCUCAUACAUUACAGUACCCAUAUUCUAUGCAUACUAGUAUUUACAACUGAUAUUGUUCUAUUACUAUCUUCCCUACAAGUUAUAGUGUAAUUUCCCUUCUGCAGAUGGAUGAGGUUGGUCGAGUCCUGACAAACCUGUGUAAUGUGGUCCCAGGAGGGCUUGUCUGCUUUUUCCCUUCCUAUGAGUACCAGAAGCGUGUUCAGGAUCACUGGGAGAAGACUGGGGUCAUAAAACGUCUGGGACUAAAGAAAAAGGUAGUUGUUUCAUGAAUGUGUGUGUUCCACCAAUUUCUCCAGUUUCAGGUUUUUGCAGGUUUAUGUUUAGCCCUUUCCUACAAAAGGAUGGAUAUAUAAAUAUUUGAUGUGAAAUGAAAGCCCUGUUUCUCCUGAACUAAAUGAUACAUAAUAAGUGUGGGUGCACUAAAUAUGAAAGUGGUGAAUUUAUGAUUGAACAAACAUAUAGCGCAAAUUCCUGGUUUUGUUUUGGUUUAGAACUUGUAUAAUUGUCUCCGUCCUUAAAGUAUUAAUGGAAGUAUGAACUUGGUAAGAAUGAGAUGUUGAGUGACUUACAAUGGUACCUAUAAAGCUGUAGCAUGGUUGGAAUUGAAUAAGGUGUUUUGGGAGUAUCUACUAUUCGGUGAUUGCUGAGAUAAAAAUGGAAAAAAACAAACAUGGACUGGACAUUAUGGAGUAGAACAUUGGGCUGGAAGGGGCUUUUUUUCUGCUGCAGCUUAACCUGUAGUUUAUAUCCAUAACAGAUAUUCCAGGAACCAAAGAAGGCAAAUCAAGUGGACCAGGUUCUAGCUGAGUAUUCCAAAUGCAUCAAGGUAAGAAAUAAGACACAGACGGUGGUAAGCUCCUGGAAUUUUAAAAAGGCAGAGAGAGAGUGAAAGUAAUAUGUCAUCUCAGUGAUCAUUAGAGAUGGGAGAUGGGGGGGAGAGGGGCUUGUUUUCUGCUUGUUUUACCAAGAAGUGUUAUGUGUCUUAAAGGACCUCUCUAGGCACCCAGACCACUUCAGCUUAAUGAAGUGGUCUGGGUGCCAGGUCCCUCUAGGAUUAACCCCCUUUUUUUUUUAUAAACAUAGCAGUUUCAGAGAAACUGCUAUGUUUAUAAAUGGGUUAAUCCAGCCUCCAAAUCCUCUAGAGGCUGUCUCAUUGACAGCCGCUAGAGGCGCUUGCGUGCUUCUCACUAUGAAAAUCACAGUGAGAACACGCAAGCGUCCAUAGGAAAGCAUUGUAAAUUCAGCAUGCGCAUUCAGCCGAAGAGAAGGAUCGGAGGCGGAGAGGAGAAGGAGAGCUCCCCUCCCGGCGCUGGAAAAAAGGUAAGAUUUAACCCUUUCCUCUCCCCAGAGCCCGGCGGGAGGGGGACCCUGAGGGUGGGGGCACCCUCAGGGCACUAUAGUGCCAGGAAAACGAGUAUUUUUUCCUGGCACUAUAGUGGUCCUUUAAGAGUAAGGUAGAUUUAUUAUUAUAGUAAAACUUUAUUUUGAAAAGUUAUUUUUUCUUUUGUGCUGCACUUUUCAGCAAAUGUUUCUGACAGAAUGGCUGGGUCUGUCUCUAAAUCACCUCCCAGUCCCUUCACAGAUUACAGCUGAGGACAGAGAGAUGUGUGAGUUUAUUGCAACGUGUUCCCACCACAGGACAUAUUUACUUACUAAUAAUAUUGGCUGAAAAAAAAGAAUCAAGUCAAUCUAGUCCAGCCUCUUACUCAUCUCUGUUGCUGCUGUUGAUGCAAAAGAAGAAGAAAACGUUGGAAGCCGUUUUUCUAUUUUGCUACAAAGUGGGGGGAAAUUCCAGCCACAUCAACAAACUGUUACCCCACGUACAGGAAAAUAUGAGAAGGAAACUCUUUAGGCAUUAAACCACUUCCAGUAAAUGUAAAUUUAUUUGGAGGCAAACACGUGCUAGUGCCUGGCUAUAUAGCAUGGGAAAUGUUAACCAAUGUCUGCAAUGCUAAAGCGUGCCAUCAUUCUGUAUUAUUUUAGGAUAUUAACGUGUGCAGUAGUGUGGAAUAGUGUCUAUCUGUAUUCAGUGUAUUGUGAAUACUGAGUGGCCAUUUGUUUGUCCCGAUAGCACAGUUGCCAGUCUGGGGGACUUCUGACAGGUGCGCUGCUAUUUUCUGUAGUUGGAGGAAAGAUGAGCGAAGGGAUUAACUUUUCGGAUGACUUGGGCAGGUAUGUCAUAUUGAAUCUGCUGGAGGCCCAUCACAGGUUCUAUUUCUAAUAAGUGUUUACCAGAAGAGAUCAGUGCCUUCAUUAACCACUCACAACUUGGACUAGUGUUUCUGCUCUCCUAAUUAUUGUCUCUCCCUGCUACAGGUGUGUUGUAAUGGUAGGCAUGCCAUAUCCCAAUAUACGAUCCCCAGAACUUCAGGAAAAGAUGUCGUAUCUGGAUCACACUCUGGUAAUAGGAAUCAGAGUCUCUUGUUGGGUGUAAUGGGUUUAACUUUCCUUUCUGCUCACUAUCCAAUUUAUAUACAAAUGUACAUAAUAGGGGUUUCCUGCAUCCCAGUUUGUAUCAACCUCUGUCUCAGGAUUACCGGUAACUUGCAGCACUCUUGCUCUAAAUCUUAUUGGGUUUAGAAUGCAUGAUGGGACCUUAUUUUCCAUCAUAGUACUUCAUUAAGAUAUGUUAUCUUUACAUGUUCACUUUCACAGCCUAAGACAAAUGGUGUGUCCCCAGGAAAAAUCCUGAUUGAAAACCUAUGCAUGAAAGCUGUGAAUCAGUCCAUUGGUAAGUUCACAUUCUGCACAGAUUUGAAUUUAAGGGCCACUCGAAGCACCAAAACCUAUGCUGUCCCUUUUCUGUUACACUGUAAAAUGUUGUGAAAACAGAGGGCUACACACGGACGUGCAUAAAUUGAGUGCUGCUAGGGCUAAUUCAUACAAUACAUAAGACCCAGCACACUCACUCGUCCACUAAACAGCAACUUCAAAGCUCAAAUUUUUAUUUUUAUUUUUUUAAAACAUUUUUAAAAUGCCCAACCUAGAUAAAAAAUAAUGGGGGUUUAGUUACAUCAUAUGAUCAUACAUUACAUAAGCCACAACGCCAAUAAAAUAUUUGGCAGGUCCUACACUAACAGUCUAAUGUCUGCUCUUGUGAAAUUAACCCACUUACUUGGGGAAAAUAUUUUCAUCUGGGGCUCUCUGCAGUACCAAGUUAAAUAGGGCACUGGAAUGAGGCACCUUUUUGUGUAGAUUAGGUUGUUGUUGUUUUUUUAACUAAUAAAGUCUGUGAGCUUUGAAGUUGCUGUUUAGUGGAUAAGUGAGUGAUUUGGAUUUUGUACACUGUAAAAUGUUGUAAUUUCUGAGAAAGUGCUACAAAAAAGCCUUACAUUUUCAAAGGUCCUCCUGUUCAGUAUUCUUAAAAGCCUAAUCCCACCAAAUUAUGCUAAUGAUUAAUAUUGUUUUGCAUCACCUGCAUAUACCAAAUUGGACUUUGAGAAGUUCUUCUUGAGCGUAGAAACUCAAUAAUUCAUGCUUCCACAACUAUCACAGCAUUCCUUGCUUGACAUGCAAAUGAGCACAGACAGACAUUGUGUUCCAGAAAAAGAAAAAACAUUCUGACGUUAAAUACAUUCAUUUUUAACGUUGAAAGUAUUCCUUUAAACACUAAGCUAAGUAAAAAAAAAAAAAUUCCAAUAGGAGACAAUGUUGGCAUUUCAGAGGUUCAUUCAACUUCUUAACAUCUACUUUUUAUUUAAAGUUACUUUGGAACCUUAACUAUGGAUUUUUAGAAAAAUUAAACACUAUGCACAUUUAGUGUUUACAAACAGUGCAAUGUUUAAGCAAGAUUGUGCUCUUAGCAAGAGAACCUGAGCAGCAGAAAGCGAAUGAAGAAUGCGUGUGCACAUUUCAAUAAAUUGCUAAAACCAUGACCUGCAUGCGUAGAUAGAGAAACAAAGGCAACAUAUCUGUUUCCUCUCCAACAUAUGGACUUUUUUACUUUUUAAAAGGCAUGUGAUUUCAAAUGAUACAUUUGUCUGAAUAUGGUAACUGACCUGAAAUGCACCUGCUAACUUAGCUUGGCUAUAACUCUGGAUUAAACUAAGCUUGAGAAACCUAAGCACCAGGCAGAGACGUAACUAAAAACCACGGGGCCCCAAUGCGAAAAUUGCCCUGUGGCACCCCCAUUCAUCUACCUCCUACCCCACACGUCCCCGCAACCCCCCACACAUGCAGACAAACAGAUGCACAAUCAUGCAGACACAUACAGACAUAUACACACGUACACACACACAAAUUAUUAAUAUUAAAUGUCCACCCAGCCUCCCUACCUGGAGAGCUAGCGUAGAUCUGUCCCUGGGGUUCCAUGGGUUUCCUGUCAGCUGCAUCUGACAGGAACUCUGCUGCCCGCCAGGGGGUCCAUUAGGUGGCAAGUGGGCCACCUCUUGGGCCCCCCUAUGACAGGGGGAACACUGAGGGGGCGGCAUCUUGGCGGCCCACGGUCACAGGGGUCUUACCUGAUUUUUAAAUAUAAACUUUCUGCAUUUCACAUUGAAACCACCUCUAGAUGAUGUAGGUGUGGGUUGGGAACAAAGAGGCAAGGAGGUGACCUCACUGGCUUGCAGAUUAUUGCAAGUAUAUGUAAUCAAUUUCAGCUAGUGCUUUUCUAUAUGUGCCUAUGAAGGUUUACAAUAAUCUUUCUUUAGGGAGGGCAAUCCGACACAGUGGAGAUUAUGCCAGUAUUGUGUUAUUAGACCACAGAUACUCCCGUCCUGCAAUCCUCGGCAAAUUGCCCCAGUGGAUCCGCAGCAGCACAGAAGUGAAGACUUCAUUUGGAGCAGCUUUCGCAACAAUACGGAAGGUUUGCUUUUUAUUUUAUUGUACCUGUCUGUAUGUGCAGUUUAACGACUUGUUUUUCUCUUUUGCACUAAAUUUCCAGGCAUUGAUCAUUUUACAUUGAUGUCCUCUUAAACCAGUAAAUAGCUGAGAUCACUGAGCCAACCCAGAUUUUUUGUUUCAGGAAAAUACAUAUGGGUGUUAAUUGACAAAUAUAAUUACCAAUAUGGAUACCGCACUCUCCUGGAUCCCAGGGUGCAACUGGGCCUGAGGUUGGCCAAUCCUCACUCACAGUGUGAUUUGCAAAAAAAAAGUAAUUAUGGUCCAGGCAUUCAAGUUUAAUCCAGUGGGCAGACAAAGGCCCUGUUGUAGGCAGAAACCUUGUUUCUACUUUGCUCUAAUAAAUCUAGAAAGAUAAGUCCUGCGCUCACUCCCAUCACCCCUGGGCGGCAGCAAUGACUACAGUACACAUCAGCCCCAAUAUAUAUAUAUAUAUAGUAAAAACCAAAUAAAGACAAAUUACCUGCGCUCUCUCCUUAAUCCCUAUGUAUAUUUUAACAAAUAAAUCUGCCCACUGGAUUGAAUUUGAGUGCCUGGAUCAUCAUUACUUUUUUUUAAAUUUACAAAUAUAGUCACUUGUUCUUUAAAUAAAUAAAAAGAAUGCUUGUGCAAGCAAAUAGGGGCAUAAUACCCUUAGCAUUCUUGCUCAUUUGAUGCCUGGCGGGUCCUUUAAAUUCCUCCCAUAUCCAAACUAUUCUGUAAUGUAUCGGCUCCCGAUGUUUUUGCUUGACCUGCCUGAUUCUGUAUGGUCACUGAAUCUCUUUCUUUUAUGCCUGCAGUUUUUUCAGCAGAAGAAAUUGAUUUCGGAGUCCAUUUCCUGAGCAGUUUUGAAUCACUGGAGGAGCUUUGGUCGCCGUCAGAAAGCAAAACCUUGUGUACAUAGUUCUAGAC